AUGUCAACUCAAGCGCCGACGUUCACGCAGCCGCUACAGAGCGUCGUGGCACUGGAGGGUAGUGCCGCCACGUUCGAGGCUCAAGUUAGUGGUUCUCCAGUUCCUGAGGUGAGCUGGUUCCGUGAUGGCCAGGUACUUUCUGCUGCCGCUCUGCCCGGCGUUCAGAUCUCGUUCAGCGAUGGCCGCGCUGUUCUGAGGAUUCCUGCUGUGACCGCCGCGCACAGCGGACGAUUUUCUGUCAGAGCCACCAAUGGUGCUGGACAAGCCACAAGCACAGCCGAACUCUUAGUUACAGCGGAGACGGUGCCUCCGAGCUUCAUUCAGAGACUACAGAGCUCCACGGUGAGACAGGGCAGCCAGGUGAGGCUGGAUGUUCGAGUCACCGGGAUCCCCGCACCUGUGGUGAAAUUCUACAGAGAAGGGGCUGAGAUCCAGAGCUCCACCGACUUCAGAAUCAUCCAGGACGGAGACCUGCACAGCUUGCUGAUUGCUGAGGCCUUCCCAGAGGAUUCUGGGACGUAUUCAGUGACAGCCACCAACAGCAGCGGGCGGGCCACCUCCACAGCCGAACUGCUGGUUCAGGGUAAGAACCAAGCCGUUCCAGCAAAGAAAACAAAGACCGUGAUUUCAACCGCCCAGAUUUCAGAGACCCGACACACCAGAGUAGAAAAGAAGAUGGAGGCCAGUUUCCAGGCCUCUGCCAUGAUGGAGAUGCAGAUAGAGGGCGCAGAGCUGGCUCACAAGACUCCACCCAGAGUUCCUCCGAAACCCACAUCCAAGUCACCAACUCAGCCAUCUCUGGUGGCCAAGGUGACUGGGGGACGGCAACAGUCACCGUCACCUGUCAGACAUGUGAAGGCACCCACACCCACACCUGUCAGGGCAGUCCCGUCCCCUAUCACCGCACUCAAGCAGGCCGCCGGUGACGUCCUCCCGCCCUGGAAGCAGGAAGACUACGUGGCCGAGGGCAGGACUGUCACUCAGUUGGUCCGGGAGCAGCAGGUCACCAUGGUCAAACAGGCUGAGGGAGGGAAACGAGCGGGGGCAGUGGCCACCGUGGUGGCUGCCGUCGACCUCGCUCGUGUCCGUCAGCCCGCGCUUGUCGAGGGGGGUCCAGCUGAAGAGGACGAGGCUGUAGAGGUGGACUUAAGGCAGCAGGCCGCCGCGGUGGCUGCUGAUCAAAACUAUCAAGCUGCUUUGACAUCAACGAGAGUGCGAAGUGGGCACAUGCUUUCUACUGCUCAGGAGUUCACACGUGAAGCAGCCGUGCUGCAGCCUCAGAUUCAGGGAGUGACAGAAAUCUCCUCCCGUGUGGACACUGGUCUCACCCCAUCUCCAGUUCCACAAUUCACAGUUUCUAAAGUGUCUGUCCCAAAACUCGAGUCUAGCAGUGAGGUUUCCAUCGCCGGCUCGGCCAUGGCCACUCUGCAGAAAGAGUUAUCCUCGUCUUCUGCCACCGUUCGAAAGAUCAUCAAGCCCGUCAAGUCUCCCAGUCCAUCUCGCAGAGUAGCAGAGACCAGAGAGAUGCUGGAGACCAUCCCACCACCGUUCAAACACUUCACUGACAAAUAUCAGAGUCGUUCUGAGUUACAGACCGGGGUGGUGUACUCAGGCAGAAUGGAGAGAAUGUAUGAGGACUGGGGAGCCCAGGUGGUGGAGGCAGCUGCGGUGCCUUCUCCCGGUGGUGCUGUGGUCCCUCCCACGCUGAUUUCUGGACUGAAGAACACAAAUGUGAUCGAGGGCGAGUCUGUGACCCUGGAGUGCCAGAUUAGCGGUCAGCCCACCCCCAUCAUUAUGUGGUUCAGAGAGGACUACAAGAUUGAGAGCUCCAUUGAUUUCCAGAUCACCUAUGAGAAUGGAUUUGCCAGACUGGUGAUCCGUGAAGCAUUUGCCGAAGACAGCGGCCGCUUCACCUGCACCGCUACCAAUGAGGCGGGGACUGUCAGCACGUCCUGUUACCUGCUUGUCCAGGUGUCUGAAGACAUCGAGAGCAGAGAGGAGAUUGCUGUUGUUACAGAACAUGUUGAAACUGCUCAAUUAAGAGAAACCAGAGAGGAGACCCAGGUGAGCGUGGUGGAGUCAGAGGCUGCUGCUGCUGCUCCCUUCUUUAUCAAGAAACCAACCAUCCAGAAGCUCGUGGAGGGUGGAAGUGUUGUGUUUGAAUGUCAGAUUGGGGGAAGCCCCAAACCACACAUCAUCUGGAAGAAGAGUGGUGUCCCACUCACUACUGGAUACAGAUACAAAGUUGCCUACAAGAAGGAGACUGGAGAGUGCCGUUUAGAGAUCUCCAUGACCUUCGCUGAUGACGCUGGAGAAUAUGCCGUGUUUGCCAAGAAUAAGCUCGGAGAAGUCUCUGCCUCCGCCAGUCUGCUUGAGGAAGAGGAAUAUGAAGCCUACAUGAAGAAACAGGAAGCAAUGUUUAAGACUGAAGUGACAUCCAUUGUGCAAGAGCCCAAGGUGGGAGAUAUCCCCCCUGUCACUGUUACAACAUAUGAUCAAGACCCACUGACUGACAUCAUAUCAUAUCUGCAGGAAUUCCAUCUGUCUGUCAUCGAGCAGAGGAUCAUCCAGGAGAUUGAGUUAACCAUUAUGAAAAUCAGCUACAGAGAGAUUGUGACAGAGGACGGAGAGUUGAUGGUGACUGCCACUGAGACUGAGGCGGUACAGCCAGCCUUCGACACUCCAGUGAAAAGUUACAGGAUCAUGGAGGGGAUGAGCGUUACUUUCCACUGCAAGAUGUCUGGAAUGCCGCUCCCCAAGAUUGCUUGGUUCAAAGAUGGCCUGCGUAUUAGGGCGGGAGACCAUUACCAAAUAGAGGUUCUUCAGGAUGGACGGGCCAGCCUUCGCCUGCCUGUAGUGAUACCUGAAGAUGAAGGCGUGUACACCGCGUUUGCCACCAACAUGAAGGGUAAUGCUGUCAGUUCUGGGAAGCUCUAUGUGGAGCCAUGUGAAACAGUAACACCUCAGCAGUUCACACCACAGCCAGCAGUGCAGAGGAUCAGGUCCACAUCUCCUCGCUCUCUGAGCCGCUCACCUGGCCGCUCUCCCAGUCGGUCACCUGGACGUUCUCCUGCUCGUCGGCUAGAUGAGACUGAUGAGGCUCAGCUAGAAAGACUCUACAAGCCUGUUUUUGUCAUGAAACCUUCAUCAUAUAAAUGUUCUGAGGGACAAACUGCCAGAUUUGACCUGAAGGUUGUGGGCAGACCAAUGCCUGAGACGUACUGGUUUCACAAUGGACAACAAAUAGUUAGUGACCACACCCACAAGAUCGUGGUUAAAGAGGAUGGCACUCAGUCCCUGAUCAUUGUCCCAGCUUUGCCACAAGACUCCGGGGAGUGGACUGUGGUGGCUCAGAACAGAGCUGGACGCACAUCCAUCUCCGUCACUCUCGCUGUUGAUGCCAAGGAAACCCUGGUGCGUCCACAGUUCACUGAGAAACUGAGGAACAUCAGUGUGAAGCAGGGCACGCUGGUUGAACUGGCUGUCAAAGCCAUUGGAAACCCACUGCCUGAUAUCGUCUGGCUGAAGAACAGCGACAUCAUCACCCCGCACAAGCACCCGAGCAUCAAGAUUGAAGGAACCAGAGGAGAGGCUAAAUUCCAGAUCCCAUCAGCAGCUGGCUCAGACAGUGCCUGGUACACUGCUACAGCCAUCAAUAAGGCUGGCAGAGAUACCACUCGCUGCAGAGUCAAUGUUGAGGUGGAAUAUGCUGAGCCUGAACCAGAGAGGAAACUCAUCAUUCCUAAAGGAACAUACAAAGCCAAAGAGAUCGCUCCUCCAGAGGUGGAGCCGCUUCAUCUGCGAUAUGGUCAAGAGCAGUGGGAGGAAGGCGACCUUUAUGACAAAGAGAAGCAGCAAAAACCGCAGUUCAAGAAGAAGCUGACAUCUGUCCGCAUGAAGCGCUUCGGUCCAGCUCAUUUUGAGUGCAGACUGACUCCUAUUGGUGACCCCACAAUGGUGGUGGAGUGGCUGCAUGACGGCAAACCUCUGGCUGCUGCUAACAGAUUGCGCAUGGUGAAUGAAUUUGGUUACUGCAGCCUGGACUAUGAAGCCGCUUAUGCUAGAGACAGCGGCGUCAUUACCUGCAGAGCGACCAACAAGUACGGAGUUGACCAAACCUCAGCCACCCUGAUUGUCAAGGAUGAGAAGGGCCUUGUUGAGGAAACACAACUUCCUGAAGGAAGGAAAGGUGCCCACCGGAUCGAUGAGAUAGAGCGUUUGGCUCAUGAAGGUGGACCUUAUGGAGUCACUGCUGAAGAAGAAACAGAGAAGAUGAAGCCUGAGAUCGUCCUUCUUCCAGAACCAAUCAGAGUUUUAGAGGGUGAAACGGCUCGAUUCCGCUGCAGAGUGACCGGAUAUCCAGCACCAAAAGUUAACUGGUACCUCAAUGGACAACUUAUCCGCAAAAGCAAGAGAUACAGACUUCGCUAUGAUGGCAUUUACUACUUGGAGAUAACUGACAUCAAAUCAUAUGAUUCAGGGGAGGUCAAAGUCGUAGCAGAUAACAAUCUGGGCUCCGUUGAGCACGUCGUAAAACUGGAGAUUCAGCAGAAGGAGGACUUCAGAACUCAUCUGCGCCGCGCCCCUGAGGCUAAGCCAGCCGAGGCUGCACCUGAACCUGGAAAAGUAACAUUUGAGGUAGUUAAAGCUGAAAAGCCUACAGAGGACACUCAGCUGAAAGAGGUCGUCACACUCAAGAAGGCCCAGAGAAUUGUCCAUGAGAAAGCCAGUGAGGAGUCAGAGGAGCUGAGGAGUAAGUUCAAGCGCAGGACAGAGGAAGGCUAUUACGAGUCUAUUACCGCAGUGGAGCUCAAGUCUCGCAAGAGAGAUGACUCCUAUGAGGACCUGCUGAGGAAGACAAAGGAGGAACUGCUUCAUCGUGCCAAGGAGAAGGAGGAGGCUGAGAAGAAGAAGGAGGAAGAGCGUCGCCAAGUUACUGCCAAGCCUCUAAAACCAGAGAGGGUCAAGCUCUCACCCAGCAUGGAAGCGCCAAAGAUCCUCGAGCGUAUUACCAGCCAGACAGUCGCACAGGGUGACGAAGUCAAGUUUAGAGUCAGAGUUGUCGGCAGACCGGAACCUGAGUGUCAGUGGUUCAAGAAUGGAGUUCAGCUGGAGAAGUCUGACCGUGUUUACUGGUACUGGCCUGAGGACCAUGUUUGUGAACUGGUGAUCAGGGAUGUCACAGCAGAGGAUUCUGCCAGUGUCAUGGUUAAAGCUUCCAAUACUGCUGGAGAGACUUCAAGCCACGCUUUCCUGUUGGUGCAAGCAAAACAAGUCAUUAACUUCACUCAGAAGUUGGAGGACGUCAGUGCCAAGGAGAAGGAUACCGUGGCUACCUUUGAGUGUGAAACCAACGAGCCUUUUGUGAAGGUCAAAUGGCUGAAGAAUAAUGUGGAGAUCUUCUCUGGAGACAAAUACAGAAUGCACUCUGACAGAAAGGUUCACUUCCUGUCUGUGCUGAUGAUCGAAAUGAGGGAUGAUGAUGAAUAUUCAUGCGUGGCUGUAGAUGAUGAUACUGUCAGGACAGACGCCAAGCUUAAUGUUGAAGGAGCUCCCCUGGAGCUGUUAAAGCAGCUGGAGAGCACCGAGGUGCCUGAGACUUACUCCGGAGAGUUUGAAUGUAUUGUCUCUCGUGAAGAUGCCGAAGGCAGCUGGUACUUUGGAGAUAAUCUGCUGACUCCCGGCAGUAAAUACGUCAUCUCCUCCCGCCGUGGAAGACACUCUCUCUCUGUGAAAGACGUCAAGAAGGAAGACCAGGGAGAAUAUACCUUUAAAGUGGGCGAGUUUAAGACAAGUGCCUCUCUGAAGAUGAAAUUGCGUCCAGUGACCUUGAUGCAGCCUUUGUCUGACAUGAUCGUCUGCGAGGGUGACAUCGCUCAGCUUGAGGUCAAGUUCUCCCAGGAGAAUGUUGAAGGAACCUGGAUGAAGAAGGGGCAGCCCGUCACAGCCUCCAGCCGUGUGCAUAUCGUUAUCGACAAACAAAUUCACAAACUCCUUAUAGAAGAUACAACCAAGGAUGACUUUGGAAUGUAUUCCUUCGAGGUUCCUGAUCAUGGAAUUUCAACCUCUGCAAAGCUGGUCAUUCAGACUAUUGGCAUCCUGAUCCCACUGAAGGACAGUCAUGCAAUUGAGGGUACAAAGGUCGUCCUCGAGGCAAAGAUCUCUGCUCAGGACAUCAGCUCAGUCAAAUGGUACCACGAUGACAACCUGCUGACAGCCAGUGAGCGAAUCCAGAUGGUGGCAAAGGGAGCCAAGCAGCGCCUGGUUUUCACCAGAACAUACGCCUCAGAUGAAGGAUACUACAAACUGGUGGUUGGCCGAGCUGACACCAGCUGCAGAUUUACUGUUGAGCCUGUCCAGAUUGUGACACCAAUGAAAGGCAAACAGUGCUCCGAGUCUGAAAAUGUCACCUUCGAGGUCGAGGUCUCUCACCCAGGCAUUGAUGCUUUCUGGACCUUUAAGAGGCAGCCGAUUAAAGCUGGUCCCCAGUACAAGAUGGAGUCCAAGGACAAGAGGCAUAGGCUCACGGUCAUGAAUGCAAUGAAGGAUGAAGAGGGCGAGUACAUGUUUGCUGCUGGUGAGAAGAUGUGCAGUGCUUCACUCACCGUAACAGGUGGUGCCAUUAAGAAGCCCCUACAUGAUUUGGUGGUAGCUGACUCCCAGACCGCUGUGCUGCAGUGUGAAGUUGCUAACCCGUCCGCAGAGGGCAAGUGGCUAAAAGACGGUCAGCCUGUUGACUUCAACGAGAACGUGCUGAGCGAGGUGGACGGCGCUGUCAGACGCCUCGUUAUCAUCAUCACUAAGGCCACUGACGUUGGAGAGUACACUUACCAGGUCGCCACCUCCAAGACCUCAGCCAAUCUGAAAGUCGAGGCUGUCAAAGUCAAGAAGACCCUGAAGAACCUGAAUGUAGUCCAGACUCAAGAAGCUACGUUCAGCCUUGAACUUACCCAUGAGGAUGUAAGGGGAGCACAGUGGAUCAAGAAUGGCGUUGAGAUCCAGCCCAGUGAUAAAUAUGAAAUCAGUAUUGAAGGCACACUUCACACAUUGAAGGUCAAGAACUGCAGCACACAGGAUGAGUCUGUUUACUCCUUCAAACUGGGAAAACUGUCUGCAAGUGCCAGACUCAAUGUGGAAACCAUUAAGAUCCUGAAGAAGCCAAAGGAUGUGACAGCACUGUCAGGAGCAACAAUUGUAUUUGAAGUUGGCAUCUCAGAGGAUGACAUCCCAGUGAAAUGGAUGUUCAAUGACAAAGAGCUGGUGUCUGACGAGCGCUACAGCAUCGUCUCUGAGAAGAAGAACCACAAGCUGAUUGUCCACGACGUGGACGACAGCAUGCAGGGCGACUACAUUGCUGUUGUAGGACACCUGCAGUGCAGCGCUCACCUCAUUGUUGAGUCUCUACGUGUCACAAGGCCCAUGAAAAGCGUGGAGGUCGCAGAGACUCAGGUGGCCACAUUUGAAUGUGAAGUUUCUCACUUCAAUGUCCCGUCCACCUGGCUGAGGGAUGGUGUGGAGAUUGAGAUGAGUGAGAAGUUCAGGAUUGUGGUUCAAGGAAAACUCCAUCAGCUGAAGAUCAUGAACACCAGCACUGAAGAUUCUGCAGAGUACAGCUUUGUCUGUGGGAACGACCGCGUCUCUGCAACGCUAACUGUUAACCCUAUUCUGAUCACAACGAUGCUUGAAGACCUGAACGCUCAGGAGAAGGACACGGUCACAUUUGAGGUGAAUGUGAACUACGAGGGAAUAACGUACAAGUGGCUGAAGAACGGCGUGGAGAUCCGCUCUACAGACCGCUGCCAGGCUCGCUGCAAACAGCUCACUCACUCUCUGAGCAUCAGGAAUGUUCACUUUGGAGACAGUGCCGAGUACACCUUCAUGGCUGGCUCUGCAGUCACUUCAGCUAAACUUCACGUUGAGGCCCGUGUGGUUGAAUUCACCAAACACCUGCGGGACCUGAAGAUCACAGAGAAGAAGAGGGCAACAUUUGAAUGUGAAGUUUCUGAACCAAACAUCCAGGUGAUGUGGAUGAAAGAUGGUCAGGAGCUGGAGCUAUCCGACAGGUACAAAAUGACAUCGGACCAGUUUGUGCACCGUCUGGUUCUGCCCUCUGUGCGUCUGUCGGACGCCGGUGAAUACACCGCUGUGGCCGGUUCAAGCAUGUCCAAGGGCCACCUGGCAGUCGAGGGAAGAGAUGUCAGAAUCUCAGAGCCAGCCACCAGGGACAUCACGGUUGUUGAGAAGCAGAGAGCCACUUUUGAGUUUGAGGUGAACGAGGAUGAUGUAGAAGGUCGCUGGCUGAGAAAUGGAGUGGAGCUCCAGUUCACUGUGGAGGAGAGGUUCAAUUAUGCCACCAUCAGGAAGCUCCACCGUCUCACCAUCUCUGAGACCUUCAGGAGCGAUGCUGGAGAGUACACCUUUUUAGCCGGCAAAAACAGGAGCUCUGUGAACCUCCACGUCAGAUUGCCAGAGCCACCUCAGAUCAUCCGGGAGAUGCAGCCCCAAACCGCGAUCUCAGGCAGGUCAGUUCGCUUCUCGGCACAGGUGAGCGGCCUUCCUCAGCCUCAGGUGUUCUGGUACAAAGAUUCUGAGGUUCUGUCCACGAGCUACAAGUGCAAGUUCCUCCAUGAUGGAGAUGAGCAUACGCUGCUGCUGCUUGAAGUCUUCCCUGAAGAUGCAGGCAUCUAUAGCUGCGAGGCCAAAAACAACUACGGAGAGGUGACGAGCUCUGCAUCUCUCACUGUGGAAGUUCCGGAGGUGGUUGAAGCCGUGGCUCAGGUUUCCCCUCCAGUCCUCAUCACUCCCAUGAGGGACUUGCUGAUCUCAGAAGGACAUCCUGCCCAGUUCCAGUGCAGCGUCUCUGGGGAAGAUCUGCAGAUUUCUUGGUUCUGCAAUGACAGAGAGAUCCAACAGUCGGACAUCUUCAGGAUGUCUCAUUAUGAUGACACCUGCCAGCUGGAGAUUUCCCGAGCUCUCCCCAGCCUUGAAGGAGAAUACUCGUGUGUUGCUACAAAUUCGGCAGGAAUGGUCACAUGUGCCGCCACUCUGAAUAUUGAUGAUAAAAAAGCCUUAGCUAGCGUGUCAAGCACUGGGGCUGAGGCUAAGCUAAUUCAGAGACUGGAGGCUCAGAGCGAGAGUUUCAGCUCUCUGUCAGUGGGACAAACAGCCCACAGUGUUGAGUUUACUGAGACGAUCACUGAGAGCUCGUCUGUGUCUUGGAGCACGAUUGAGAUAAGCUCGAUGGAGAGGAGCUCUGAGAGCAGCUUUGACUUCAGACUCUCAGCCAGCCCGAAGCUGCUGAUGGAAAUGAGCGAUGUCCGAGUGAAAAGUGGUGAAAUGGCAGAGUUCAGCUGCUCAUUCGACGGCCAGCCCUUCUCCGGGGUGGUAUGGGAACAUAACGGUGAGAGCCUGGUGGACACCGAGCGGGUGAGAAGCUCUCAGAGCGGUGGCUUUUUAUCCCUGGUCAUCCAGGGCGUCCGUGUGGCGGACCAGGGCGUGUACCGCUGCACCGCUACCAACGAACAUGGCCAGAACAGCUCCUCUGCUCAGCUCACUGUUGAAGCUAAAGAAGCAAAUCUCAAAGCAGAAACCCCCAUCCCUACCGAUUCAGUGCGCAAAGUGUCACAGGCACACAGGGAGACCCCUAGAGAUCCCUCUGACCAAGACAAGCAGGAGGUGGUGGAGAAGCCGGGACCAUCACCUCCAUCUUCCCAGAGACCUUACAGCCUCAUCAGCCUGUUGUAUUUCCCUGACGUCGUGCCUAAUGAAUACCGAGGUCAUCGCCCUUCCAGCUGCCCCGACUUCCUGAUCAAACUCCCCCCUGAGCUGCUGAUCAGAAACAAAGGCAGUGGCUCCCUGAAUUGCGUUGUGAAGGGGCUUCCCACUGCGUUUGUCAUUUGGCUUUACAACCAGUUGAAUUCUGAGGAAACUGUGUGUUACUCUGUGAAAAAUGAAGACCCCUCGAGCUGUAUAAAAGUUAACAAUGUGGGACCUGGAAAAGGGGGCUCUUACGUUUGCAAAAAUAUCAGCUCAGCCGGGGAUGCUGAGCGCAGCACGGUGACGAAAGUCACUACAGAGGAGAAGGAACCUGUGAUUCAGGUCCAGGAGGAAAUAAAAGUCUUCUCUAGCUCAGCCGUCAAAGUGGAAGAGGAAACCCAGGAGUCAUACUUCACUGGCAUAAAGUUAGCAGACAAAACCAAAACACUUGAACUCGAACCAGAGUCUAAACGCUUCUCCAGCACUUUGGAAAAGAAAAAGGAAAAACCAGUUUUCCUCAGUGAACUUUCUCCAGCAUCUGUGACUGUCGGAGAAACGGCUACGUUUACCGUCAGAGUGUCCGGCUUCCCUAAGCCCACCGCUCAGUGGUUUCACAACGGGCACACUAUAACCAGUUCAUCUGUGUAUACAUUUAUUCACGAACACGACGAGUAUAGCUUGGUGAUUAACACAGUUCACAGGGAGUGUGAAGGAGAGUACUCCUGCACGGUCAGCAACAGAUUUGGCCAGGCAACCUGCACUUCUUACCUGCACGUUCAGGUGAAGGAGCCAGAAAAUGAGAGAACAUUUGCAGUGACUGGUAAGCGCCCAGAAUUCACUAAAACUAUAGAAUCUCUUCAGCUGCAGGAGGGGGCUCAGGGUUUCUUCAGUUACACUGUGACUGGAGAUCCUCUCCCUGAGCUCCAGUGGCUUAAAGGCACUUCCCACAUCCAGCCUAGUGGGUUCUGUAUCAUUGUGAACAACCCGGAUGGAUCCGGUUUUAUUAACAUUAAGAGUGUCAAACGGGAGCACAGCGGCAUUUACACCUGUAAGGCCUCAAACCAGUACGGGGAAGCCUCUUGUACUGCAGAGCUGCUGGUGUUCAGGGAGAAAGCUCAGGAAGAGGACACGUUAGUGCAGAAAACAAAAGGUCUGACAAUAUCGAUGGCAGAACAAACCACAGAACUGAGAUUACACCAGGAAAGAUCCCGGUCUGAACACAUGAUCUAUACCAUUAGUACUGAAGACCGACAGAUUAUUCCCAGUGAAGAGGUGGAAACGCUCAGAGAGCUCAGUAUCUCUUCUGCCACCCUUCAUCGUGAGCAGCUUACCCACCAGGCAGCGGUGCUGCAGUCCCAUGAAAUAGAGGAGAGAGUUUCAUUAGCCCCCAGCCAUCCACCUCAGGUCUCAGCUGUCCCUAUUAAACAGCAUCACGUGGCCGCUUUCUUAUCCUCGGUCCAGGAGAGACAAAAGAUCACAGAGCAGCACUCUGAACGGAUUCUCAGCCCCGAGGUAGUUGAGCUGGAGUCGGCCAAAGAGCAACCGCCCAAGCUCGCGUCAGCUACGUCUGAGGAGGUCCUUCCCCUCAGCACAGUGAGAGCUGAGGCACUGAUAGAUCAGAGUCCAGAACACGUGAAGACCUCCAGCGAGCCGAGGCAACUGGUUACUAGUCACCAGGUCGAGCUCGCUGUACCUAUCGCUGAUGAAAUCUCAGAAGACAUGCACAGACAAGAGGAGGAGAGGAGUUUCAGAGUCACAGAGGGGGUAAAGAUUUUAUACUCGGCUCAGUAUGCAGGACAGCUUCAACUUACAGAAGGACACACUGAGCAUCUUCCAGCUUUAGAUGCAGACAUUAAAGGUUCAGCUGGCAAAGAGCAGCCGAAACCAGUGGUAGCACCAGUGAGUGAAACCAGAGUGGCUUUAUCCAAAGAGCAAAAGCUUGAAAUACAAAGAGCAGAGCAGGAGAGCAUUACCCCAUGCAAAGACAUGGUUUAUAAUUCAGCCGUACAUACCGAAGAGAAAUAUGAGCUCUGUGCUGAUCAAACAGGACAAGUGCCACAUGGGGCAUUUUCUGUAAGUGUGCAGCCACAGCAGGAGGGAGAACAGCUUCUGAAUCUGCAGGUUAUCAGUGAUCAGGAUGUUUUACUGUGUGAGGGAAGGUUGAGCAGUGAAAAACCUCCAACUGAACAAGCAGAAGCGAGGAAAAGUCCGACUUUGCUGCAUUCAGUGACUCAAGAAGAACAGAGGACUGUAGUUUGUGAGGCAGCUUCAGAAUUCGAAACACAGAUUAAUGCCACCUCUGUCCAGCCAAAGCAAGAGUUGGUGCAACCAAAACGCCUUCAGUCGGUCCAUGCUCUAACAGUUUUACCAAAAGAAGGCAUACUCGCUGUCACCAAACCUGACCAGCAGGUGGCAGCACAGAAACUGGAAAAGGCUAGAUGGCAUGCAGCUACCUCAGAAGAGAGAAUGGAGGUCACUGCGGAUUACCACAAAGAUCUUGACAUGUCUGUGAUCAGCACUCGACCACAGCCGCGUACUGAGUCCAGGCCUCUGUGCAGCCUUGCUGUGUCCUCCCAGCCCAUGCAACUCCCAAAAGAGACUCCUUUUGCUACGAGCGUCACGCAACAGCGAGCAUUAGUCCAGAAACAGGAUUACUGGAAUAUCAUGCAGUCUUUGAUCAUCACAAACAAUCAAAGUCUGGAAGAGGGUCACACUACUAGCUUCGAAACCGAUGAAAAAUUUAAGCCUGAGAUUAAAAUUGAGGCCAAGAUACCAAAAAAGCCAGUUUUCAUAGAAGAAAAAGCAACGGCCACCGAAAGCUGCACUAUCUUAGAGGCGGCUGAGGAGGACUUUGCAGUCCAGAUCCAGGAAGGUCAGUCAGUCCGACAGUCAGUGUUUCUGGAAGAAAAACAAGUCAUCGUAGGAGAGCGGUCGAGUGAGAUUCAUAAAUUCGAGGGCUCCGCGGUCAGUGUUAAGACACAGCCUAAAGGGUUUCUUUUUGUCCCAGAGGCUCAGGAUGCUCUGACUCUACCUAAGGAACUGAAUUUCAUCAUUUAUGCCCCCAAACCAUCUAGUUUGAAUGUACGACAUCAGCUCAGAGAUGCUCUUCACUCAGCUGUGGCCAGUAAUCCACCAGUUUUAUUGGCUGAUGUUGUUGGAAGACUAGAGGCAGCGGAGGUCCAUGAGGUCAAGGUUCAGAGAGAGCCCAGGCAGGCUGCAUGUACCUAUCUUAUCACAUCUCCGGGUUCCCCCCUGGAGAUCACGCUGACUUUUGAAGGUGAUUACCCUCAGACAGCUGACCUUAGGCAUGAACUCCAGGUAGCUUUGCAUGCUAUGGUUUCCCAAGAACUGCCAAGUCUUACAUCAGAGCAGCCGGGCACCAUGCACAUCGAUAAGCCUCAAAAAGUGCAGGUCAGCUCAGUGUCCUCCAAGGAGGUGUUGUCUUCUGUGGUGGACUCUGUGGUGGUGGCAGAGAGCGCAGGCAGUUUACUUCCUGCUGUAUCUCAGUCUGCAGCUCUGACGACAGAAGCCAGGGCUUCCUUUCAAAGUGCGACACUUCAGAGCCAAACUGAGGUCCACGAGUCCAAGAGCAGCAGGACGGUUAGAUCAGAGAAGGACGUCACAGUAUGCCAGGCUGAACAGCAUGUGGACAUUUUUGUCCACAGAGAAACCAGAGAGGAAUAUCUUUCAGAGGCAAUCAUGAUCAGUGAGUCCUCGGACAGUAUCACUGAUUAUCCCGUCAUCGCAGAUGUUGUGGAGGAUGUCUGUGCUGAGGAAAAUGGCAAGGCUGUAUUUACUGCCAGUGUUAAAUACGUCACCAAAGUUAGCUGGUUUUUCAAUGGGAAGCUGGUGAAAUCUGGCAAAGAGUUCAAGUGUUUUAAAGACCGUGACACAUACACACUAGUUAUUGACAAAGUUGUCAAAGACCGCCAUCAAGGAGAGUAUGUCUGUGAGGCUGAGAAUGAAGUCGGCAAGACUACGACAUCUUCCAGGCUGACUGUGGUCCCACGAGUGAAGCCUGUGUUCAGGCACAGAAUUGUCCCAGUGGAGAUAAACAUCGGCAGCUCUGCCAAGUUUGAAUGUGAAACUGAGGACGCUCCAAACGUGAGCUUCAAGUGGUUCAAAGAUGGACACCCCAUCAAAGAGGGUGAAAAGUACAGGAUUAUCAGUCGCUUCAGCUCUUCCUCCCUGGAGCUUCUGAGGACAACCAAGGAUGACAGUGGCGAAUACACCUGCAAGGCGUCCAAUCAGCACGGCAGUGAUGAAUGCUCCGCCUCCCUCAGUGUCACAGAACAAUUUCCUCCUGUCUUUAUAAGUAAGCCUGACCCUCAGACUGUGUAUGUUGGAAAGAGGGCUGUAAUACAGUGUGUAAUAGCAGGAACUGCUCCUCUGAAUGUUGUCUGGCUCAAAGACAACCAGGCCUUACCCAAAGUGCCCGCACACUACCAGAGCUCUUGUGAAAAGAAUAAGCACGCUCUUGAGAUAACCAGUGUUGAGGCAGCUGACAGCGGGCUUUAUGUGUGCGAGGUAUCUAACAAAGCUGGGACAGCUGAGUGCCACACGGAGCUGUGUGUUAUCCAUAAACCCAACUUUGUCAGGCCCCUGGGUUCAGUCGCCGCUGUGGUCGGAGCUCCUCUGCACCUUGAGUGUCAGGUGGAUGAGGACACUGGAGUAACUGUCACCUGGACCAGAGAUGGCAGAAAAGUCCACCAGUCUCCCGACUGUAAACUGUUGUUUGAGGAUAAGACAGUUACUCUUGAUAUCCUAAAGACCACACUGAAAGAUUGUGGAAAUUAUGUGUGUACAGUGGCAAACGAAGCUGGCAGUGCGUCUUGCUCCACCACGGUGAAGGUACAAGAGCCACCGGUCUUUGUAAAGCGGCUGGAAGCCACAACGAUUUGGAAGCAGGGCAGCACCGCUCGCCUGCAGUGCACCGUCAAAGGAUCCCCCGAACUCCACACCACCUGGUUCUUGAAUAACAGUGAGCUGUCCACUGGUGGCAGACAUGCUGUCGGUCUGAAGGACGGUGUCGCCACUCUCGAGAUACACGAUGUCAUGUUGACUGACAGUGGAAACUAUACCUGUGAAGUUCUCAAUGAGUGCGGGUGUGAAAGCUGCAGCAUUAAAGUAACAGUGAAAGAACCUCCGUCAUUCAGAAAGGAGUUACUGUCCACUGAGGCAGUCAGAGGGUCGGUAGCUGUGCUGGAGUGUGAGAUCGCAGGCUCUGCACCGCUCGAAGUGUCUUGGAAAAAGAAUAGGAAACGCCUGUCCUCAGAUAAGAAGUACAGAAUAGUGUCACAGGGAUCGCUGGCCUCUCUGGAGAUCCAGUCCUUUGAGAGCGCUGAUACUGGUGAAUACGAAUGUGUUGUAUCCAAUGAGGUUGGGUCAGUAACCUCAAAGUCAGUACUUAAACAAAAAGAGCCACCUGUGUUCUCAAAGAGGAUUGAGAGCGCUACAGCAGUUUUGGGAAAUACAGUGAAAUUACAGGGAACCCUGAAAGGUUCAGUUCCCAUCACCAUUAAAUGGAUGAAAGACUCUGAGCUCCUCAGAGAUGAUGAUCCCAAUAUCAAAAUGUCCUUUGUGAACAACAUCUCUAGUAUUUCCUUCUCGUCUGUUGAGCUAAAGCAUGGUGGGAAGUAUACUUGUCUCGCUGAAAAUGAGGCAGGACAGCAAAAAUGUGAAGCUAUCUUAACUAUUCAAGAACCUGCUCGGAUUUUAGAGAAAGCAGCCUCCAUCAGCGUGACUGCAGGCGACUCUGCCACGCUGGAGUGCGCCGUUUCUGGAAGCCCUGAACUCAAAGUCAAAUGGUUCAAAGACGGCAAGGAGAUGAUCAGUGGUCGUAAAUAUAAAAUAGCAGUUAAGGAGAACACUGCCGUUUUAAAGAUUCUCGCAGCAGAUAAAGGCGACACUUCGGAGUACAAGAUGGAAGUGUCCAAUAAAGUUGGAAAAGACGAGUGCACGUGCUCGGUUACAGUUAUAGAUCGUGCAGUUCCCCCAUCCUUCACCAAAACUCUAAAGAAAGUGAAUGGGAGCAUUGGCAGUAAUAUCACACUGGAUUGCAGGCUUGCUGGAUCUCAGCCGAUGGCUCUUUCUUGGUACAAAGACAAUAAAGAAAUCCACAGCCAUGCAAAAUAUAAGCUUGAUUUCAGUGAGAGUACAGCCUCUGUGACAAUAACUGGCCUGGAUCAAAGCGAUGGUGGAGUUUAUACAUGCAAAGCUUCUAAUGAUGCUGGAGAAAAAGAAACCAGUGGUACUCUUUCCAUCAAAGAACCUCCAGCCUUUACCUCGAAACCUGAACCUCUCGAUGCAUCCCCGGGAUCAAAUGUUGUCUUAAAGUCUGACUUUAGGGGAUCGGCUCCACUUAUCGUUAAAUGGUUCAGAGAGGAGAAAGAGAUUUUCACUGGGGGAAAGUAUUUCAUAAAGAAAGACUCCUCUUCCAGCUCCCUGGAACUUCAUUCUGUGAAACCCAGUGACUCUGCCAAAUAUACAUGCCAAGUGUCCAACGACGCUGGGAAGGUUGACUGCACUGCAGCGCUCUUCAUAAAAGAAGCCCCAACAUUUAUGAUGAAGCUUGAACCUUCAAAGCUGCUGAAAACAGGACAACCUCUGAAGUUGUCCUGCAAAGUGCAGGGCACUCCUGUUAUUACUGUCACGUGGUUUAAAAAUGGCUCAGAAAUGGUUUCAGACCGCAGACACAACAUGUCCUUCGACGGCUCGUUGGCCACUGUGGAGGUUGAGAGUUGUUCUGUAGAGGAUAGUGCAGAUUACGUCUGUGUGGCAUCCAGCGAGGCCGGCAGGGAGCAGUGCAGCAGCUCAGUAACAGUGAAAGAGCCUCCAUUGUUUGUGAGGCCUUUUGAAUCAGCUGAGCUUGUUACGGAGUCUGAGAUUAUCUUGGAAGCAAUCGUUUCAGGUUCCCCUCCGUUUGAAAUAAGCUGCUUCCUCAACGAUAAGCUGAUCAGAAAUGACAAAAGGCAUAAAAUCAGUGUGGAAAAUGAUACAAUCACUCUUCAGAUCUCACACUGUGAGACCGGAGAUGAAGGAACGUACAAGUGCACUGUUUCAAACGAUGUUGGGGAGACAUCUUGCUCUUGCCAGAUUUCUCUAAAAGAACCACCAUCAUUUGUUCAAAGACUAAAGGACAUGUCCUGUAUUGUGGGCUCUGAAAUCUCCAUGAAGUGUAUGUUGUCUGGGUCACUUCCCAUGACUUUGUCCUGGAUCAAGGAUGAUCGUGAACUUACGGAAGACGAGCAUUUUAAGAUGUCCUAUGAAACCAAAAGUGCCAUGUUGAAUUUGAAAAAUGCUCAGUUGUCACAUGGCGGGAAAUAUGUCUGUCAGGCGCAGAAUAAAGCCGGGACUCAGAGAUGUGCCGCAGUGCUCAUAGUGACAGAGCCAGCAAGUAUUUCAGAGCACCCAAAGUCCAUCAGUGUAACCCAUGGCGACUCAGCCAGAUUUGAAUGCAGGUUUUCAGGCACUAAACCGCUGAAGGUCAGAUGGCUUAAGGCGGGAAAGGAGCUGACGUCAGGGCAGAGAUACAGAAUACAGAGCACAGACACGAGCUCUGUGCUCCAGAUUAUAAAAACAGAGAAGAGCGACAGCGGUGACUACACCUUCGAAGUUUCAAAUGUUGCUGGGCACAGUUCGUGUGACGCAUCAGUUACAGUCUUAGAUCAGAUUAUUAAACCGUCCUUCACAAGGAAACUGAAGGAGACUGAAGGUAUAAAAGGAUCGUUUGCUCAUCUAGAGUGCCUCGUGUCUGGUUCUCUGCCGAUGACGAUACAGUGGUACAAAGAUGAAACGGAGAUCCAGACCUGUCAAAAAUAUAAAUGCACGUUUUUCGAAAAUGUUGCUUUCCUGGAAAUCGGCUGUCUCGACAGUAGAGACAGCGGGAGCUACACUUGUGUGGCUGAAAACGAGGCAGGAUCUGCCCAGUGCUCCGGGAUUUUGUCUGUUAAAGAAGCACCACGCAUUCUUGAAAAACCGGACUCCAAGAAUGUGUUGCCUGGAUCAAAGGUUAGGUUUACUCUUCGUGUCUCUGGCACACCUCCGCUCGCCAUCAAAUGGUUUAAAAACAAAAAGGAAAUCCUUCCGAGUGCCGAGUGCUCUGUAAUCAAAGACAACACUUCAAGCUUCCUAGAGCUCUUUGUUGCCAAAACCUCUGACUCUGGAGAGUAUGUCUGUGAAAUUCAGAAUGCUGUGGGCUCCACUUCAUGCAAGGCAACACUCUUUGUAAAAGAGCCCCCGUUUUUCACUGAAAAACCUGAAGCGGUGUCAUUAGUGAGUGUCGGAGGCAGCAAGGUGUUUGAGUGUAAGGUUGCUGGUACCCCAGAGAUCUCCAUGAAAUGGUUCAAGGAUGGAGUUCAGAUUCACCAAAGCCUCAAAUACAAGAUAUCAUUUUUUACCUCUGUUGCCGUUUUAGAGGUUUGUGUAGUUAGUCAACAAGACAGCGGGAAAUACUUCUGUGAGGCCUCCAACGAAGCGGGCACAGAGAGUUGCAUUUUUGAGCUUGUAGUGAAAGAGCCUCCGUCGUUUGUUGAAGAGCUAUCAUCUCUGGAAGUCGUUAAAGGCUCCACGGCAGCGUUUGCUAGCAAAGUUGCAGGAAGCGCUCCGUUCAGUGUCACAUGGUCUAAAGAUAAAAAGGCAGUUUUAUCCAGCCAAAAGUACAUUAUUGUUGAUAGUGAAAAUGUGGGCUUAAAAAUCCAGGACUGUGACGUGGAUGAUGUGGGCACCUACCAAUGUGUGGUAGCCAAUGAGGUUGGGAGCUGCUCUGGCUCGGUGGUGUUGUCUCUGAAAGUGCCUCCAACGUUUAUUAAGAAGAUAAAGAAUGUCUCCACUGUUGUGGGAGAUGCUGCAGUGUUUUGUUGCUCUGUGGAAGGGCCCCUGCCACUCUCUGUGCUAUGGAAAAAAGAUGAAAACUGGAUCCAAGAUGAUCCGAAGAUCAAGCAAAUUUUCCAGAACAAAGAGGCCACUCUCAGGAUUCUUGCUUGUGAGGCUAUUCACAGAGGGAAAUACACCUGCCAUGUUGUAAAUGAGGCUGGGCAAGAUGUGUGUUCAGCAACACUGACUGUGCAAGAGCCACCAACGAUUCAAGAGAAACCGGAGUUUGUUAAGGUGACUUGUGGAGAUCCAGUUAGCUUUGAAUGCAGGGUAGCUGGAACUCCUCAUAUAAGUGUAAAAUGGAUCAAAGAUGGCAAAGAGCUCCAGUCGAGCAGAAAGCAUAAUCUCUGCUAUGGGGGCAACCUCAGUAGACUUAACAUAAUGUCCUCUCAGCUGGAAGACGGUGGAGAGUACAUGUUUGAAGCCCAAAAUGCAGUUGGGACUUGCAGAUGUAAAGUGAAGCUGGUUGUUUUGGAAGAGUUGAUUCCUCCCACAUUCAUUAAGAAAUUAACAAACAUUCAAGGAAUUAUGGGUUCAGUGGUGACCAUGGAGUGCAGAGUAACCGGUUCGCUUCCUCUGACAGUUGAAUGGAACAGAGGGAAACAAAAGAUUACAGAGAGCUCCAAGUACAAACUUGUACACAUUGAAAAUAGAGUCUUGCUGGAGUUAAAACUUACUGGGAGUGUUGACACAGGAGAGUACUCCUGCAAAGUUACCAACAAAGCAGGCAGCUGUGUGUGCAGUGGAGUCCUCACAGCUAAAGUGCCGCCAAGAUUCAUAGAUGAGCUUAAGUCUCAGGCUGUUGUUCCCAAGUCUGACGUAUUCUUCAAAAGUGUCUUUGAAGGGACGUCUCCGUUUAUGGUGAAAUGGUUCAAGGAUGACCUCGAACUCAUCACCGGGCCAUCGUGCAGAGUUAGACUGGAGAAAUAUUCCUCCUCUGUAGAGCUCUGCUCAGUGGGUACUCUGCAGUCUGGGACUUAUUCCUGCCAAGUUAGCAACGAAGCAGGCACGGCGAAAAGUGCAGCACAGUUACUGGUGAAAGAACCACCUCAGUUUGUCCUGAAACUGCCUCCCACUACGUUUGUGAAACAGUACGAGGGACACUGCUUUGAAUGCAAGGUCACCAGUGUACAGUCCCUGAGAAUAUGUUGGUACAAAAAUGACCAGCUGAUAACUGAUGGAGGGAACUAUAAAACAAUGUGUGUUGACUCAACUGCAUACCUCCAGAUCUCCAAUGCAACAUUUGACGAUAACGGAGUUUACACUUGUGAGGCUCAUAAUGAUGCUGGCAGUGCAAGCUGCAGCAGCGUUCUCACAGUUCAAGAGUCCCCAGCCUUUGUUAAAACUCCAAGCCCUGUGGAGGGCAUAAAAGGCAAAGAUGCUAGUCUGCAUUGUGAGAUCUCUGGCACCCCACCUUUCCAGGUUAACUGGUACAAAGACAACAGGCCACUAAAGGAGGAUAGAAAAUGUAAGAUGGUCAAUGUGGGCAGCUUUGCUACACUUCAUAUUAUAAAGCUGGAGCAAGAUGACGCCGGGCUUUAUGAGUGCAGGGUGUCAAACAAUGUAGGAAGUAAAUCGUGCCAAACUGCCAUUACUCUGAAAGAACCACCAGUGUUUGUGGAGAAACUGGUCGAGCAGUCAGUGAGACUCGGUCAGCAGCUGACGCUGACAGCUACCGUGCAUGGCUCGGCACCACUGACUGUGUCUUGGGUUCAGGACAAAGAUCAUAUUCUCAGAGAAGAUGACAACAGGAGGAUCGCCUUUGAAAACAAUGUGGUUGCUCUGGUAGUGCCCAAGGCCGACUCAACCACAGCUGGUAAAUACACCUGCCAGCUGAGGAACGACUGUGGAGCGGUAGAGUCUGUCUGCCAAGUGACGGUUCUAGAACCUGCUGCUAUCGUGGAAAGCCCGGAGCUGUUGAAUGUGAAGUCAGGAGAAACUGUAUCUCUUGAGGUAACAGUAUCUGGCUCACCAGAACUGAAAACUACAUGGUUCAAGGGCAACAAAGAACUCUCUGCUAAUGCAAAGUAUCAUCUGAGCUUCAAAAAGCAGCUCGCCACCCUGAAGAUUCUGUCUGCUGACAAAGCAGAUGCUGGAGAAUACACACUACAGGUUACAAACCACGUUGGAACAUCCUCUUGCAAAAUUAAGCUCACAGUCUCAGAUAAGUUGAUUCCACCGAGUUUCAUAAAGAAGCUGAGAGACACCCACCUUGUUGUGGGUAAGCCUGGUGAGAUGGAGUGUAAGAUUACCGGUUCUGCUCCUUUAACAACUUCCUGGUUCCAUAAUGGCCAAGAGAUAAACAGUGGGCCAAACUAUGAGAUUAGCAGCGUGGAUAAUGUGUGCACACUGAGAAUUCCAAUGAUUAAGACAUCAGAUUCUGGCAAAUACACAUGUAAGGCUGUGAACGCUGCAGGAGCCAGUGAGACAAGUGCUUCAAUGAAUGUGACAGAACCUCCAUCUUUUUCUGAAACGCCUGAGGCUCGAGAAACGUUGCCUGGCCAAAGUGUGUCUUUCUUGGCUAAAGUGAAAGGCAGCAUUCCCAUAAAGGUCAAAUGGUUCAGGGGAGCCAAGGAAAUGCAGCACGGGAGAGGCUGCGAGAUCUCCCUGAAGGAUGACGUCGCCACACUGGUGCUUCAUAAAGCUGAAAAGUCUCAUGCAGGAGAGUACACCUGCCAGAUCAUUAAUGAUGCAGGAAAGGACAGCUGCUCAGUUUUUCUGUUUGUGAAAGAGCCAGUCCACUUUGUGAAGAGGCUGAGGGACAUUUCCAUUGAAAAGAGCAAGCCUCUGAGGCUCCAGGUCGCAUAUGCUGGAACCCCAACUGUAAAUGUAACCUGGAAAAAGGAUGGUAAACUCAUCCAAGCCUCUUAUCUGUACAAUAUGAUCGCCACAGACACCUCUUGCAUCCUGGAGGUUCUUAACUCUGAAAGGAUGGAGGCAGCUGGUAGAUACUAUUGUGAAGUAGACAAUGGAGCCGGAAGUGACAAAUGUGAAGCGCAAGUUACAAUCCUCGAACCACCUUACUUUGUUGACAAGCUGGAGCCAGUGGAGGUAUCUAUGGGUGAUGCGGUGACCUUAGAGUGCAGGAUUGCAGGAACUCCUGUGAUCUCUGUCGCCUGGUUUAAAGAUGAUGGAAAGCUGCGCAAGUCCAACAGUUGCUCAAUGGACUUUGCAGAUGGCGUUGCCACUUUGAAACUGUUCAAAUCUACCAAGUCUGAUCACGGUGAAUAUAUCUGCAAGGCCGAGAACCGGGUUGGUUCAGCCUCCACCAGCUGUAGCGUGACUGUGAAAGAGCGCAAAGUUCCUCCAAACUUCACCAAGAAGCCUUCUGAGUCCAUGGUGGAUUCAGUGGGUAAGACUGUAAAGAUCGAGGGCCGAGUGUCCGGCUCUCAACCUCUGACCAUCUCCUGGUACAAGGACGACAGUGAGAUCCACGCCUCGGACAAAUAUGAUAUCAGCUUCAAAAACAACAUGGCCGUGCUGUGUGUCAGAGGCUCCACGGGCUCUGACGGUGGUGUUUACACCUGUGAGGCCUCCAAUGAAGCUGGCAAAGCUUCUUGUAAGGUUUCUCUCACAGUAACAGAGACUGGCCAGGCUCCCAAAUUUGAUGUUCCUCUGGAACCAGUGACUGUGGGUGAAGGGGAGAAGCUGAGCCUCCAAUGCCACGUCACCGGCUCUACUCCAAUAACCAUCCAGUGGAUGAAGGACAGGAGAGAGCUCGUGUCCAGCGGAAACACCAAAAUCACAUUUGUUGGUGGAACGGCCAAUCUGGAGGUCAGCCAGGUGUCAAAGGCGGAUGCUGGAGAUUACCUGUGCAAGGCCAGCAAUGCAAAUGGCACUGACUUCUGCAAGUCUAAAGUCACUGUAAAAGAUAAAGGUGCUAAGGCCACACCCGCUGAGGCUGCUGCCCCGGCUGCAGCCGCCCCGGUCAAAAGGCUCGACAAUCUGUUCUUCAUCGAGGAACCCCAAAAUGUUUCUGUCACAGAGAAGGGUACUGCAACCUUUAUCGCCAAGAUUGGAGGUGACCCAAUCCCCAGUGUGAAGUGGAUGAAGGGCAAAUGGAGACAGAUCACCCCCGGCGGUCGAAUCUCCAUCGAGCACAAGGGCCAGGAUGCCAAACUGCAGAUCAGAGAAGUGACCAAGUCUGAUUCUGGUCAUUACAGAUGUGUUGCCACCAACAAACAUGGAGAAAUUGAGAGUGGCGCUGAUAUGGUGGUGACCAAAAAGGAGGAACUGGGAGAAGUGGGAGACUUAAGAACGAGGCUCAAGAAGACUCCUUCCAAGCAGAAGAGUCCCAAGAAAGAAGAAGAGGUCAACAUUGUAGAGUUGCUUAGAGGUCACGACCCCAAAGACUAUGAGAGGAUCCUGCGGGAACAUGGAAUCCAUGACUACCGUGCCAUCCUGCAGGCCGUGGAGUUCCUGAAGAAGGAGAAGGAGAUGGAGACUGGAAGAGCGGAGGUCGAGAGUGGGGCACGAGUCGAAGAAGAGGACAUGGCCCGACUCAUCGAGCAGCUAGAGGGACGCGUCAGCAUGGAGCCUGUCUCUGUGAUGGAGGACAUCACUGACCAAACCAUCAUGGAGAACCAGAGCGCCACCUUUGAGUGCCAGAUUAAGAUCAACUACCCAGAGAUCACGCUCACCUGGUACAAAGGCACCCAGAAACUGGACAACAGCGAAAAGUACGACAUCAGCAGCGUGGGGGACCGCCAUUAUCUGAAAAUCAAGAACUGCCAGGUCAAAGAUCAGGGCAACUACCGCGUGGUGUGCGGUCCUCACAUCUCCAACGCCAAACUGACGGUCACAGUCGAUCAAAUUCAGUUCACUAAAAGCAUCCGAAGCAUCGAGGUCAACGAACGCCACUCUGCCACCUUCGAGUGCGAGUUGUCCUUCGACAACGCUGCCGUCACGUGGUACAAAGACUCGUGGGAGCUUAAAGAAAGCCCAAAAUAUAACUUCAGGACUGAAGGCCGACGGCACUUUAUGACAAUCCACAACGUAACUGCAGAGGACGAAGGCGUGUACUCGGUGAUUGCUCGCCUGGAGCCACUGGGAGAAGCUCGAAGCACAGCCGAGCUUUACCUGUCAGGCAAAGGAGAGAAAAAACCUGUUGAAGAAACUGUUGAGUGGACUGAGGUGGAGGGCAGAGGAGAAAUCCCUGAAGGUAUAACUGCAAAUGAAGUAACUGAACCAAGGGACCUGGAAGCUCCAGAAAAAAUCAAGGCUCCUGAGGUUCCUGAAGCACCAAAGAAGCUUCCUGAAGCACUAAAGGUUCCUGAAGCAGCAAAGAAGGCUACAGAGGAGCCAAAGCAGGUUCCUGAAGAACCAAAGAAGGUUCCUGAAGCGGCAAAGAGGGCUACCGAGGAACCAAAGAAGGUUCCUGAAGAACCAAAGAAGGUUCCUGAAGCAGCAAAGAAGGCUACAGAGGAACCAAAGAAGCUUCCUCAAGAACCAAAGAAGGUUCCUGAAAAACCAAAAAAGGUUCCUGAAGAACCAAAGAAGGUUCCUGAAGAACCUGAAAAGCCUCCCAAGGAACCAAAGAAGCUUCCUGAAGAACCAGUUCCAGAAACACUGAAGAAAGUUGCAGAAGUAGCAAAAACGGCUGUGGUAGAACCACAGAAAGUUCCAACAGCACAGGUUAUAGAACGAUCAGCAGAGCCAGUGAAAGAUCUAGAAGUGUCAGCAGAACCACAACAUUUGGAAACACCAAUACAACAACCGCAGGUCAAAACGUCUGAAGUCAUCCAAACAGUCAAACAAAGGGGGAUACCAACAGCUCUAGCUAAACCAAAGCUGGAGGCGAGUACACCAGUCAAAGAUGAGAUCGUUGCUUCUGGAAAAGUAGAAGACGAGCCAAAGGCCAUAGAAAUCCCUCAGCAGAGAGUUCCUCUGAAGCCUCACCUGAAGCCAACAGCUGAGGUUGAAGGCAGAAAGGAGUGUCCUGCAGAAAAAGGUGUUGAAGAAAGGAUUUCCCUCACAGAAGCUGGCUACAGGAAACAGGAAGUCGACACAUAUAAAGAAGGAGUCAACAAGUCAACUGCAAGAGAAGAAACCAUUUUGAAAACUGAGAUAAUGGAACAAAUUGAAAAGACAAAGGAGGUGGUUUCUGUAUCAUACAGAGAAGAUCAUCAGGUAGAGAUUAUAGAGCAAUCAAAAACAGAUUAUGAGGCUGAACAACUGGAGUGGACUGGACCUUACAAACCUGAGAAAAUAGAGAAAGAAAUGUCUCUGUGGUCUGCUUCUCCAACUCUAAAGGGGUCUGCCCAUUCUCCUGCAGAACAAGAUGUCGCACCUCCACCUGAAAUGUCUCAUCUUUUGCAGAAAAAGGUUUCUUCUCCUGAUGUUGGAGAGGCUUACAAGAAGAAAGAGCAGGCCGAAGAGGCUGACCUUCCUACUGCGUAUUUACAGACAAGAGUUACUGAAUCAUUACAUCAUGAAGAAAUUCAAGAAGACUCUGCAAUAGAGGAACUUAAGUCUAAAAAGGUCACCACAUCAAAGAAGCCUAGAGCUCUUACAGAAGUAAUUUGUUUGAAGCAAGAUGGGUCUGUUGAAGGUAAAGCAGGUGUUCCCCAAACCACUCUUUCUCACCCUGCAGCAGUUUCUCCUACAAUGGUAUCUUCAAGUCAAGACAUGGUGAAAACUCCUAAAACUUCCAUAUAUGUAUGUGAUGAAGAUAUUCUACCUCUGGACAAGCCAAGUCUUGUAUCAGAAGAUGCAUCGAUUAAACAAAGUAGGGAUGGAUCACGUUUUGUUACAGCUCAAACUCCUUCACCCGAGGAGAGACGCUGUUCGGAGGAAGAAAUUUCUCCAGCAAAGAAGUCUGUUCUGCCAACCAAACACAGCUCCCCUACACUCUCUGAGGCGGUUUUGGGCCUAAUAGAAGAUCUGUCCCUUGAAGAAGACACUCCUGUCAAGAAACCUAUUCCUUCUGUGCCUGCUCCAGUAAAAACACCUCAAGUUCAGCAAAUCUCUCCAUCUUUGAGAGUUUCUGAGGAAGCAAACAACACUGCAACUAAAGCUAAACCAACAAGAGCAGAUGACAAGAAAGCAAAGAAGCCAACACAGAAGACUGACCAACAGGCUCUUGAUGCAGCGCCUCCUCCUGAGGAGAAGAAGCCAUCUGCACCAGUGCCAAAGCCUUCACCUACUCCUCCUCGUGAGCAGAAGGUGGCUCCCCCUGCUCCUGAACAGAAAGUAGCUCCCCCUGCAGUAUCUCCCCCAGAGGAGAAGAAACCAUCUGCACCAGCACCAAAGCCUUCACCUCCUGCUCCCCCUGCUCCUGAGCAGAAGGUGGCUCCCCCUGCAGUAUCUCCCCCAGAGGAGAAGAAACCAUCUGCACCAGCACCAAAGCCUUCACCUCGUGCUCCUGAACAGAAAGCUGCUCCUCCUGCAGAGGAAAAGAAACCAUCUGCUCCAGCACCAAAGCCUUCAGCUCCUGCUGCUCCUGCAGCCAAAGUUGCUCCUCCUGCAGUGUCUCCUCCUGAGGAAAAGAAGGUACCUCCACCAACAACCAAGCCAACAGCAGAGAGAGUGGUUCCCCCCGCAGCUGAAGUUGCAUCGUUGGAGAAGGAAGCUCCUGCACCAGCCGUAAAGGCUGAACCAGCUCCAGUAUCAAAGGAAAUCUCGCCGCCUGAAGACAAGGAACCAGUGUCAGCACCUGGACCAACAAAAGAUGGAAAACCAACAGAAGAGCCAGCGAAAGGCCGAGGUCGAGGAUUUGGGGCGAGACAAACUCCAUCUCCUGGUGAUGGAGGCAGGGGCCGGGGUCUAAAGCCAGGUGGAAAAGGCCCGUCACCUCCCGAGGAACCAUUUGGAGGAUUCAAGCUCAAACCUGUCCAACUGAAGUUCAUUAAGAAGCUUAAGGACAUUGUGCUGCAGGAAGCUGAGUCCAUCGGCUCCUCUGCGGUGUUCGAGUGCGAGGUCUCGCCUUCCACGGCCAUCACUUCGUGGAUGAAAGAUGACAGCAACUUGCGUGAGAGCCCCAAGCACAAGUUUACAUCUGAUGGCAAAGAUCGCAAGUUGCACAUUAUUGAUGUGCAGCUAUCUGACACUGGAGAAUACACGUGUGUGGCUAAGAAUGCGGGCAAGGAAAUAACAUGCACAGCCAAGUUAAUUGUUGAAGAGCUGCCUGUGAAAUGGGUGAAGGAACUGGAACCAGAGACAACAUGCAUUAAGGGUCAGCCAAUGUAUCUCACCUGUGAGCUGAACAAAGAACGCGACGUCAUUUGGAAACGUAACGGUCAGGUUCUGAAAACAAAGGCCGGAAAAGUGGCCGUUAAUGUAAUUGGCAUGCAGCAUGCUGUGACCAUCCAGAACUCCACCGAUGAAGACGGCGGCGCCUACACCUGUGAGGUAGAUGGACAGGAGGACGUCAAGACUACAACUAACGUCAAAGUUAUUGAAACCAUCAAAGACUGGCUGGUGAAGCCUCUGAGAGACCAGCAUGUGAAACCAAAGGCAAAGGCCACAUUCAAGUGUGAGCUGUUCAAGGACACGCCCAACUGGAAGUGGUUCAAAGGAGAAAACGAGCUUACUCCCUCUGACAAGGUCGAGAUCACUAAAGAUGGAAAGGACAUGACGCUCAGCAUCAAUAACUGCCAGCCUGAUGAUGUAGCAGACUACACCAUCCAGGUGGAGGAUCGCAGAUAUACAGCCAAACUGACACUUGGAGAGCGUGAGGCUGAGAUCCUGAAGCCACUCUCCAGUGUGGAGGUGGUUGAGAAGGAAGAGGCCAACUUUGACACUGAAAUAUCAGAGGACGACGUGGCUGGCGAAUGGAAGCUGAAAGGCCAGGUGUUGACUAGAUCUCCGACCUGUGACAUUAAAGCUGAAGGCAAAAAACGUUUCCUCACACUGAAAAACGUGCAGCUGGAUCAGGCUGGUGAAGUGACAUACCAGGCUCUGAACGCCGUCACCAGCGCUAUGCUCACCGUCAAAGAAAUCGAAAUGGGCUUUGUUGACCCGCUCAAGGACCUUUCUGUGCCUGAAAAGAAGCAGGCUAAGUUUGAGUGCACCAUCACUAAGGACGUGUCAAAGGUCAUAUGGUUCAGGGGGACAGAGAUUGUCACCCCAAGCCCUAAAUAUGAAAUCAUUGAUGACGGGAAGAAGCACAUGCUGAUCAUAAACAGCUGUGAGUUUGAUGAUGAGGCUCAGUACACCAUCGAAGCGUUGGGUCAGAAAUCAACGGCUCAGCUGAUGGUGGAGGGCAUGAGGCUGAGUUUUGUCCAGCCGCUUCAGGACCAAACGGUCAAAGAAGGUAACUCGGCACGCUUCGAUCUCGAGCUGUCUCAUGAGAACGUGCCAGUGGUCUGGUACCGAAACGAAGUCAAACUCCACGUGAGCCGAACGGUUCUCAUACACGUGGAAGGAAAGAGACACACUCUAGAAAUGAGGACACUGAGUCUAGAUGAUACCUGCCAAAUUAAGGCAGAGGCUAAAGGCAUUUACUCCAUGGCCAAGCUGACGGUCGUAGAGGGCGACCCCAUCUUUGUGGUGAAGCUACAGGAUUACUCAGCCACCGAGAAAGAAGAGGUGACCCUGGACUGUGAACUGAGCAAAGACGUUCCAGUGCUUUGGUACCACGAAGAGAAGGAAAUCAUCGCCUCCAAGAUGGUCAUCUUGAGGUCAGAGGGCACGCGCAGGUCUCUGGUCCUGAAGAAAGUGGAACUGAGCGACAAAGGCAAAUAUGUAUGUGACUGUGGGACAGACAAGACGUCAGCCAACAUCAAUAUUGAAGCACGCGACAUCAAAGUUGUUCGGCCGAUUUAUGGCGUGGAGUUGUUUGAUGGAGAAACGGCUCGUUUCGAAGUGGAGAUCUCUGAGGACGACGUCCACGGACAGUGGAAGCUGAACGGAGCGGUGCUCAGUCCGUCCUCUGAUGUGGACAUCAUCGAGGAAGGAGGCAAGCACACGCUGAUCCUCUACAACUGCAAAGUGUCCAUGACCGGCGAGGUGGCGUACUCUGCUGCUAACGCCAAGUGCUCCGCUAACCUCAAGGUCAAAGAGCUCCCGCUGAACUUCCUCACACCCAUGACUGACGUUCAGGUCUAUGAGAAGGAUGAUGCGAGGUUUGAGGUCGAGGUGUCGAGAACUCCAAAGACUUUCCGUUGGCUCAAAGGCUCACAGGAGCUGCAGAGCGAUGAAAAGCACGAGGUGAUCCAGGAGGGAAAUUUGUACGUUCUGGUGAUCCGAUCGGCCGCCUACGAUGACGAGGCAAAGUACAUGUUUGAGGCCGAGGACAAGAGGACGACGGGCAAACUGGUUAUACAAGGUAUUCGCCUAGAGUUUGUCAAAGCAAUCAAGGAUGUGACAGUAAAGGAGCGUGAAACAGCUGAAUUCAGCGUGGAGCUGUCACAUGACAAGAUCCCGGUGGUCUGGUACAAGAACGACGUCCGACUUCAUCCCAGCAAAGUUGUUCACAUGUCGGCACAGGCGAAGGUUCACACGCUGGCCUUCAAGGAAGUCAUCAUCGACGACACGUCCAUGAUCAAAGUAGAGGCCAUGGACAAGAGCUUGACCGCCAUGCUCACUGUCAUCGAGGGUGACGCCUACUUCACCACUAAGCUGCAGAACUACACGGCAGUGGAGAAGGACGAGGUGAAGCUGGUCUGCGAGUUGAGCAAGGCUGUCGCUGAUGUGAAAUGGUUUAAGGAUGGAAAGGAGAUCACCCCCUCCAAGAACAUCGCCAUCGUCACCGAUGGCAAGAAGCGCAUCCUGAUGGUGAGGAAGGCAGAGAAGGCCAACAUCGGAGAGUACACCUGCGACUGCGGCUCAGACAAAACCACAGCCAAGCUGAACAUUGAAGAGCGGGAUAUCAAAGUUGUCCGUCCGCUGUACAGUGUGGAGGUCACGGAGACAGAAACAGCCAAGUUUGAGACGGAGAUUUCUGAGGAGGAUGUCCAUGGAAACUGGAAGCUGAAGGGAGAAGCUCUUCAUCAGUCAGCUGAUGUUGAGAUUAAGGAGGAAGGAACCAGACACUUGCUGAUCCUCUACAACGUCUGCAUGGACAUGGCAGGACCCGUUGACUUCUCUGCAGCCAAUGCCAGAUCCAGCGCCCAGCUCAGAGUCAAAGCUCGGUCCAUCACGCUGGUCCAUCCUCUGAAGGACGUGACGGUGACGGCUGGAGAGACGGCCAUCUUUGAGUGCGAGCUGUCGUACGAGGGCAUCGCGGUGGAGUGGUUCCUGGGAGGGCAGAGGAUGGAGGCCAGCGACCGGGUGAAGACUCGGGUGGCGGGCCGAGUUCACACUUUGACCGUCCGAGACGUGAAGCUGUCGGAGGCCGGCGAGGUCAAACUAACUGCCAAAGACUUCCAGACUCAGGCUCAGCUUAUCGUCAGCGAGCCACCGGUUGAGUUCACAAAGCCUCUGGAGGAUCAGACGGUGGAGGAGGAGGCCACAGCCACUCUGGAGUGUGAGGUUUCCCGUGAGAAUGCUGAGGUACGAUGGUUCAGGGAGGGACAGGAGCUCAGAAAGACCAAGAAGUACGACACCAUCGUGGACGGACGCAAGAGAGCUCUGAUCAUUCACGACUGCUCUCCUGAAGAUGCCAAGUUGUACACGUGUGAUGCCAAAGACUUCAAGACCUCUUGUUUCCUGGAAGUUACACCUCCGUAUGUUGAGUUUACGAAGCCUCUGCAGGAUGUUGAGGUCAGAGAGAAGGAGUCUGCCAAGUUUGAAUGUGAGGUUUCUCGUGAGUCUGCCAAGGUUCGCUGGUUCAAGGACGGUGGCGAGAUCAGGAAAGGAAAGAAGUACGAGAUCAUCGCCAAGGGAGUCCAGAGAAUCCUUAUCAUCCACAAGUCUGUGUUUGAUGACGAGGCCGAGUACGAAUGUGACGCGAGAACCUCCAAGACCUCUGGCAUGCUCACCGUCAUCGAGGAGGCAGCCAGGUUUACAAAGAACCUGUCCAACGUGGAGGGAACAGAGACGAACACCGUGAAGAUGAUCUGCGAAGUGUCGAAGGCCGGCGCUGAGGUUACCUGGUAUCGAGGGGACGAGGAGCUCCCAGAGGGAGGUCGCUAUGAACAACAGACGGACGGACGCAAGAGAAUCCUGAUCAUCCGGGACCUGAGGAUGGAGGACGCUGGCGAUUACAACUGCAGGCUGAGUCCCACCGUCAGGACAUCCGCCACGCUCAAACUCAACGAACUGGCAGCUGAGUUCAUCGCCCGGCCUCAGAACCAGGAAGUGGUGGAGGGGGAGAAGGCAGAGUUCUCCUGCUCUGUCUCCAAAGACACCUACGAAGUAAAAUGGUUCAGAGGAGACAAAGAGAUAGAAGCUGGAGACAAGUACAGCAUCAUCAGUGAAGGAAAACGCAGAGCUCUUAUUGUGAAAAGCUGUGAGCUGAAGGAUGAGGGAGGCUACACUGCACACAUUGGCUCUGUUAAAGCCGUGGCAGAUCUGCUAGUGAUCGAAAAACUGAGGAUCAUAACUCCGAUCAAAGACACCGAGGUGAAGGAGGGAGGCGAGAUCGUGUUUAACUGCGAGACAAACACGGAAGGAGCAAAGGCCAAGUGGCUGAAGAAUGAGGAGACCAUUUUUGAGAGCAGCAAGUACAUGAUGGCUCAAAGGGACAACGUCUUCUCUCUGAGGAUCAGAGACGCCCAGAAGGCUGAUGAGGCCGUCUAUACCGUUAGCCUGACCAAUCACAGAGGAGAGCACGCCAAGUGCACUGCCAGCGCUAAAGUGGCAGAGGAGAAACUGAGGUUCUUGGAGCCCAUCGAGGACAAUGAGACUCAGGAGAAGAAGACCAUCAGCUUCGUCUGUAAGGUGAACAGGCCCGGGGCGACGGUGAGGUGGCUGAAGGCUGGUCAGGAGGUGACACUCAGCAAACGCAUCGUCUACAGAGUCGAUGGCCUGAAGCACAGCCUGACCAUUAAGGACUGCGUCAUGGAAGACGAGGGCGAGUACACGGCCGUGGUCGGAGAUGACAAAUGUGCAGCUGAGCUGAUCAUUAGCGAGGCGCCCACAGACUUCACGGCGCAGCUCAAAGACCAGACCAUUACAGAGUUCGAGGAUGCAGAGUUCACUUGCAAGCUGAGCAAGGAGAAGGCUGCCGUCAAGUGGUACAGGGAAGGACGCGAGAUUCGAGCGGGCCCCAGAUAUCAAAUGGAAAAAGAAGGAAAGACAUGCAGACUGAUCAUCAAGGUGUGCAGGCCUGAUGACGAGUGUGAAUACGCCUGUGGUGUGGACGAGAGGAGGACGAGAGCGAGGCUCUUUGUUGAAGAGACCCCGGUGGAAAUCAUCAGACCACCUCAGGACGUGUUCGAACCUCCAGGUUCAGACAUCGUGUUUGAGGUGGAGCUCAACAAAGACAGGGUGGAGGUGAAGUGGAUGAGGAACAACAUGAUCAUCGUCCAGGGAGACAAAUACCAGAUGAUCAGCGAGGGUAAAGUCCACAGACUGCAGGUCUGUGAAAUUAGACCCAGAGAUCAGGGAGAGUACAGGAUCGUGGCCAAAGACAAGGAUGCCCGGGCCAAGCUGGAGCUGGCAGCUGUUCCAAAGAUUAAAACCACCGACCAGAACCUGGUGACAGAUGCCGGUAAACCCUUCGUCAUGACUGUGCCUUAUGACGCGUACCCUCGAGCUGAUGCCGAGUGGUUUUUUGAGGGCACCAGUCUUCCCGUCCAGAAUAUUGACACCUCUUUGGAAAAGACCGAGUACCGCCUGAAGAGCCCUGCCAAGGAGGACCAGGGCCGGUACAAGGUGGUAAUUAAGAACAAGCAUGGUGAGGGUGAAGCCUUUAUCAACCUGGAUGUGAUUGAUGUACCGGGACCCAUCAAGAACCUGAGAGUGGUUGACACUGUUGAUGGCGAGGUGAGUUUGGCCUGGGAGGAACCUGAGAAUGACGGUGGCAGCAAGAUUAUCGCCUAUGUUGUAGAAAGACGGGAUGUGAAGCGCAAGACCUGGACUGUGGCUACAGACCGUGCCGACACUCCAGAGUACUGCGUCAGUGGCCUGCAGAAGGAAUCCUUUUACCUCUUCAGAGUCUGUGCUCGAAACAGAGUUGGCAGCGGACCCACUGUUGCAACCGAAGAUGCCGUCCAGGCCAAAAACAAGUUUGAUGUUCCAGAUGCUCCUGAAAAUGUUGCAGUAGAGUCAGUGAACAAGUUUGGUGCCACCAUCACUUGGGAGCCCCCCAAGUUUGACGGUGGCUCUGAGAUCACUGCUUAUGUGAUUGAGCUCCGUGACAGAACAUCUGUUAAGUGGGAGGCAGCCUUAGUCUGUGCUGCCGAUGACCGCUUGGCUAUGCUGAACGACGUGGUGGAGAACAAGGAGUACAUCUUUAGAGUCCGAGCAGAGAACAAGGCUGGCAUCGGCAGGCCCAGCGCUGCCACCAACCCCGUCAAGAUCAUGGAUCCCAUCGAGAGGCCGAGCCCACCACUGAACCUGAACUUUAGUGACCAAAUCAAGACGGCAGUCACGUUGACCUGGGAGACGCCCGUGAACAACGGUGGCAGCAUGAUUACAGGAUACAUCAUUGAGAAAUGUGAGGACGGCUCUGACAAGUGGCUCCGCUGCAACGCCAGACUGUGUCCUGACCUCUCCUACCGGGUGUCUGGACUAAAACCUGGUCAGAAGUACCUCUACAGAGUUUGCGCUGAGAAUGCUGCUGGUGUCUCUGAUCCAGCUGAGCAGCUGGGACCACUGCUUGCCGAUGAUCCUCAUGUUGGUCCAACCUUUGACCUGAGUGGCUUCAGGAAAGGCCUGGAGGUGAUUGUUCCUCAGCCUCUAACAAUCAGAGUUCCCAUUACUGGAUACCCGACCCCUGUGGCCAAGUGGACCUUUGGCGAGAAGGAGCUGACCCCAGCAGAUGAGCGUGUCUCCAUGGUGACGAAGCCUACGUACACGGAGCUGACGAUAUCUCCUAGUGUUCGUCCAGACAAAGGCAUCUACACCCUGCAGCUGGAGAACGACGUAUCCUCUGUCUCUGGAGAUAUUGAUGUCAACGUCAUCGCAUGCCCCAGUUCUCCAAAGGACUUCAAAGUGGCUGAAGUGACCCGUCACCAUGUCCACUUGAUGUGGGAGGCACCUGAACACGAUGGAGGAAGUCCAGUGACACACUAUCAGAUUGAGAAGAGAGAAGUUUCUCGCAAGACAUGGGCCAAGGUGGCUGCUGGCGUCCUGGACCUGGAGCACACGGUAACAGACGUGAUUGAAGGAAAGGAGUAUCUGUUCAGCGUCUCUGCAUGCAACAAGUGUGGACCUGGAGAGCCAGCCUACAUUGAUGAGCCCAUCAAUGUCUCUUCUCCUGCAACUGUACCUGAUCCACCUGAGAACCUUAAGUGGCGCGAUAAGAGUGCCAAGAGCAUUUUCCUGUCCUGGGAGCCUCCAAAAUACGAUGGUGGUGCCCAUAUUAAAGGCUACGUGGUGGACAAGUGCCAGCGUGGUACUGACAAGUGGGAACCCUGCGGUGAUCCCAUCCCUGAACUCAAGUUCCAGGUUACCGGCCUGGUCGAGGGCCAGUGGUACGCCUACAGAGUCAGAGCUUUUAACAAGCUGGGAGCCAGCCGACCUUGCAGGGCUACCGAUGAGAUCCAGGCUGUGGACGCUAAGGAACCUCCUGAGAUCCAGCUGGAUGUGAAGUUGCUGGCUGGUUUAACCACCAGAGCUGGUACCAAGAUUGAGCUUCCUGCAGAUGUGAAAGGGAAGCCCGAUCCCCGGGUGAAGUGGACCAAAGCAGACGUGGUCCUGCGGGCUGAUAACCGCAUCGCCAUCGACACCCAGCCAGGACACUCAAAGGUUUCCAUUGACAACACCACCAGAGGAGACACCGCCACCUACAUCAUUGAGGCAGUCAAUGCCUGUGGACGUGCCACUGCCACUAUUGAUGUCAACAUCCUGGAUAAACCGGGCCCUCCAGCUGCUUUAGAUAUCUCUGAAAUCACCAACGAAUCCUGCGUCCUGGCCUGGAACCCUCCCAGAGAUGAUGGUGGGUCUCCCAUCACCAACUACAUUGUGGAAAGUCGUCAGACUGACAAGGAGGAGUGGGUCAAGCUGUCAGCCACGGUGAAGCACACCACCUUCAAGGCCACCAAGCUCACAGCAUUGAAAGAGUACAUUUUCAGGGUCAGUGCUGAGAACCAGUAUGGUAUUGGUGAACCUGCAGAGCAUGUGCCAAUCACUGCCAAGUAUUCCUUUGAUCCUCCGGGUCCUCCAACCAGAAUCACUCCCUCUGACAUCGCCAAGGACGCUGUCACUCUGACCUGGUUAGAGCCUGACGAGGAUGGCGGUAGCCCCAUCACUGGAUACUGGAUUGAGAAGUUGGAUCCGGAGAGUGACAAGUGGAUCAGAUGUAACAAACUGCCCAUCACGGACACAACAUUCAGGGUAAAGGGUCUCACCGCCAAGAAGAAGUACCGCUUCCGUGUUCUGGCUGAAAAUCUAGCUGGACCUGGAAACCCAAGUGCAGAGACUGAUCCCAUCCUCAUCAAAGAUCCUAUUGAUCCUCCGUGGGCUCCUGGUAAACCUGUCAUUAGGGACAUUGCCAAGACCUCAGCCCUGUUAGGAUGGACUCGUCCAGAGCACGAUGGUGGGGCUAAGAUUGAAGGCUACAUCAUUGAGUUCCAGAAGGCUGGAAGCGAGGAAUGGAUCAAGAUUGCAGAGGAUGUUCCUCAGACUGAGCAUCAGCUGAAGGGCCUAAUAGAAAAGCAAGAAUACUCUUUCAGAGUCAGGGCCGUCAAUAAGGCUGGUGAGAGCGAACCCAGUGAGCCCAGCGACCCCGUGGUCUGCAAGGAGAGACUCUAUCCUCCAUCAGCUCCUCAGUGGCUGGAGGUGGCGAACAUCACCAAAAUUAACGCAGACCUAAAGUGGCAGCCUCCCAGCAGUGAUGGCGGCUCACCCAUCACCAACUACGUGGUUGAAAAGAGGGACGUGAGGCGGAAGGCGUGGCAGACUGUCGACACCACCGUCAAGGAACAGAAGUACACGGUUACCCCUCUCAACGAAGGAUCGCUGUAUGUGUUCCGGGUUGCUGCAGAGAAUGCCGUUGGGAUGGGUGAAUUUUGCGAGCUGGAGGAUGCCGUGCUUGCCAAGGACACUUUUACAACUCCCGGACCUCCUUAUGCACUGACGGUGGUGGAAGUCACCAAGAGACAUGUGGAGCUGAAGUGGGAACCUCCCAAUAGCGAUGGUGGAAGACCAAUAACAAAGUAUGUGAUUGAGAAGAAAGAAAAGGUGGGAACUCGCUGGCUGAAGUGCUGCAAAACUCCGGACAGAAAGACUCAGUUCAAGGUAACGGAUGUUGAUGAAGGUUCAGAAGUGCAGUUCCAGGUCAGAGCUGAGAACGAGGCUGGAGUUGGAGAUCCAAGUGAACCCACCGUGAUUCUCACCAUUGAAGAUCCAACCAGUGCACCAUCACCUCCACUUGAAGUGGUCAUCCCUGAUGCCAGCAGGGAGCACAUCAAUGUCACCUGGAAGCCUCCAGUCAAGGACGGGGGUUGUCCUGUCACUGGGUACCAUGUGGAGGUGGCAGAAGCCCGUCCAGAACUAAAGUGGCUCAGGGUCAACAGCAGACCCAUCAAGGAGCUAAAGUUCAGGAUAGAUGAUGGAAUCAAACCUGAGAAAAAGUAUGUCAUUAGGGUUCGGGCCAUCAACUCUGUCGGAGUCAGUGAUCCCUCUGAUGUCUCUGAUAAGGUCGCCACCAAAGAUCCUGACUGUGCUCCAACCAUGGAUUUGGAAGCAAAGGACGUGAUAGUGGUUGAAGGUGAGAAGCUGCACCUGAAUGUUCCCUACAGGGCAAUCCCGACACCCAAGAUGGUUUGGCAGAAGGACACUGUGGAGUGUAAGGCCGGUGACCGGCUCUCCCUGACAGUGGAGAUGAACAGCGCCCACCUGGAGCUGCUCAAGUGCACCCGUGAUGAUGCCGGCGCCUAUGCCAUCACUCUGGAAAACAGUCUGGGAACUGCCACUGGAACCGUCAAUGUCAAAGUCAUCGGACUCCCUGGUCAGUGUAAAACUAUCACCUCCAGUGACGUCACCAAGAACAGCUGCAAGGUCAGCUGGGAAGCUCCAGAGGAUGAUGGCGGCACACCCAUUGUCAGCUAUACCCUGGAGCGCCGUGAAGCAUCCAAAAAGACUUACAUGCCCGUUAUGUCGGGAGAAAAUGUCCUAACAAGUACCGUCAAAGAUCUCUUUGUCAACUGCGAGUACUACUUCAGGGUGAAAGCUGUCAACAAGGUCGGAGCGGGAGAAUAUCUGGAGUUACAAAACCCGGUCAUUAUAGAGGAAAUAAAACAGAAACCAGACCCACCCAUCCAAGUGGAGGCUCAUGACCCAACGUCCAAGUCCAUCACAGUCACCUGGAAGGCUCCAGACUACGAUGGCGGCUGUCCCAUCCAGGGCUACAUCAUAGAGAAGAUCGAGAAGGACGGCGACCGCUACGAGAAGGUCACACCAAGCCUGGUUCCUGGUUUCUCCUACGUGGUGAUGGGCCUAAAGGAGGACAUGGAGUACCAGUUCAGGGUCAGAGCUGAGAAUGCUGCUGGAGUCAGCGAACCAUCACGCAGCUCACAGCCCAUCAAGGCUGCAGACCCUGUUGAAAAACCCAAGGUCACCCUGCAUGCCCGUGUUCAAUCUGGGCUCUGCAUCAAGAAAGGUGAGGAAAUCUGCGUUGACGCCUACAUCUCUGGCUCCCCAUAUCCCAAAGUCACCUGGCUGAGAAAUGAUGAGGAUGUCACCAAAGAGCCCACCAAGAAGUUCACUCCUGUUAUCAAGAAGAAGAAGACCAAAGCCAAGGUUCCAGAACCAGAGGAGGAGUUUGUGACUCCCCUGCGUGAGCGUCUGGGUAUAGACCAGACCAAGAGGGGACAAUCUGCACUGAUGAUCCGUGACGCCGUCAGAUCCGAUCACGGCAGCUUCACUAUCAAGGUGGAAAACACACAUGGUGUUGCCACCGCUUCCUGCGUCGUCAACGUCCUAGACAAACCUGGUGCUCCGAUUAACUUCACCUUUGAUGAGAUCAGGAACACGUCGGUCAUCUGUAACUGGGAGCCUCCUGAGGAUGAUGGUGGCAGCGAGAUCCUGAACUACAUUCUGGAGAAGAAAGACAACAAGAAGGACGAGAUCGGCUGGAUCACCGUCACUUCUACCCUGAAGGGCACCAGCUGCCCCGUCACCAAGCUCAUCGAAGGGAAGGAGUACAUCUUCAGAGUCACUGCUGAAAACAAGUAUGGCUGUGGUCCACCGUGCAUCUCUGAACCACUCGUCGCCAAGAACCAGUUCAGUCCUCCUGAUGCUCCCAACACUCCCAGAGUCCACGAGGUGACGGCAAGCACCGCGCACAUCUCCUGGCAUGAGCCAAAGGACAAUGGAAGCCCGAUCCUGGGUUACUGGAUCGAGAGGAAGGAGGUGAACAGCAAACACUGGACCAGAGUCAACCGAGCCCUCCUCAACUCUCUCGAGGUGAAGGUGACUGGCCUGAUGGAGGGCUUGACCUACAUCUUCAGGGUCUGUGCUGAGAAUCUGGCUGGCCCCGGGCCCUUCAGUGAUCCAACCGAUCGCAUUGUCGCGAUGGAUGAAAUCCUGCCUCCUGGUCCACCGAUUCCAUGGAUCGUGGACACCGGAAAGGACUCUGUUGUUGUGGCGUGGAAGCCCCCGCUGUACAAUGGUGGUGGAGACAUCCUGGGAUACCAUGUUGAGAAGGUUCUGGCCGGAGAGAAAGACUGGAGCCGCAGCACCGAGUUCAGGUGUAAAGAGCUGACGUACACUGUGACCGGCCUCACUGAGGGAGCAGAUUAUUAUAUCCGGGUUCUUGCAGUCAAUGACGCAGGCCCAGGAGCUCCUGGUGUUACUGAACCCGUUACCGUCAAAGAGCCCCAAGAAUCCCCUGUUGUGGAUUUCGAUGACUCUGUGAAGAACGGCGUCAUGAUUAAGGCUGGCGAGUCUCUGAGGCUUCCCGCUGUGGUCCGUGGUCGACCCCAGCCGGAGGUAAAAUGGGCCAAAGAUGAGGCUGAAAUCGACAAAGAGAGGAUGAUUGUGGAGACCGUGGGGAAGAACAGUACAUUGUUCAUCAAGAAGGCUGUGAGGGCAGAUCACGGAAAGUACCAGAUCACCGGCACCAACAGCAGCGGGAGCAAGACCGCCGAGACGAGAGUGGAUGUUAUGGAUGUUCCUGGGCCGGUGGUUGACUUGAAGGCUGUUACAGUUACCAAGAAGAACAUCGUCCUCACCUGGUCUGACCCCGUGGAUAAUGGUGGCAGCGACAUCAUUGGUUAUGAGGUGCUGAGGAAGGAUGCCAAUAUGAAGCUCUUCCGCCAGCCCAUUGAGACUGCAUCCUGCAAGUGUGAUGUCCAAGGCCUGCUGGCUGGCGAGGAGUAUGAUUUCAGAGUCGUUGCCAGGAACAAGUAUGGUGAUGGACUUCCAGCAGACCUGGGUCCCAUCUUAGCUGAGGAUCCAAAAGGUACACCAUCUGCCCCAGAGAAACUGCACUACACCAACAGAAGCAAGAACACCAUCACUCUGGCCUGGCAGCCUCCUCGCACUGAUGGUGGCAGCCCCAUCAGAGGAUACUAUGUGGAGAAGAUGAGGUCCGACAGCACCGAGUUUGAAGUGGCCAACCGCAAGAUCUUCACUGAGUGCUGUGGAACCAUUGAGAACCUGUCGGAGAACCAGGAGUAUGACUUCCGUGUCAAAGCCGUGAACGAGGUUGGAGAAGGAGAUCCAUCCAAAAGAAUCACCGUCAAGAUCCAGGAUGAUGAGAUUGCUCCCAGCAUUACAAUCUUGAAAUUCAUCAAGAGCAACGCCAUCAAUGUGAGGAAAGGCGCCGCCAUCGACAUCCCGGCAGAAGUGAGGGGACUUCCUCUGCCGACACUGCAGUGGAUGAAGGAUGACGUCGUGAUUGAGAAGACUGAUGAGGAGAAGAUGACGAUGGAGACUGAGGAGGUGGACCGGACAACCAUCAGGACGAAGAUUGCCAUCCCAGAAACCAUAAGGCAGGACAAAGGCAGCUACAAGCUGGUUGCUGAAAACUGCCACGGGAAAGCUCAGCAGAUCAUCAAAGUCGAGAUCCUCGACCGUCCUCUUCCUCCACGGAACAUCGUGGUCUCGGACAUCAAAGCCGACUCGUGCUACCUGACCUGGGACGCUCCAGAAGACAACGGAGGAAGUGAGAUUACCAACUACAUUGUUGAGCGCAGAGAUGCAAGCAAGAAAAAGUCUGACUUUGAUGUUCUGACCAUCAACCUCAUUGACAGGAGAUACGGGGUGUACAAACUGGACUUGAAUGGUACCUACCAGUUCAGGAUCAAAGCUGAAAACAAAUAUGGCGUCAGCGAUGGCUGCGACUCAGAGAAAGUCCAGCUGCGGGAUCCAUUUGGUCUUCCUGGACCUCCACGUAAUCCAAAGAUUAUCGCUGCUACAGCGACCACAAUGACCGUGACUUGGGAUCCCCCUCUGGACAACGGUGGUUCCACCAUCCAGGGAUAUUGGCUGGAGAAGAGGGAACGUGGUGCUGUGUACUGGGGUCGUGUCAACCGAGCUCCAGUCACCAAACCGGCAGUGAAAGGCCUGCAGUACACCGUGCUGAAGCUCAUAGAAGGAACAGAGUACCAAUUCAGGAUUUCAGCCUGCAAUGCUGCUGGUGUUGGACCGCCCAGCGAGGCCACAGAGUGCCGCUUUGCUGUGGAUCCAUGCAACCCCCCAAGCAUACCUGGAAAUCCUGAAAUUAAAGACAAGACCAAGAACAGCGUCACUCUAACCUGGACCCCACCGGACAAAGAUGGCGGGAGCCCAAUCAAGGGUUACAUUAUUGAGGUUCAUGAGGAGGGCUCUCCUGAUUGGAGGAGAGUGAAUCCUGCUGAUAAGCUCCACCCCUCCACUGAAAUCACUGUACCUGACCUGAAGGAAGGCAAGAAGUGCAAGUUCAAGAUUUACGCGGUGAACUCAGCUGGAAACUCAGAGCCUGCUAGAACUGGUGACAUCCUGGUUCAGGACAUCCUGAUUGAGCCAACGGUGACUCUCGAUGUGACUGCUCACGACCUGCUGAACUGUAGAGCUGGAACCACCAUUAAGAUUCCUGCCACCAUCACCGGCCGACCUGUCCCCAAAGUCACCUGGACUUUCGAUGGAACGGCUGAGACUGAGAAAAAGAACGAUCUACACACUCUGCCAAUUGACUCAGAGAUACAUUCCACCGACACAACCUCAGUGAUUGUGAUCCCAGCCUGCAAACUGAACCACAGCGGCAGAUACAUCAUCAACGCAGAGAGCCCUGCUGGACACAAAGUGGUCAAAGUCAGAGUCAGCGUCCUCGACCUGCCCGGACCUCCCAGAGACCUGAAGAUUAGCGACGUGACCAGGGGAACAUGCAGACUCACCUGGAAACCCCCAGAGUGUGAUGGAGGAGAGAGGGUUAAGAGCUACUUUAUUGAAAAGAAAACAGCAGAGGGAAAAGCAUGGACCAAGGUAAACCCGGCCUGCGCUGCUCAGUCUCUGGUGGUUCCAGAUCUGAAUGAAGGCCAGGAGUACUUUUUCCGUAUACGUGCUGAGAACCGCUUUGGCUUUGGCCCCUACAUCGCAACCAUUCAAAGGACCAAGGCCAGAGAUCCAAUCCAUCCUCCCGAUCCUCCAACAAGGUUGAAGAUCCAGAGCGUCAGGAAGGGCACGGUAACUCUGACCUGGAAGGCUCCAAAGAACGAUGGUGGUUCACCUGUAACCCACUACAGCGUUGAUCUCCUCUGCUGGGACAGCAGUGGCACCCAGAAGGAGUCCUGGAGGAGGUGCAACAGGAGAGACGUGGACACCACCAGCUUUAAAGUGGAGGACCUUACAGAGGGAGACGAGUAUGAGUUCAGGGUGAUGGCUUACAAUGAAGUCGGACCCAGCCGACCUUCAUCUACUGCUGGACCAAUCAUCAUCCAGGACCAGAGCUGUGCUCCAUCCAUCGAGCUGAAUGAGUUCAUGGAGGUGGAGCAGGGCUCCGACAUUAGCAUUGUGGCCCAAAUCCGUGGCUGUCCAUUCCCUACACUCACCUGGUACAAGGCUCCACCCCACAAGUCCGACGCCAAGGUGGAGGUUCAGUACGACGAGCAUAUAAAUAAGAUUGUUUCGGACGACAGCUGCACACUGCUCAUCCAGCAGGGCAAACGUCCCGACACAGGCCUGUACACGCUGGUGGCUUCCAACAGCCUCGGCAAGGCCUCCAAGGAGAUGAGGCUCAACGUGCUCGGCCGUCCCGGUCCUCCCUCUGCUCCCAUUAAGUUUGAGGAGAUUGGAGCUGAGAAGAUCACGCUUUCCUGGCUGCCGCCGAAGGACGAUGGUGGCUCCAAAGUCACAAACUACGUCAUCUGGAGGCGGGUGGCCAACAGAAAGACUUGGGUGCCUGUCACCAGUGAGCCGAAAGAGCGGAUCUGGACAGUGGAGAACUUGAUGACGGGACAUGAGUACGUGUUCCGCAUUAUGGCACAGAACAAGUAUGGAGUCGGACAGCCAUUGGACAGUGAGCCCGAGGUGGCCCGAGAUCUCUACACUGUACCUGGUCAGGUUGAAAAGCCGACAGUUACCAGCGUAACCAUGGACUCCAUGACCGUUAACUGGGAAGAACCUGAGGACGAUGGGGGGUCCCCGAUCACUGGCUACUGGCUGGAGCGCAAGGAGACAACUGGCAAACGCUGGACCCGUGUCACCCGCGACCCGAUCCGUCCCAUGGGCCUGGGCGAGUCAUUUGUGGUGAGCGGACUCAUUGAGGGAUCCCAGUAUCUAUUCCGAGUCUCUGCCAUCAACGCCGCUGGGCCCGGACUUGCCAGCCCUCCCACUGACCCCAUCUUUGCCAGAGACCCUAUCACGCCGCCAUCUCCUCCAACCCCAAAGGUUUCUGACUGGACAAAGUCUACAGUGGACCUGGAGUGGAUUCCUCCUCUGAAGGAUGGAGGCUCCAAGAUCAUUGGUUAUUGGGUGGAGCACAAAGAGGAGGGCACUGAAGCCUGGGUCAAGGCCAAGGACACGGAAAUCCGUGGCACCCGGUUUGUGAUCACUGGUCUGAAGACUGGUGGUAAAUACAGGUUCAGGGUGAUUGCCUUCAAUGCUGCCGGCAAUGGUGAGCCAGGAGAAGUCCCAGAGGUUCUGGAGGUGAAUGACAGAAUUGUUGCGCCUGAGGUCGACUUGGAUGCCUCGGUGAAAGAAAGAAUAGUGGUCCACGCUGGCGGCGUGAUCCGCAUCAUUGCCUACGUGUCAGGCCAGCCAUCCCCUGAUGUCACCUGGAGUAGAGAUGGAGCUGCGCUGCCUCCCGAGGCUAAAGUGGAGACGACAGCCAUCAGCUCAUCUCUUGUCAUCAAACCUUGCACUAGAAAACACCUUGGUGUGUACAUACUGACCGCCAAAAAUGCUGGAGGAGAGAAGACAAAGAAGAUCACAGUGGAAGUUCUGGAUGUUCCCGGGCCAGUAGGCAUCCCCUUAGUUGCAGAGAACCUGAGCACUGACUCCUGCAAAAUCAACUGGUUCUUCCCUGAGAAUGAUGGCGGCUCACCUAUAAGCAACUUCGUUAUUGAGAAACGUGAGGCUGAGCGCAAAGCCUGGACGUCGCUGUCCUACACCGCCAGCAGACAGAACGCUGUGGCUCAUGACCUCACACUUGGAAAGGCCUACUUCUUCAGAGUAGCUGCAGAGAACGCCAUCGGUAUUGGACCCUUUGUGGAGACUGCAGCUGAGAUUGUCAUCAAGGAACCCAUCAGUGUUCCAGAUCGUCCAGAGGAGGUGGAAGUCACCAAGGUCACCAAAGAUUUGAUCAGCAUCGCUUGGAAGGCGCCCAAGUAUGACGGUGGCUCAGAGAUCACUAUGUAUAUCCUGGAAGCACGCAUGAUUGGCAAAGACAAAUUCACUAGACUGACAAAGGAGACCCUGAUGGACAGGAAAUACACCUACGAUGGCCUCAGGGAGGGUGACACCUAUGAGUUUAGGGUCAUUGCUGUCAAUGAGGUUGGCCCCAGCAAACCAUCUUUCUGCACCAAACCAGUCACCUGCAAGGACGAGCUAGAGCCGCCUACCAUUGAGCUGGAUUUCCGCGAUAAGAUCAUCAUCCGUGUGGGGGAGAGCUGCCUGCUGCAGGGCCGCUAUACUGGUAAACCGCCUCCAUCCAUCACGUGGCAUCGUGACGACAAGGAGCUGAAAGCUGACAAACACAUCAUGUUUAAGAACACGCUAACCACCAUGUCGCUGGGCCUGAUGAAGGCAGAGCGUGAACACAGCGGCAGAUACGUGGUCGUUGUAGAGAACAGUACCGGAUCCAGGAAGGGAGUCUGCAACAUCACGGUUGUUGACCGUCCGACUCCUCCUGUUGGCCCAGUGGUGUUUGAGGAGGUUCACAGGGAAUACAUGGUGAUCUCCUGGAAGCCUCCUCUGGACAGUGGUGGUGUUGAUGUCUCUAAUUACAUAAUUGAGAAAAGAGACAUCAACAGAGAAACCUGGACCACAGUAACAUCUGCCACCACCAAGACCACAUGCAAAAUCCCCAAGCUGACAGAGGGCAGGGAGUAUAUAAUGAGAAUCUGUGCUGAGAACAUGUACGGUAUCAGCGACCCUCUGGACUCUGAGGAGAUGAAAGCCAAAGAUCUCUUCAGAGUCCCCGAAGCCCCUGAAAUGCCAACAGUCAGGGAGGUGUAUGGCACCAAUGCUCUAGUGCUGUGGAACCGACCUCGUGAUGGUGGAAAGCCCAUCACCAACUACAUCCUGGAGAAAAAAGAGACCACAGCCAAGAGGUGGUCCAGGGUCACCAGAGACCCACUGUACCCAGCCACUCAGUAUCGAGUCCAGGAUCUAGUGGAGGGCUGCGAGUAUGAAUUCAGGGUGAUGGCUGAGAAUGAGCUCGGACCUGGAGAUCCCAGUGUCCCCUCCAAGCCCAUACUUGCCAAAGACCCUAUUGUGCGCCCCAGUCCUCCUGUGACCCCCGAGGCCUAUGAUAAGACCAAGGACUCCGUCAGCCUGAAGUGGAAGAUGCCACGCCACGACGGGAGGGGACGAAUCUUUGGAUACCUUGUGGAGUACCAGAAGCCUGGUGCCGUAGAGUGGAUGCAAGCCAACGAAACCCCAGAGCAGUGCCCUGACCUCCACUAUGUGGUGACAGGGCUGGCUGAAGGACACGAGUACAAAUUCAGGAUCUUCACUGUCAAUGCUGCUGGCAAAUCAGAUCCUGCUUAUGUCAAGGACACCAUUAAAGUCCAUGACAGGCUUGAGGAACCAGAGUUGCUGCUGGAUGCCAACAUGGCACGUGACCACCUGGCCAUGCUGGGCACUGACAUCACCCUAAGUGCCACCAUCAAAGGUGUGCCGACGCCCACAGUCAGCUGGAAGAAGAAUGAUGCAGACGUUCCUGCUCACAUCACCGUUGCUGUUACUGCCACUGGCAGCAAAGUCUUCAUCCCGAAGUGCGUCCGUGCAGACUCUGGCAACUACACCAUCACUGUUGAGAAUGCUGCUGGAAAGAAGACAGCAACCGUUGCUGUGCUUGUGCUGAACAAGCCUUCUCCUCCCAGGGACUUGGUAAUCUCUGAUGUGACCAGUGAGUCCGCCUACCUCACGUGGAAGGCUCCAGAGGACAAUGGCGGUGCCGUCAUCUCUCAUUACAUCGUGCAGAAGAAGGACGUGGCUGCUGAGCAGUGGGUACCUGUUGCUGCGGCCAAUAAGAAACUGAGUCUGAUGGCCAUGUACCUGAUGGAAGGAAUCCAGUACUUGUUCAGGGUAGCUGCAGAGAACCAGUUUGGCAGGAGUGAUUAUGUAGUGACCAAAACACCCAUCAAGGCUGUCGAUCCUCUCUAUCCUCCUGGCCCGCCCAAGAACCUGCACCACACUGAUGCAGAUAAGACAGAGGUUUGGUUGGCAUGGGAGUGGCCUGACCGCACCGGCGGAAGUGAAAUUACUGGCUUCAUUGUGGAGCACCAAGAAGAGGGUCAGACUGACUGGGUCACCUUCAAGACUGUAAGCAACAAUCACACCCAUGUCACAGGUCUGGAGGAGGGCAAGACUUACCGCUUCAGGGUCAAAGCUCAGAACGCCAUUGGCGUGAGCCGUCCCGACACCAGUGUCCCUGUCACAUGUCAGGAGAAAACAUUGCCACCUACUAUUGAAGUUGAUGUAAAGCUUAUUGAGGGUCUCAUUGUCAAAGCUGGCACCACUAUUGCUCUUCCAGCCAAGAUGGUGGGCAUCCCUCUUCCCACUGCCAAAUGGAUGACUGAUGGCAAAGAGAUCACAUCUGAGGGCCGCUAUCACAUUCAGUCAGCUGACUCCACAACCACCCUAAGUAUCCCUGAGUGCCAGAGAGCAGACACUGGAGAGUAUAUACUCACUGUGUCAAAUCCUGCAGGCAGCAAAACUGUUGCCCUUCAUGUGACCGUCCUGGAUCUUCCAGGUCCACCCAUUGGACCCAUUAAUAUUUUGGAAGUCACCCCUGAUUACAUGAUGAUCCAAUGGAGAGCCCCAAAGGAUGAUGGUGGAACACCUAUCACCAACUAUGUGGUGGAAAAGAAGGAUGUGAAAAAACCAUGGGAGCCUUGGUCUGUGGUUAGCUCCAGUGGCACAGUGACCAGAGCCAAGGUGUCCAGACUAGAGAAAGGCCGUGAGUACAUUGUCCGUGUGCGUGCGGAGAACAAGAUUGGUAUUGGUGCUCCACUUGAGAGUCCUCCAACUAUUGCCAAACACAUGUUUAACCCUCCCGGCCCACCAGGCCUACCAGAAUGUUCUGAUAUAACAGAGAAUGCUGUAACAGUGUCAUGGAGCCUGCCUGACUAUGAUGGAGGAAGUCCUAUCAGUGGUUAUGUGGUUGAACGCAGAGAAAUGACAGGAAAGUGGAUCCGUGUCAAUAAAACACCUGUUCUCGACCUCAGAUAUAGAGUCUCUGGGUUAUUUGAAGGGAACACUUAUGAGUUCAGAGUAUUUGCAGAAAACGUUGCUGGUAUCAGUGAGCCCUCGCUUACCUCUGAUCCCAUCAAGGCCACCCGAGCCAUCACCAAACCUGGCCCCCCCGGUAAUUUUAAACUGAAAGACUGGAGUAAGUCCCAUGCUGACAUCUGUUGGACCAAGCCUACAAGAGAUGGAGGUAGUCCCAUUCUGGGGUAUGUAAUUGAGGCUCAGAAGUCAGGAACUGCCCAGUGGGACAGAAUCAACAAAGACCUUGUCAAGAUGUGUGCCUAUAGAGUUCCAGGCCUCAUCGAAGGACUAGAGUACAGAAUCCGCAUCAGAGCCACCAAUAAGGUUGGAGACAGUGAACCCAGGGAGCUACCUCAGACUAUCUUGGCAAAGGACAUCCUGGUACCACCUGAAGUUGUUGUUGAUGUGUCAUGCCGUGACUCUGUGACAGUCAGAGCAGGUCAGAUUAUCAGUUUGAUCACUAGAGUCAAAGGCAGACCAGAUCCAGAGAUCACUUGGACCAAGGAUGCCAGAGCUUUGGCCAGGGAUAAGCGCACACAGAUGAACAACAACUACCCACUGUGUGAACUCAUCAUAAACGAUGCAGUCAGAUCAGACUAUGGUAAAUAUGCUAUUCUGGCUAAGAACAGCAGCGGGCAGGCACAGGCUACCGUUCUUGUCAAUGUCCUAGACACACCGGGAGCUUGCCAGAAUAUAAAAGUGGCUUAUGUGACCAAGAAAUCCUGCAUGGUUUCCUGGGAGAACCCUGAAGACAAUGGAGGAACUGAGAUCACUCAGUACAUUAUUGAAUGUCGUCAGCCCAGCCAGCGAGGAUGGACAGUGGUUUCCAAUGACUGCACUAAGCGUCUGAUAAAGGCUCCUCUUACAGAGAGUUGUGAAUAUUUCUUCCGGGUCAGCGCAGAGAACAAGAUUGGCACUGGUCCACCUACUGAGACCAAGACACCUGUAUUGGCAGUUGAUCCCAUUGAGAAACCUGGUGAACCCAUUGACUUCCAUAUAUCUGAGAUAGGCAAGACCUUCUGCUUCCUCAAGUGGAAGAAGCCAGAUUAUGAUGGUGGUAGCCGUAAUCUGGGUUAUCAUAUUGAAAAGAAACCAAAGGAGGCUGAUGAGUGGGAGAGGCUUCACAAGGGUGCCAUCAAGGAGACUUACUUCAUGGCUGACAGAUGUAUCGAAAACCAGAUCUACCAGUUCAGAGUUCAGACUAAGAAUGAGGGCGGUGAAAGCAACUGGGUUACCACAGCUGAAGUCAUGGUUAAGGAACAGUUAGUGAUGCCUGAGAUCAAGAUUAAAUUGGAUGGAACCCUUAUAGUAAAAGCAGGAGACUCCAUUCCUAUAGAGGCAACAGUGACGGGCAAACCCCAGCCUGAUAUCAAGUGGACCAGGGAUGAAAGCACAGAGGAGAUUAAGAAGGGCCCCAGGCUUCAAAUCGAAAGUGGUGCAGACUUCUCUAAACUUCUGAUUACUGGAGCAAGGCGCACUGACAGUGGCAAAUAUGCUGUUACUGCCUCCAACAAUGCAGGAACAUGCUCUGCUCAUGCCAAGGUCAUUGUACUGGAUAGACCUGGCCCCAUCAGGGAUCUCAAGAUAUCCGGUAUCACUAAUGACAGGUGUCAUCUGGCCUGGGAAAUCCCAGAGGAUGAUGGUGGCUGUGAUAUCUACAACUACAUAAUUGAGAAAUGUGAGACCAAGAGGGGAGUCUGGUCUGUUCACUCCAAUGCCGUCAUCACCAACAAAGCGAAGGUAACUCGUCUUAUUGAGGGUAAUGAGUAUAUGUUCAGAGUUAGAGCCGAGAAUAAGAUGGGCUCUGGACCAGCAGUACAGAGUGAAGCCAUUGUUGCUGGAACGCAGUUCAGCGUACCUGGUGCUCCAGAAGCACCAGAGGUCACCAAGAUUGCCAAGGAGGAGAUGACUGUUCAGUGGUCAGAGCCAGAGAAGGAUGGUGGAAAGCCAAUCACAGGAUAUCUGUUGGAGAAGAAAGAGGAGCAUGCUGUUAAGUGGUCUCCUGUCAACAAGGAUCCAAUUCCUGGAACUCGUUUCACAGUUACUGGACUCCUUCCACUUCAUGAAUACCAAUACAGAGUGAAGGCGGUGAAUGAAAUUGGCAUCAGCAACCCAAGCAAGGCUUCACGUGCAAUCACUGCUAAGGAUGCAGUUGAGCCUCCUGCACCUCCUACUAACUUGAAGGUUUUGGACAGCACCAAAUCCACAGUCACCUUGGGAUGGACCAAGCCGGUGUCAGAUGGUGGAGCUCCCAUCAUUGGUUAUGUUGUGGAGAUGAGGGCAAAGGGAACUGUUAAGAAAGGUGAAGAUGGCUGGAAGAGGUGCAAUGUGGCAGCUCAGCUGAUCACAUGCGAGUUCACAGUCACAAGUCUGGAUGAGAACCUUGUGUAUGAAUUCAGAGUGUCAGCUCAGAACCAGGUGGGCAUGAGCCUGCCAUGCAAUCUGGAAGGUGCCGUGAUUCCCAGGGAGAUUCUAGAGACACCCGAGAUAGACUUGGAUGCCAACCUAAAACAGGGAUUAACCGUAAGAGCCGGUUGUCCCAUCAGAUUAUGUGCCACCAUCAGAGGCAGACCACCUCCAAAGGUGAUUUGGAGGAGGAUGGGUAUUGACAACGUGGUCAGGAAGGGUAAAGUUGACAUCAUUGACACCAUGACCUUCCUGGUCAUUCCCAACAGCACACGUGAUGAAUCUGGAAAAUACUGCCUGACUCUGCAGAAUCCUGCUGGAGAGAAAGCUGUGUUUGUCAAUGUGAAGGUUCUGGACACUCCUGGACCUGUGAUGAAUCUGGAAGCUACAGACAUCAAACAGACAUCAGCAAUGCUGUCUUGGAGCCCUCCAGAGAACAAUGGUGGCAGUGACGUCACACAUUAUAUCGUUGAGAAGCGUGAGAUUGACCGCAAAACAUGGGCGACUGUCAAGGCCGAAGUAGCACUCGAUAAGAUUCCAUUCAAAGUCAACUGUCUGAUACCAGGAACAGAAUACUACUUCAGGGUCACAGCUGUCAAUGAGUAUGGUUCUGGGGUUCCCAAAGUGACACCCACUUCUUACCUGGCUUCUGAUCCUGUCAGCAAGCCAGAUCCUUGUCAGAAAAUUGAAGUCCUAGAAAUCACAAAGAACAGCGCUUUGGUCGGGUGGGUGAAGCCUGCAAGGGACGGUGGCGCCAAGAUUGAUGGUUAUGUAAUUGAAUAUAUUGAGGUCAAACCUCCUCCAGAGCCUCCAGCAGCUGUGGAGGUUCCUGAAGGAGAGGAAGCUCCUCCACCACCUCCACCACCACCAGUUGAAGAGGAGGAAGAGAAGCCAGAGCCUGAAAAGGAAGUGUGGAACGCUUAUACUACAGUUAAAGGUUUGACAGUCAGCAUCAGUGGACUGAAGGAGGGCAAGAGGUACAAGUUCAGAGUGGCUGCCAAAAACACCAUGGGUCUCAGCUUGUUCACUGAAACCAGAGACCCUGUCGAGAUCAAGGAACAGAUGUUGGAACCAAAGAUUGUCAUGCCAGAGGCAGCAAGUGCUAGAGCUGGAGCCAAGCUUAGAGUGGAGGCAGUGGUUUCAGGAAAACCGACCCCAACCUGCAAGUGGCUGCGUGGCGAAAAAGCCGUGGUUCCAUCCAGCUGCCUGGCUGUGCAUCAGUCAGGCAACUUGUGUGUGUUGAUCAUCAAAGACGUAUCAAGGAAUGACACUGGAGAGUAUAGCCUUGUGGCUGAGAACAGCACUGCAAAGGUGACCCAGACCAUGAAGAUUGUCAUCAGAGAUAUACCCGGGCCUCCUGAGGGCCCUGUAGAGAUCAGCGAUAUUGACUCUGAUGCUUGUUCCUUAUCCUGGAAUAAACCUCUGGAGGACGGAGGGAGCAACAUCACUAACUACGUGGUGGAGAAAUGUGAUGUGAGUAGAGGCGACUGGGUGACUGCUGUCUCUACAUGCCCAAAGACUAAUUGCAGGCUGGGAAAGCUUAUCCCUGGGAAGGAGUAUGUGUUCCGCAUCCGUGCUGAGAACCGCUUUGGCGUAUCAGACCCCGUUCAGUCCGACAGGAUGGUCGCGAAGUUCCCCUUUGAUGUUCCAAGUGAACCCCUUAACUGCCGCAUCAACAAGACCAACAAAGACUGUAUGUUUGUGGCCUGGGAUAAGCCAGAGAGUGAUGGAGGCAGUCCCAUCACGGGUUACUACAUUGAGCGCAAAGAGAGGAACAGUCUGCUGUGGGUGAAGGCCAAUGACACUGUUGUUCGAAGCACUGAGUACCCAUGUGCUGGCCUCAUCGAGGGCCUGGAAUACACCUUCAGAGUAUCAGCUAUUAAUCGCGCUGGCCAGGGCAAACCAAGCAAGAAGACUGACUUUUUCACUGCAAGAACACCCGUUGACACUCCAGGUAAACCUGAAGUCCUGGAUGUAACCAAGAACUCAGUCACUCUGGUUUGGACCCGUCCUAAGAAUGAUGGCGGUAGCAAGAUCAUUGGUUACUAUGUUGAGGCCCUGCGGGUACCAGGAGACACUUGGAUACGCUGCAACACAAGUAGCCAGAAUGUGCCUAAGGAGGAGUACACAGUUACUGGGCUGGAGAGAGACUUGCAGUACCAGUUCAGAGUCAUUGCUAAAACUGCUGUCAACAUGAGCAGUCCCUCAGAACCCACAGACCCUGUCCUCGUGUGUGCUGAAAAUGUUCCUCCAAGGGUGGAGCUCAAUGCCAGGAUGCAGAAGGGUUUGAAGGUGAAGGCUGGAACUACAAUCCUCCUGGAGGCUGAUGUGUUCGGUAAGCCCAUGCCCAGAGUGACCUGGAAGAGAGGUGACGACAAUCUGAAGUCAGGUGAAGACCAGGUUAUUACCCACCAAAGAAAUCACUUUCAGUUGGAAAUGACAGAUGUCACCAAGGAGCACACGGGAACAUACACCAUCUUGGCUGAGAAUGCCAGUGGCUCCAAGAGUGCUGAGAUCCAGGUCAUUGUGCUAGAUGUACCUGGUCCUCCUGCAAAUUACAAAUGUGUUGAGGUGUUUGCCACUAGCAUCAAGUUGUCUUGGGAACCUCCUCUUAAGGAUGGUGGUGCCCCGGUCACCAACUAUAUUGUGGACAAGCGUGAAACCAGUAGACCUGAAUGGGCUCAGGUUGCAGGUAAAAUCAAGGGUGACAUCCUUGAGUUCACUGUGGCAAAGUUAAUUGAAGGUCGUGAAUACCAGUUCAGAAUCCGCGCUGAGAACACGUGGGGAGUUGGAGACCCUCUUAUCACCGGCCCUGUCAUCGCCAAGAACCCAUUCACUGUCCCUGGCCCCUGUGAAGCCCCAGUGAUCACCAAUGUGACCAAGGACCGUAUGACCGUGAGCUGGAAGGAGCCUGCAGAUGAUGGAAAGUCCACUAUCCUGGGUUACAUGUUGGAAAAGAAAGAGACCAAGGAAAUGAAUUGGACCAAGUUAAAUAGGAAGCCACUGACAGAAAGAAGUCUGGAGGUUACAGGCCUCACAGAGGGAAUCGAGUAUGAGUUUAGAGUUAUUGCUGUCAACGUGGCUGGGCCCAGCAAACCCAGCGAGCCUUCUUCUGGCACUGUUGCACAGAAUCCUAUCACUCCUCCUGGACCUGUUGUGAAUCCCAGUGUGACUGACACCACCCACAGCACCAUCAGUCUUGCCUGGACUGCCCCCACCAACGAUGGUGGAAGCCCCAUUAUUGGAUACUUGGUGGAGUGCAAGAGGACAGACACCAAAGACUGGAUCCGCUGUAAUGUCCCAAGGAACCUGCAGGAGACCCACUACGUCAUUCAAAACCUCAUUCAUAAGUCAGAAUACCAGUGCCGCAUCACUGCUGUCAACAAGAUUGGCUUUAGUGAACCAGUUGAAGUCCCCGGGAAACAUGUCGCCAAGGACAUCGUUGUUGCUCCUGAGGCAGAACUGAGUGCAGAGCUGAAGGAUGGCCUGGAGCUACGUGCUGGUGCCACCAUGAGACUGCAUGCCACCAUCAAGGGUCGUCCCAUUCCCAAGAUAACUUGGGCAAAGAUGAACACUAACAUUAAAGACCGUCAGGGCAUCAUCAUCAAAUCCACCCAUGUUGACACCAUGGUGAUAGUGGAGAAAGUGAACAGAUAUGAUGCUGGCAAAUACAUUCUGAGCUUGGACAGCUUAGCUGGCAUGAAGAUGUACACCAUCGUUGUCAAAGUUUUUGACACUCCUGGACCACCAGUUAAUCUAAUGGUGAAGGACACAUGUAAGGACAGUGCCUCCAUCUACUGGGAUGCUCCUCUGAUUGACGGUGGCUUUGAAAUUACCCACUACAUAGUACAGAAGCGUGACACUGAGAGGAAGGCUUGGUCUACCGUUUCCACCACCUGCAAUAAGACAUCAUUCAAGGUUCCAGACCUCGAUGCUGGGCGGUCCUACUGCUUCAGAGUGGCAGCAGUUAACCAGCUGGGUAUUGGAGAGUUCUGUGAGACUGAUGAUUCAGUCAGAGCAACAGAGGAGCCUGGGCCUGUUAUGGACUUCAAGACCCUGCUGGUUACCAAGGAUUCUUGCACUUUAAGCUGGAAGAAACCCCUCACUGAUGGUGGUAGUCGCAUCAUCUGUUAUGUACUUGAGGUUCUCAAUGGUGAGGAUAAAUACAAGGAGCUAAUGAGGUCUAAGAAUAUGCAGUACAGUGCCAAGGACCUGGUGGAGGAUAGAGAGUAUACCUACAGAGUCAAAGCUGUGAAUGACACAGGAGAGAGUGCUCCCAAGGAGCUGAAAGUGGUUGCCAAGGACCAGAUCAUUCUUCCCAGUUGUGACUUGAGGGAGUUGCCCAACAUGUGCUACAUUGCCAAGGAAGGCAGUACCGUCCGCCUGAAGAUCCCAAUUAUUGGCAAGCCUACACCCAAGGUAACCUGGAAGAAGGGAGAUGAUGAAGACCUGACAGACACCGGCCGAGUGUGUGCCGAGUCCUCAGCAGUUAACACCACCCUCCUCAUCAGGGACUGCCAAAGGACUGAUGCUUCCAAAUACACCAUCACCCUGAGAAACAGUGCUGGAAGCAAAGAGUCCACCAUCUUUGUCAGGGUGGUGGGUAAACCUGGCAUUCCUGGAGGACCAGUAAAGUUCAAAGAUGUUGCUGCUGAUGGUGCCACACUAAAGUGGGGUCCUCCCAAGGAUGAUGGUGGCUCUGAAAUUACCAACUAUAUCCUAGAAAAGAGGGACUCCAUCACAAACAUGUGGGUGACUGUGUCCUCUGCUGUGGAGACCAACACCAUGAGAGUAACUGGUCUUCAUGAGGGCACAGAAUACAUCUUCAGAGUAUGUGCCGAGAACAAGUAUGGGGUCGGCGAAGGACUCAAAUCUGAGCCCAUUGUAGCCAAACAUCCAUUCAAUGUUCCUGAUGCUCCUGCUCCUCCUCAGAUUAUGAGCAUGCGCCAUGAUUCGGCUUAUCUUGCCUGGACUGAUCCAAGGAAGACUGGAGGAUCUCCUAUUACAGGCUAUCAUGUUGAGUUCAAGGAGAGAAACAGUAUGUUGUGGAAGAGGGCAAGCCCAGCUGCCUUGAAGAUGAAAGAACAUAAAGUUACUGGGCUGACUGAAGGUCUGGAGUAUGAGUUCAGAGUGAUGGCAAUUAAUUUGGCUGGAAUUGGUAGACCAAGUGCCCCCACUGAUCCACAGGUGGCCCUGGACCCCAUUGAUGCACCUGGUAAACCAGAUGUAAUCAGCAUUACAAGGAGCACUGUGACCCUCCAGUGGACUGAACCUCAGUUUGAUGGUGGCCACCGACUGACGGGCUACAUUAUUGAGAAAAGAGACCUUCCUUCUAAAAUCUGGGUAAAGGCAAACAAUGUGAAUGUUGUGGAACCUGCAUUCACUGUCACCAAUUUGCAAGAGGGCUGCAAAUACGAGUUCAGAAUUCGGGCAAAGAAUGCUGCGGGCGCUCUCAGUCCACCCUCUGAGCAGACAGAUACCAUUAUCUGCAGAGAUGAAUAUGCUGCGCCAACCAUUAUAAUUGAUGCUCAGGUGAUGGAAGGCUUGACUGUCCGAGCUGGCGAUACUAUCGUCAUCACUGCCACAAGCAUUUUAGGGAAACCUGCACCAACCUCCUGCUGGUCAAAGGGAGGAAAGUACUUUAAACCCUCAGAUCUUGUUCAAAUUGAGACCACUGCCACAUCCUCCACUUUGUCAGUCAAAUAUGCUAGCAGGAAGGACUCUGGAGACUACAUAAUCACUGCCAGCAAUCCCUUUGGUGUAAAGGAAGAAACUGUGAAGGUCAAAGUUCUGGAUGUUCCUGGUGCUCCUGGACCCAUUGAAUGCAGUGGUGUAUCCUCAGAAAAAGUGACUCUUACAUGGACAGCUCCUACUGAAGACGGAGGCUCUCCUAUCAAGUAUUACACCCUGGAGAAGAGGGAGACCAGCCGUUUGCUCUGGACUAUCCUGGAAGAUAACAUUAUUGAUUGUCACUAUGUGGCCAACAAACUCAUCCAGGGCAAUGAAUACUUCUUCAGAGUCUCUGCUGUUAACCAGUAUGGUGCCAGUGAGCCAUCUCACUCUGAGGCAGUUAAAAUGGUAGAUAGAUUUGGUCCACCUGGUCCACCUUCCAAACCAGAGGUUGAAAAAGUCGAUGGACAUUCAGCCACUGUGACCUGGAGAAGACCAACUGAAGAUGGAGGAAGCGACAUCAUAGGUUAUUGUGUUGAAAAGAAAGAGAAAAAAGGCAUGAGAUGGGUCAGAGCAUCCAAGAAAUCCAUCACUGAACUCAGCUUUGAAGUCACAGGUCUCACUGAGGAUGUGGAGUAUGAGUUCCGUGUUCUUGCUGAGAACAGAGCUGGGUUCGGCGAGCCAAGUGAACCAUCUAUGGUUGUCAGGACAAUAGUUGUUGCCUAUCCACCUGGACCUCCAGUCAAUCCAAGAGUUACAGACACAACCAAAACCACUGCCACUCUGAACUGGGGAAAACCUCUUCAUAAUGGUGGACUGGAAGUUACUGGAUAUGUCAUUGAGCACAAAAAAGAAGGAACAGAAGAAUGGGUUAAGGAUACCCCAUCAUCUCUACUUAGGAUCACAGAAUUUGUUGUUCCUGAACUAGACACUGGUGCAAAAUACUGCUUCAGAAUUAGUGCUGUGAAUGCUAAAGGAGUGGGAGAACCUGCCGAAACUAAGGAAUUCACUGAGAUUGUGGAGCAUGCAGCUGAACCUGCAAUGGAGCUUGAUGUUGAGCUCAGAAGAACUCUUGUUGUUAGAGCUGGCUGCUCCAUUCGCCUUUUUGUGCCAAUCAAGGGCCGUCCUACACCUACUGUCACCUGGACCAAGGAAGGCGGACCUGUUCCACGUGCAGUCAUUGACAGCACUGAAUCAUUUACGAUGCUGAUCAUUCCCGAGAGUUCAAGAAUUGAUGCAGGCAAAUAUGAGCUUACCCUCGAAAACUCAGCUGGAAAGAAGAGUGCUGACAUACACGUGAGAGUUCUGGAUUCACCUGGGCCUCCGCUUAACCUAAAACCAAUCAAGAUUGACAAAGAAAGCAUUACGCUUCAGUGGGAAAUGCCUCUCAUUGAUGGUGGUGCAAAGAUCACAAACUAUAUCAUUGAGAAAAGAGAAUCAACACGCAAGGCUUUUGCUACUGUUGUUACAAAGUGCCCAACUACUUCAGUCAGAAUUUGUGACCUGGGUGAAGGUUGUGAGUACUAUUUCAGAGUGUCUGCUGAGAAUGAGUAUGGUAUCGGUGAGGCGGUUGAAACUUCUGAUCCAAUCCGUGCAUCCCAGACACCAAGCUCUCCAGAGAGCAUUAUUCCUACUGAUAUCACCAAGAACUCUAUCAGCCUGGCUUGGACCAAACCUAAACAUGACGGUGGAAGCAGAAUUACAGGAUAUGUCCUGGAAGCCCAGAAGAAGGGAACUGAUCAGUGGGUUCAUAUUACAACGGUCAAGAACAUGGAUUUCACUGUGAAGAAUCUCAAUGAGAAUGAGGAGUACAUUUUCCGUGUAAUGGCUGUCAAUCACUCAGGUAGAAGUAUUCCAAAGGAGAGCAAACCCAUUGUUGUCAAGGAUUCUACUUCUUUGCCUGAGUUUGACCUACGUGGAGUUUGUCACAAGACUGUUAUUGCCAAGGCAGGAGAUGAUAUCAAGGUUGAAAUUCCAGUUAUGGGACGUCCUAGACCAACUGUCUCUUGGCAGAAGGAUGGCGCAGCCCUGAAACUCACACAGAGGACCAAUGUAGAAACUACUGCUGCUACGGUCAUUAUCAGCAUCAGUGAGUGCACCAGAGCUGACAGUGGUGUAUACACCAUGACAGGAAAGAACAUUGUUGGAUCUGUGACAGACAGCAUCACUCUGAAAGUUCAUGAUGUACCUGGUCCACCCAAAGGACCCGUUAAGAUUGUGGAAAUAUCUCGUACUUAUUGCAUCUUUUCAUGGGAAGCUCCUGAGAAUGAUGGAGGGGUUCCCAUCAACAACUAUGUCAUUGAAAUACGAGACACCACUUCUCAAACAUGGACUGAGUUGUCGUCUACUGUCAUCCGCACAAUGUUUAAAGCCAUCCGGUUAACUACUGGAUCAGAGUAUCAGUUCAGAAUAAAGGCUAAGAACAGAUAUGGUGUUGGACCUCCUAUUACUUCAGAGACAGUGGUGGCUGCCUAUCCAUUCAAAGUCCCUGGUCCUCCAGGUACUCCUAACGUUGUUGCAUUUACCAAAAACUCAAUAACAAUUGGCUGGAAUGAGCCUGUGUCUGAUGGUGGAAAUGAAGUCAUUGGCUACCAUGUUGAGAGGAAAGAAAGAACCGGCAUAAUGUGGUAUAGGAUUAGCAAGGGUCUUGUGAAAGGAAAUAUCUUUAAAUCCUCUGGACUUGAAGAUGGAGUUGCUUAUGAGUUUCGUGUCAUAGCUGAAAACAUGGCUGGAAUUGGUAAACCCAGCAAGGCCUCAGAACCGAUAUUGGCCUUGGACCCUGUUGACCCACCAGGUCAGCCUGUGCCAAUAUCUGUCAACAAGAAUGCCAUUACUAUUCAGUGGACAAAGCCUGAGUAUGAUGGUGGGUUCAAAAUCACCGGCUACAUUGUGGAGAAGAGAGAACUGCCUGCUGGUCGCUGGAUGAGAGCCAACUUUACCAACAUAAUUGAAACAACGUUCACUGUUAGUGGACUGACUCAAGAUGCCUCAUAUGAGUUCCGUAUCAUAGCCAGAAACUCAGCAGGUGCAGUGAGCAUACCUUCUGAGCCUUCAGAUCCUAUUAUCUGCAAAGAUGACAUUAUCGAACCACGCAUUAUGGUGGAUGCCAUCUUUAGGGAUGUUGUUCUACUAAAGGCAGGAGAGUCAUUCAAGCUUGAAGCUGAUAUUGCUGGUCAACCAACACCAUCUAUGGUUUGGACCAAGAAUGGAAAGGAGGUUGAGAAUACAAUGAAACUGGAAGUUAGGUUCACUGAACUGACAACUACUCUAACCAACAAGGACUCUGUAAGGCCAGAUGGAGGUGAAUUCAUUUUGACUGCCACUAAUGUUGGUGGAUUUGCAAAGCACAUUUUUAAUGUUAAAGUGCUUGACAGACCAGGACCACCAGUUGGACCUCUUAAGGUGACUGAUGUCACAGCUGAGAACUGUGCACUCUCCUGGGCUCCACCUGCAGAUGAUGGGGGUUCCAAGAUUGAAGGAUAUGUGAUUGAGAAGCGUGAAUCAAGCAGACUGGUUUGGACCAGUGUUGUUUCAGACCUCCAAGAUACGCAAUACAAGGUUACUAAGCUGCUCAAAGGAAACGAAUACAUUUUCAGAGUAAUGGCAGUGAACAAAUAUGGAAUUGGUGAGUCGCUUGAAUCACAACCCACUAUUGCAGACAACCCAUAUGUGAUUCCAGAUCCUCCUGAGAAUGCUGAGGUGACAGCUAUCACUAAAGAUUCAAUGGUUGUCAUGUGGCAAGCACCUAAGAGUGAUGGUGGAACUCCCAUCACCACCUACCAUAUUGAAAGAAAAGAUAGAAUGGGCCUCCGUUGGGUCAAAUGUAACAAGAGGAAAGUCAAAGAUCUGCAGUUCAAGGCAACAGGUCUUGUUGUUGGACAUGAAUAUGAAUUAAGAAUUAUUGCUGAGAAUGCUGCCGGAUUGAGUAUACCAAGUGUGUCUAGUCCAUUCUACAAGGCCACUGAUGGACUAUACAAGCCAGGAGCUCCAUGCAACCCCAGAAUCUUGGAUACAACCAAGUCUUCAAUUACUGUGGCUUGGAACAAACCUGCAUUUGAUGGUGGCUGUGAAAUUAUGGGCUACAUUGUAGAGACAUGCAUCCCAUCUGAAAAGAAGGAAGAAGAGGAAUGGACCAUUGUGACACCCAAGGAAGGUCUUCUUGCUACCUCAUUCACCAUUGUUAACCUGAAGGAGAAUCAAGAGUACAAGAUUCACAUCUCUGCUGUCAAUAGUGAAGGAAUUGGAGAGGCAGCAUCUGUACCUGGUAAUCCAAAGGCAGAGGACAGGCUUCUCCCUCCUGAGAUUGAUUUGGAUGCUGAACUUCGGUCAGUUGUCAGGCUUAGAGCUUGCUGUUCACUUAGACUGUUUGUGCCUAUCAGAGGCAGACCACCCCCUCAGGUAAAAUGGACCAAAGGAGAUGGGGAGCCAGUUGAGAGGGCAAUCAUUGACAGCACAACAUCAUACACAUCACUGAUAAUUGAAAAUGUCAACCGAUUUGACAGUGGAAAGUAUAAUCUUACUGUUGAGAACAGCUCUGGCUCCAAGACAGUUACAGUACAAGUCAAAGUGCUUGAUACACCAAGUGCCCCACAGAAUCUGAAGAUUACUGCUGUGACAAAGGAUGCUGUGACUCUGACUUGGGAUCCACCAGUGAAUGAUGGUGGAGUUAAGAUUAAGAAUUAUGUUGUUGAAAAACGCGAGUCUACAAGAAAAGCAUAUGCCACAGUCAAUGCUCUCUGCUAUCAAACCACCUUCACUGUUGACCAGCUCCUGGAAGGAUGCAACUAUUACUUUAGAGUUUUAGCGGAGAAUGAGUAUGGCAUCGGCUUGCCCAUUGAGACUGGUGAAUCAGUUAAGGUGUCAGAGAAACCACAGCCUCCUGGCAAAAUCACUCUUAAGGAUGUUACCAAAAACAGUGUCACUCUCUCCUGGGAGAAGCCAGAGCAUGAUGGUGGCAGUAGAGUGGGCUGUUAUGUUGUUGAGAUCCUGCCUAAGGGUGCUGACAAGUGGACCCAAGCACUGAUUGCAAAAGAAACAGAAGCUACUAUUAGUGGACUAAAUGCAGGUGAAGAAUAUAUGUUCCGUGUUGCUGCAAGAAAUGAAAAAGGAACAAGUGAUCCACGUCAGAUUGGAGUUCCUGUGAUUGUAAAAGACCUUGUUAUUGCACCUGCUGUCAAAAUGUUGUUUAACACAUUUACUGUGUUGGCAGGAGAAGACUUGACAGUGGAGGUUCCUUAUAUUGCACGCCCCAAAGCAACAGUUUCAUGGGUAAAGGAUGGUCUCCCUCUUAAGAGAACUAGCAGAGUAAACUUUGGUGCAACAGACACAAUGCUGAACCUCACUAUAAAAGAAGCUACUAAAGAUGAUGUUGGACACUACAUUAUUACUCUUACCAACACAGCAGGAGAGACUAAAGCAGAUAUUGGCAUUGUUGUUCUUGACAAACCUGGCCAACCAGGUGGUCCAGUUAAGGUAGAGGAGGUCACUUCUGACAGUGUAACCAUCUCCUGGAAUCCACCAGAGUAUGAUGGUGGUUGCACCAUCAAAAACUACAUUGUGGAAAAGAGAGACACAUCUACAACUACCUGGAUGGUUGUAUCUUCCAACCUAGCAAGGACCAAAAUUAAGGCAGGCAGGCUGAAAACAGGUUCUGAGUAUCAGUUUAGAAUUACUGCAGAAAACAGAUAUGGAAAAGGCCCAGCUCUUCUAUCAGCAUGCAUUUUGGCUCAAUACCCAUAUAAACUCCCAGGCCCUCCAGGUACACCAUCCAUUGCAGUCUGCACCAAAGAUAGCAUGGUGGUCACCUGGAAUGAACCUGUCAUUGAUGGUGGAAGUUCUAUCUUGGGCUACCACCUUGAACGUAAAGAGAGGAACAGCAUCCUUUGGGUCAAACUAAACAAAUCUCUUAUUACAGACCAAACCUUUAAGACCACUGGCCUAGAACCAGGAAUGGAGUAUGAAUACAGAGUGUAUGCUGAAAACAUAGUUGGAAUAGGCAAAGCAAGUAAAGUGUCGGAGGGCUAUAUUGCUAGAGAUCCUUGUGAUCCACCGGGCACCCCAGAGGCAAUAAAGAUUACUAAGGACUCAGUGACUAUUGUUUGGACCAAACCUGAGUAUGAUGGUGGUGCAAAGGUUACAGGCUAUAUUGUGGAAAAGAAGGAGCUUCCAGAGGGUCGUUGGUUGAAGGCUAAUUUUACUAAUGUAAUUGAGACAGAAUAUUUAGCAAGUGGACUUGUGGAGGGCAAUCAAUAUGAGUUCCGUGUCGUUGCCAGAAAUGCUGCUGGUGUUUUCAGUAUUCCUUCUUACAGCACUGGUCCAAUUACUGCCAGAGAUGAGAUUGAGCCACCGCGCAUAAGCAUUGACCCAGAGUAUACACAGAAUAUUGUGGUCAGUGCUGGCGACAACUUCAAAAUUGAUGCAGAUGUUCAUGGAAAACCACUGCCCUCUAUCCACUGGAUGAAGGGAGAGCAGGAACUAGGCAACACAAUUCACAGGGAAAUCAAGAACACACCCACCAAAGCUUUUAUAUCUGUCAAAGAAGCUAAACUGUCUGAUGGAGGGCAAUACAUUUUGCUGCUGAAAAAUCCUGGAGGAGAAAAGACUGUACAGGUCAAUGUUGUUGUUCUAGAUAAACCUGGAGAACCACAAGGGCCUCUUGUUGUCACAGGAAUAACCAAAGACAGAUGCUGCCUUGCAUGGAAACCACCACUGCAGGAUGGUGGCAGCAAGAUCUGUCACUACAUUGUGGAGAGAAGAGAGACAAGCAGACUAAUCUGGACUGUAGUUGAACAAAAAGUGGAGAACAUUUAUCUAAAAGUUACUAAGCUCCUGGAGGGAAAUGAGUACAUCUUCAGAGUCCGUGCUGUCAACCAAUUUGGAGUAGGCGCACCACUUGAAUCUCCUCCUGUCAUAAUCAAGGAUCCAUACAUGCUACCUGGAUCGCCCAAGAACUUAGAAGUUUCAAAUAUUAAAAAGGAUUCAAUGGUGCUUACCUGGGAGGCUCCUUCUGAAGAUGGUGGCAGUCCUGUAACUGGAUACAUAAUUGAGAAGCAUGACAAAGAAGGCGUAAGAUGGACUAGGUGCAAUAGGCAAACAGUCACUGAUUUGAGUUUUAAGGUCAAAGGACUUUUGGAAAGCCACAAUUAUGAAUUCAGAGUUGCAGCUGAGAAUUCUGUUGGUGUUGGUGAGCCAAGCUCCCCUACUGUUUUCUACAAAGCUCUUGAUCCUAUCUUUAGGCCUGGCCCACCACAUAACCCAAGAGUUACAGACACUACAAGAACAUCAGUAUUCCUGUCAUGGGGAAAACCCAUUUCUGAUGGAGGCUGUGAGAUUCAGGGAUACAUUGUUGAGUGCUGCUCUACUACUGCUGAAGCACCUGCUGCUGAAGGAGCUGCCACAGACACAGUUGUUGAAGAAUGGAUAAUGUGCACACCAGCCACAGGUGUUAAGAAGACUAAGUUUGAAGUUGCAAAUCUGAAAGAAAACCAGGCAUACAAGUUUAGAGUAUGUGCAAUCAACAAAGUAGGAGUUGGUGAGCAUGCUGAUGUCGCUGGAAUUGUUGUUGCUAAGGACAGAGCAGAUGAGCCAGACCUUGACAUUGACCCAGAACUAAGAAAAAUUGUUACCAUUAAAGCUGGUGCAUCCCUAAGACUCUUCAUUCCUAUCAAAGGCAGGCCCACACCUACUAUAAAGUGGGACAAAGACGAAGCUCCCCUUAAAGAGAGUGCUCAGGUUGAGAUAACCAGCAGUUAUACAUUGCUUGUGAUUGAUAAAAUGAGCAGAAAUGACAGUGGAAAAUACACAGUCUCUGCAGAGAAUUCCAGUGGAACCAAAUCUGCAUUUGUUGUUGUCCGUGUCCUUGACACACCUAGUGCUCCUGUUAAUCUUAAAGUGAAAGAAAUUACAAACCAGUCAGUAACAUUGGAAUGGGAACCACCUCUGUUGGAUGGCGGAUCCAAGAUCAAAAACUACAUUGUUGAAAAAAGAGAAAGCACACGCAAAACUUUUGCAGCUGUUGUCACAAAUUGUCAUGCUCUUUCAUGGCAGAUCGAACCACUCCAGGAGGGCUGCAGUUACUACUUCCGUGUACUUGCAGAGAAUGCUUAUGGUGUUGGUCUGCCUGCAGCAACUGUUGAUCCUCUUAAGGUCUCAGAAGUGCCCCAGGCUCCAAAGAGUUUAAUUGUUACAGAUCAGACAAAAACAAGCAUCUCUCUGGCCUGGGAGAGGCCAGAGUAUGAUGGUGGUAGCAGGGUCAUGCAGUACUUGCUUGAGGUGCAGCUGAAGGGUCAAGAGAAAUGGUCUGCUGUAAACGCUUUUAAGACAAUGGAAGCAACAGUCUCCAAUUUGAACCCAGGAGAGGAGUAUCUUUUCAGAGUUACAGCUGUCAAUGAUAAAGGGAAGAGUGACCCCAAAGUCCUUUCCGGGCCAGUGAUGACCAAAAACUUGGUCUUUGAGCCAGAUGUCCGUCCAGAAUUCAGCAGCUACAGUGUUCACGUGGGCAAAGACAUUAACAUUGACAUUCCUAUCUUUGGACGUCCUAAACCUACCAUCACAUGGACUAAAGAUGGGGCUCCCUUGAAGUUUACUACAAGAGUCCAUAUUGUCAAUACACCAACACAUACAACACUAAGCAUAAAAGAGGCAGCAGGCGAUGAUGGUGGUAUGUACAGCAUAAAUGUUGCCAACUCAGCUGGAAAGAAGGACUCAACAAUUGAAGUCAUUGUACUUGACAAACCUGGCCCUCCAUGUGGCCCUGUGAGAUUCGAUGAAAUCACAACACAGAGUGUCACUAUAUCAUGGGACCCACCAAAACACAAUGGUGGAUGCCAAAUUUCAAACUACGUUGUACAGAAAAGAGAUACGACUACUACAACAUGGGAGAAUGUUAGUAUCAACUGGGCCAGAACCACCAUAAAAGUACCUAGACUAAAGACUGGAGCUGAGUACCAGUUCAGGAUCAUUGCCCAGAACCGAUAUGGUAAAAGCCAUGGUCUGGAUUCAUCUGCUGUAGUUGCGCAGUACCCAUACAGAGAGCCAGGCCCUCCAGGCACUCCUUUCAUCUCUUCUCUCUCUAGGGACCACCAAAUUGUUGAGUGGCAUGAACCUGUCACAGAUGGAGGCAGUCCUGUUCUUGGCUACCACCUUGAAAGGAAAGAGAGGAAUAGUAUUCUCUGGGUCAAGAUCAACAAGACUCUCAUCCACGAGACAAGUUUCAAGAGUUACCCCUUGGAGGAGGGUGUUGAAUAUGAAUACAGGGUUUAUGCUGAAAAUAUUGUUGGAAUUGGAAGGAGCAGCAAAGUCUCAGAGGGAUGUGUUGCCCGUGAUCCAUGUGAUCCUCCUGGAAUACCAGAGGCCAUCCAUGUGACCAAAGACACCAUUGUCAUUCAGUGGACUAAACCAGAAUAUGAUGGUGGAAGCAAUAUCACUGGCUAUAUUGUGGAAAAGCGUGAUCUGCCCGAGGGCAGGUGGGUAAAGGCAAAUUUUACUAAUGUGAUUGAGACCCAGUUUAUAGUGACUGGUCUGACUGAAAAUGCACAGUAUGACUUUAGAGUCAUUGCUAAAAAUGCUGUUGGCACUGUCAGCAAACCAUCAUAUAACAGUGGACCUAUAACUGCAAGUGAUGCUGUGGAGGCACCCAAAUUCUCCAUUGAUCCUGCAUUCACUAAGACCAUUAUUGUCAAUGCUGGAGAGACAUUCAAGCUAGAUGCUGAUGUACGUGGCAAGCCGCUGCCAACAAUCCAGUGGUUCAAAGAUGACAAACCAGUUGAAAACACACUUCGACUAGAGAUCAGAAACACAGAAAACCAUGCAAUGAUUGUCAUUAAAGACUCCAUUAGAGUUGAUGGUGGAACUUAUACACUCCAGCUGACAAAUGAAGCCGGCAGUGAGACUGUUCCAUUUAAGGUUUUGGUACUGGAUAAACCUAGCCCAUGUGAAGGACCACUCCACGUCACUGGAGUAGCUGAAGAUAGAUGCACACUGGUAUGGCACCCCCCUCUACAUGAUGGAGGUAGUCCUAUUACACAUUACAUCAUUGAAAGAAGGGAGACAAGUCGUCUAGCUUGGACUGUUGUUUCUAGCAACUGUGGCACCACAUGCUACAAAGUUACCAAAUUACUGGAAGGUGAUGAGUAUAUGUUCCGUGUAAUGGCAGUUAAUAGUCAUGGUGUAAGUGAGCCACUGGAGUCUGGUGCAGUAAUAAUGAAAACUCCAUUUGUUCUUCCUGGUCCACCUCACAUUGAGGAUGUAUCUAACAUUGCCCAUGAUGGUAUGACCAUCUCUUGGUCUGCCCCUGAGACUGAUGGUGGCAGUGAAAUUACAAAUUACAUAAUUGAGAAAAAGGAUAGAACCGGGAUCAAAUGGACCAGAUGCAACAGACAGAAGGUCACUGAUCUCUCAUUUAGAGUUACAGGCCUGACCACAGGCCAUGAGUAUGAAUUCAGAGUGGCUGCUGAGAACAUAGUUGGAGUGGGAGAGCCAAGCCUUGCAAGUUCAUACUACAAGGCCUGUGAUCCCAAGUACAAACCUGGAGCCCCAGGAUAUGUGCAUGUGAUUGACUCAACAAAGACUUCUAUUACUGUGUCAUGGGGUAAGCCUCUGUCUGAUGGUGGCAGUGUCAUUCAAGGAUAUAUUGUUGAAGUCUGCAAGGCUGAAGAGGAACAAUGGAUCAUGGUCACUCCUCCAACUGGCCUGCGUGUCAACAAAUAUGAAAUUACAAAGCUUACUGAGGGUCAGGAGUACAAGAUCCAAGUGUGUGCUCUGAACAAAUUGGGAGUUGGUGAGCCGGCAGUUCUCUCUGGAACAGCUAAGCCUGAAGAAAGGGUCGAACCACCUGAGAUCCACCUUGACUCUGAGCUGAGGAAGGGCAUUGUACUGAAAGCAGGCGGCUCUGUUAGAAUCAAUAUUCCAUUUAAGGGCAGACCAACACCUGAGAUAAAGUGGACUAAGGAUGACGGGAACCUGACUGAAAAACCAGUGGUCGAGAAAGCUCAUAAUUUCACACAGUUGUCUAUUGACUCAUGUGACAGAAGUGACUCAGGAAAAUACACCCUCACACUGACUAACAGCAGUGGCACCGUGUCUGAGUUUGUUUCAGUUAAAAUUCUGGAUGCCCCUGGGGCCCCACAGAACCUUGUUGUUAAAGAAAUCAGAAAGGACUCUGUCACUCUUGCUUGGGAUGCUCCAUUGAUUGAUGGAGGUGCCAAAAUCAAGAACUAUGUCAUUGACAAACGUGAAUCAACAAGAAAGGCAUAUGCAAAUGUGUCCACAAAAUGCAGCAAAACAACAUUCAAAGUUGAGAACUUGAUUGAAGGUGCUAUGUACUACUUUAGAGUCAUGGCUGAGAAUGAAUAUGGAAUUGGGCCGGCUGUGGAAACAAAGACUGCCUCCAAGGCCUCUGAAGUACCACUGCCUGUUGGAAAGGUCUUCCUCACUGAUGUCACUAAGUCCAGUGUCUCACUGGCCUGGGAGAAACCUGAGCAGGAUGGAGGAAGCAGAAUUGCUGGCUAUCUAAUUGAGAUGCAACCUAAGGGUACAGAUAAGUGGGGAGUUGCAACAAAUACAAAAACAUGUGAAGGUACUGUCACAGGUCUUACAGCUGGAACAGAAUACCUAUUCCGCAUCAUUGCUUACAAUGAAAAGGGAAAGAGUGAGCCAAAAGCACUUGCUGCACCUGUGGUUGCCACUGACAUGACCAUGGAGCCCAGCAUCAAAAUUCCAUUCAACACUUACAGUGUAUUAGCUGGAAAGGAUCUAAAGUUAGAGUUUCCUGUUCUUGGCAAGCCAAAACCUAAAAUCACCUGGGCCAAGGAUGGUCAGCCUUUGAAGGUGACAUCAAGAAUGAAUAUAAUAUCCACUUCAGCAACAACAGGAAUAGAAAUUACUGAGGCAUGCAAGGAGGACUUUGGCAAAUACACAAUUACAGCAGCCAACACCACUGGAACAAUCGCAGAGGAUGUAUCUGUCAUUAUCCUCGACAAGCCUGGUCCACCAAAAGGGCCAGUCAAGAUUGUUGAAGUGAGCAACACCUUUGUCCAUCUCUCCUGGGACCCCCCAGAGUACACUGGUGGAUGCCAAGUAAAGAAUUACAUAGUGGAAAAGAGAGACACAACCAGUACAACAUGGCAAACAGUCACCACUCAGCUAGCUAGAACAGCUUUUAAGGUCAGCAAGCUGAAGACAGGUUCAGAAUAUCAGUUCAGAAUCAUAGCUGAAAAUAGAUAUGGAAAGGGUGUGCCUCUGGAUUCCAAGGCCAUUGUGGUGCAAUAUCCAUUCAAACCACCGGGUCCUCCAGGAACACCACAUGUGAAAUCUGCAACUAAAGAAAUGAUGAUCAUUGAAUGGAAUGAGCCAGUCAAUGAUGGUGGAAGUGCAGUUAUUGGCUACCAUUUGGAAAGCAAGGAAAGAAGCAGCAUUCUAUGGAACAAACUGAACAAGACUCUCAUCACGGACACCCAAUUCAAGAUCUGUAACCUUGAAGAGGGUAUUGGAUAUGAAUUUAGAGUUUAUGCUGAAAAUAUUGUUGGCAUUGGCCGAUGCAGUAAAGUAUCCGAGUCCUUUGUUGCUCGUGACCCAUGUGAUCCUCCUGGUACCCCAGAAGCUGUAUCUAUUUCUAAGAACCAGAUCAGGAUUCAGUGGACUAAGCCUCAGUAUGAUGGUGGUAGCAAAGUGAAUGGAUAUAUUGUGGAAAGGAAAGACCUCGCCUCUCCUGAUGGACGCUGGGUAAGAGCUAACUUUACCAAUAUAGUUGAGACUGAGUACACUGUCACUGGUCUGACAGAAAAUGAGCAAUAUGAAUUUAGAGUUAUUGCAAGAAAUGCAGCUGGCAUCUUUAGCGAGCCAUCUGACAGCUCUGGACCUAUUACUGCUACUGAUGAAAUUGAACCACCAAGGGCCUCAAUGGAUCCUAAAUACAAAGAUGUUAUUGUUGUAAAUGCUGGAGAAAAUCUGCUUCUGGAUGCAGACAUCUAUGGAAAACCAAUUCCUGAGGUGCUCUGGCUAAAAGAGGGCAAGGAAAUGGACAAAGCCUUACGCAUUGAAGUGAAAACUACACAGAAACGUGCAGCAAUGACGAUUAAGGAUGUAACCAAGCUUGAUAGUGGCCACUAUGACCUCAUCCUCAAAAAUCUGGGUGGUACAAAAGUGUUCCCUAUCACAGUUAAAGUCCUUGAUAAACCAGGUCCACCCACUGGACCCAUGAAGGUUACUGGAGUCAUGGCCGACAGGUGCAUUCUUGCCUGGUCUGAGCCAGCUCUCGAUGGCGGAGCCAGUAUCACUCACUAUGUGCUGGAGAAGAGAGAGACUAGCAGGUUGUCCUGGACAGUGGCUGCAUCAGACAUCAAGGGUCUGUACCAUAAAGUAACAAAUUUGCUUCCUGGAGAUGAAUACAUUUUCAGAGUCAGAGCAGUGAACAAAUAUGGCAUUGGUGACUAUCUGGAAAGUGAACCAAUCAUUGCACGCAAUCCAUACAAGCCCCCUAGUGCUCCUGGAUCUCCAGAAGCCAGUCUGAUCACAAAGGACUCUAUAGUUUUGUCAUGGACAGCUCCUGAACAGACUGGUGGAGCUGAAAUUGAAGGCUACCAUCUUGAAAAACGUGACAAAGACAGUGUACGGUGGACAAAAUGCAACAGACAAAAGCUUACAGACACUCACUUUAAAGUCACAGGUCUGAUCACAGAUCACUUCUAUGAGUUCCAUGUUGCUGCUGAGAAUGAGGUUGGAGUGGGAGAUUUCAGUGAGCUGUCCCUGUUCUACAGGGCAUGUGAUGCCAUAACACCACCUGGGCCUCCGCACCAUCCUAAAGUAACAGACUACACAAAGUCCUCUGUCUCUCUGUCUUGGGGCAAACCUGACUUUGAUGGCGGUGCUUAUAUCAAGGGAUACAUUGUUGAAAUGAGGGAGUAUACACCGGUACCCGAGUCAACAGAGGAGGCAGAGAUAGCACCAGCAGUGGACGCACCAGUUGAAAAAGAAUGGACAAUGUUCACUCCACCCAGUGGCAUUCAAGCCACCAAAUUAACUAUAACAGACUUGAAGGAGGGUGGAGAGUACCAGUUCCGUGUCUAUGCAAUAAAUUCAGAAGGAGUGGGGGAGGCUGCUAAUGUCCAUGGCACAGUGGUUACUUCUGACAGGGCAGAAGCACCAGAGAUAGAACUGGAUGCUGAACUCAGAAAGGUUCUAUCUGUCCGUGCUGGUGGAACUCUACGCCUCUUUGUCACCAUCAGAGGAAGACCUGAGCCUGCUGUAAAAUGGGAGAAAGUUGAUGGUACUCUUACAGAGCGUGCUGUAAUUGACACUACUAGUUCAUUCACCAUGCUUGUCAUUGACAAUGUUAAUCGCUUUGACAGUGGCAAAUACUCACUAACACUAGAAAACAGUAGUGGCAAAAAAUCUGCAAUUGUUGCAGUGAGAAUUUUGGAUACACCAAGUGCACCACAAACCUUUACCGUGAAGGAGCUAAAGAAGGAUUCAGUGACUCUUGCCUGGGAUACUCCACUUACUGAUGGUGGCUCUAAAAUCACAAACUACAUCAUAGAGAAGAGAGAGUCUGUUAGGAAGGCCUAUACUGCUGUCACCAGCAACUGCACAGCAAACUCAUUUAAGGUAGAAGACCUGCCAGAAGGUGGAAUUUUCUACUUUAGAAUCUGUGCUGUUAAUGAAUAUGGCCAAGGCCAGAUGGUUGAAACCAAAGAAGUAAAGGUAGCUGAGGUACCUUUGCCACCAAGCAAGGUUACCCUUGUAGAUUUGACCAAGACCAGUGUGUCACUGGCUUGGGAGAAACCUGCUCAUGAUGGUGGAUGCAAAGUAAUGUGCUACAAUGUAGAAUUUAAGCCUAAGAGUGGGGAUAAAUGGGGCACAGCAUGUACAGUUAAGGUACCGGAAGCAACUAUUCCUAAUUUAACUCCAAAUGAAGCUUAUUUAUUCAGAGUUGUUGCAAUCAAUGAGAAGGGGAAGAGUGAGCCAAAGGAUCUUGGCUUACCUGUGGUUGCAAAGGAUGUUGCUAUUGAACCAUCUAUCAACUUGCUGUUUACCACAUACACUGUGAAGGCUGGAGAUGACCUCACUUUUGAGGUUCCAAUAAGAGGCAGACCAAAGCCCGCUGUGUCCUGGAAGAAGGAUGGCCUUCCUUUGAAGCAAACCACAUCAGUUUCUAUCUUAAACACUGCAGCCUCAUCCAAAAUCAUUAUCAAAGAGGCUAAGAAGGAACAUGUUGGGAAGUAUGAAAUUACUUUGGCAAACACAGCAGGAACUGUUACAGCAGAUAUUGGAGUCAUUGUCCUUGAUAAGCCAGGUCCACCUAAAGGAAUUAAGGUGGAUGCAGUGACUUCAGACAGCAUCUCCCUUUCCUGGUCCCCACCAGAAUAUGAUGGUGGCUGCUCCAUCAGCAACUACAUUGUGGAGAAGAGAGACACAAACACACAGGAAUGGCAGAUGAUAGCAAGUAAUGUUGCUAGAACAGCUUUCAAAGCUGGCCGCCUUACACAUGGAGCAGAGUAUCAGUUUCGUAUUUAUGCAGUUAACCGCUAUGGAAAGAGUAGCUAUCUGGAUUCACCUGGAAUCACUGCUCAGUACAAUUUUAAACAGCCCGGACCUCCUUCUACACCCAUAGUGAAACUGGCCACCAAGUCUUAUAUGCUGGUGACUUGGAAUGAGCCAGUUAGUGAUGGUGGUAGUCCUGUUCUGGGCUACCACCUGGAGAGGAAGGAGCGUUCUAGCAUUCUUUGGACAAAGAUGAACAGAGGAAUGAUCAAAGAUACAGAGUACAAAGUCACUGGAAUUGAAGAGUGCAUGAUGUAUGAAUACCGUGUAUAUGCUGAAAAUAUUGCUGGUAUUGGUAAAUGUAGCAAAGCUUGUGAAGCUGUAGCAGCAAGAGAUCCAUGUGACCCUCCAGGUACACCCAUUAUCAUUGCAAUCACCAGAACAUCAGUCUCCUUAUCUUGGGAAAAACCAGAAUAUGAUGGUGGAGCAAAGGUUUCUGGUUACACAAUUGAACGCAGAGACCUUCCAGAAGGACGAUGGACAAGGUGCAACUUCACUAAUGUACCUGAGACCCAUUAUGAUGUGACAGGCCUUACAGAGAACAGCCAGUAUGAUUUCCGUGUCAUUGCAAAGAAUGCAGCUGGACUGUUUAGUAUACCAUCAGACAAUACUGGUCCCAUCACUAUUAAAGAUGAUGUGGAGCCACCACGCAUCAUGAUUGAUGUGAAGUUCAGAGAGACAGUGUUUGUGAAAGCCGGAGAAACUCUAAAGAUUAAUGCGGAUCUUGCGGGACGUCCUGCUCCUGUCAUUUCAUGGACCAAGGAUGGCAAAGAAAUCGAGCUAAGAGCUAGAAUUCAAAUUGUUUCAACAGACACCAGCACAUGUCUCACUGUGAAGGAUUGUAUCAGAAGAGAUUCUGGACAGUAUGCCCUGACUUUACAAAAUAUUGGUGGAACAGUUACCAUGCCAAUAAACUGUGUAAUUCUAGAUAGGCCAGGACCCUCAGCAGGACCACUUCAGAUUACAGGUGUCACAGCAGCAGAGUGCACUCUGUCUUGGGGUCCACCUCAGGAACCUGGUGGUGCAGACAUCACUCAUUAUGUUGUUGAAAAACGUGAGACCAGUCGGCUGUCAUGGACACUGGUGAAGGCAGAUGUCACAAAAACAUUUCUUAAAGUCACAGGCCUGCUCAAGGACAAUGACUAUAUCUUUAGGGUUCUUGCUAUUAACAAGCAUGGUGUUGGUGAAGCUCUGGAGAGUGAUGUUAUAAAGGUUACAGAGCCAUACACCUUUGCCACUGCUCCAGCUAGUGUUGAUGUCACUACUAUAACUGGAGACUCAAUGACCCUCACCUGGUGCAAGCCAGCCAAUGAUGGAGGCAGUCCCAUUACUGGAUAUGUGAUUGAGCGGCGUGAGAAAACAAGCAUGCGUUGGGUCCGUGUGAACAGAGAUGCAGUUCCUGAAUUUACCACAGUAGUAACCAAACUCCGCAAGGGUUGUGAAUAUGACUUCCGAGUUUAUGCUGAAAAUGCAGCUGGUUUGAGUCCACCGAGUGAACAAUCUGCAACAUUCAGAGCAGUAGAUCCUCUGGUCGUUCCUUCUCGACCAACCAAGCCAAAGAUUGUGAAUUCAACCAAAGACAGCGUGUCUAUUGUCUGGAAACCACCAACAGAUGAUGGUGGUGCUCAUAUCCUUGGAUACAGUGUAGAAUACAGAGACUACAUCCAGAAACCAGAGGUAGAAGAAGAAGAAGAAUAUGAGGAGGAAGAGGAGGUACUUGAGUCACCUGAAGAACUAGCAAGAUGGGUUGAGGCCAUCCCUCUUACAAAGAGCUUAGAAUUCACCAUCACUGGAUUGAAGACAGAUGCAGAAUAUGAAUUCUGUGUUAAAGCAAUCAAUAAAGUUGGCAGCAGUAUGCGUAGUCCAUAUUCAAAUCCAUCUGCCGCAAAGGACAGAACUGCAGAACCAUCAUUUGAUGUUGACAUUGAGAUGCGUAAAGUUCUCUCUGUUAAGCAUGGUACAGCAUUUACUCUUAAUGUGCCAUUCAAGGGAAACCCUUUGCCAUCAGUGACAUGGGCUAAGGAGGGUGUUGAUCUGAAAGUCAGAGGAACCAUUGAAUCAACAGAAUCCAGCACUUCAUUGACUAUUGAGAAUUCAACUAGAAAUGACUCUGGAGAAUACACUGUCACAAUUGAAUCACCAAUAGGAAAAGCAACAUUGCCUGUGGUUGUCAAAGUACUUGACUCUCCAGGACCCCCAGUGAAUGUUAAAGUAUCUUCAGUGACCAGGGAUUCUGCAACCCUCACUUGGGAUCCUCCAGAGAAUGAUGGUGGUGAUGCAGUAAAGGCCUACCAUGUUGAAAAACGUGAGGCCAGUAAGAAAGCCUGGGUGUCUGUGACUAGCAACUGCCACGCUCUGACUUACAAGGUGGAAGACCUACAGGAGGGAGCUAUCUAUUAUUUCAGAGUUAUUGGAGAAAAUGAGUAUGGAGUGGGUGUCCCUCAGGACGCUAAGGCUGGGACAAAGAUCACAGAGGUACCAAGUCCACCUAUGAAACUUGGAGUUGCAAAUGUUACCAAGGACAGUGUUACUAUUGCCUGGACCAGACCAGAAUAUGAUGGCGGAAGCAGAGUCACUGGUUACCUUAUUGAUGCCCUGGAGAAAGGACAGACCAAAUGGGUGAAAUGUGCCACUGUGAGGUCCAUGACUCACACAAUCAAGAGCCUCAGGGAAGGUGCUGAGUACUUUUUCAGAGUCCGUGCUGAGAACCAUGCUGGACUUAGUGAACCCAAGGAGAUGAUCGUUCCGGUUAUUGUCAAGGAAAUACACGAGGCUCCAGAGUUUGACCUAAAGAACUACCCCAAGAAUACAGUUUAUGUAAGAGCAGGAUCCAAUCUGACCUUUGAGAUUCCAUUAACUGGCAGGCCCAUGCCAAAGGUCACUGUUUCCAAGAACAAUGUUGUCAUUAAGGGAUCCAAGAGGCUGCUGACAGAAGUAACUCCAGAUAGUUUAAUCAUCACCCUAAAUGAAAGCGUUUCAGUGGAUGCUGGCAAAUAUGAAAUCACAGCCUCAAAUGCAGGAGGUACUACCAAGAUUUUCAUUAUCUUCGUUGUGCUGGACAGACCUGGACCUCCUGUUGGUCCAGUUCAGAUUGGAGAAGUUGGAGAGACCACAGUGUGUCUGAAAUGGACUCCUCCAGAGUACGAUGGUGGCAGUCCUGUUACGAAUUAUGUUGUUCUUAAACGUGAAACCAGCACUCCUGCCUGGGUAGAGGUGUCGACUACCAUUGCCAGAAGUGAGAUCAAGGUGACUAAGCUGACUAAAGGAGAGGAGUACCAGUUCAGAAUUAAGGCUGAGAAUCGUUAUGGUAUCAGUGAUCAUAUUGACAGCAAGCCGGUCAUGAUAAAGCUUCCAUACACUGUGCCUGGACCUCCAUCCACACCUUGGGUUAGCUAUGUAUCUAGAGAGAGUCUCACAGUCUGCUGGAAUGAGCCAGUCAAUGAUGGUGGAAACCCUGUGGUUGGAUACCAUCUCCAGAUGAAAGAGAGGACCAGCAUCCUUUGGCAGAAACUCAAUAAGACCCCAAUCCCAGGAAACCAGUGGCGUGUCACAAACAUCUGCCCUGGUCUUAUCUAUGAAUUCAAGGUGGCAGCUGAAAAUUCUGCUGGUAUUGGAAAAAUGAGCAAAACCUCAGAAGAAGUGCUUGCUAUUGAUGCCUGUGAACCCCCAGCAAAUGUUCAUGUCACUGAAGUCACGAAGAACUCGGUCAGUCUGGCCUGGCAGAGGCCUCCAUAUGAUGGUGGCAGUAAGAUUACUGGUUACAGUGUAGAAAGGAGGGAGGCACCCAGCGGCAGAUGGGUGAAGGCCAACUUUACAAACAUCAUUGAGAUGGGUUUCACUGUAUCUGGACUGACCCAGGAUGAGUCUUAUGAGUUCAGAGUGUAUGCUAAGAAUGCAGUUGGGUCUGUCAGCAAUCCAUCUCUCAUUGCUGGACCAGUGACUUGUGUUGAUGCAUGUGGUGCCCCAGCUAUAGACCUUCCUCCAGAGUAUCUGGAUGUAGUUCAGUACAAAGCUGGAGCUACAGUUAAGCUCAGAGUAGGAAUUAUUGCCAAGCCUCUACCAACAAUUGAGUGGCUCAAGAAUGGAAAGGAGCUAAUAACAACCUCCACUGUGUCUGCUGAAAGCACAACGGACUCUUCUGCUGUUCUGAUCAAGGAUGCAACUCGCAAUGACACAGGUUCAUAUGAGAUCAAGAUUAAGAAUGUUCUGGGGUCAGCAUCCGCAACCAUCAGAAUUGAAAUCCUAGACAAACCUGGACCCCCAGCUGGCAUUAUUAACUUCAACUCCAUCACAGCAGAAAGAAUUAUGUUCAGCUGGGAACCUGUGCCUGAGUGUGACCAGGGAGGCUCCAAAGUCACCCACUACAUUGUUGAAAGACGUGAAACCAGUAGAGUGGUGUGGUCAACAGUUUCUGAAAGGUGUGAACAGACGUACAUUGCCGUUGGCAAGCUGGUCCGUGGAAAUGAGUAUGUAUUCCGUGUAAUGGGUGUUAACAAGUAUGGAGUUGGAGAACCACUGGAGUCAGAGCCUGUCAUCGCUAAGAAUGCCUUUGUAACUCCUGGGCAGCCUCAUACCCCUGAGGUGACCACCAUUACAAAGUCCACUAUGGUGGUGGAAUGGGGCAAACCAGGUGUGGAUGGAGGCAGUGCUGUGACAGGCUACUACCUGGAGAGACGAGACAAGAAGAGCUUGCGCUGGAUCAGAGUUUAUAAAGAUCCUGUCACUGACACCAAACAGACAGUUUAUCACUUGACAGAAGGAAAUGAAUACCAGUAUCGUGUGUGUGCCAUUAACAAGGCCGGAGAGGGACCGUUUUCUGAUGCAUCAGACUAUUAUAAGGCUGCUGACCCAGUUGAUCCCCCAGAUGAGCCUUGCAAGUUAAAGGUGGUGGACUCUACCAAGACUUCCAUCACUUUGGGCUGGUCCAAGCCAGAAUGGGAUGGAGGAAGUGAGGUCACAAGUUAUAUGGUGGAAAAGCUUGUGGAGGGAGAAAAAGAAUGGGCUAUGAUUACCUCCAAAGGAGAGGUCAAAACAACAGAAUAUGUUGUCCACAAUUUAAAACCAAAUGUCAACUACUUCUUCAGAGUCUCUGCUGUCAAUUGUGCUGGUCGCGGAGAGCCUCUGGAGAUGACUGAACCAGUGCAGGCUAAGGACAUCCUGGAGGAGGCCCAGAUUGACUCUGAUGUUGCCAUGAGAACUCACUACAUUGUGAAGGCCGGCAAGGAUGUUGAGCUGUCUGUUCCAUUGAAGGGCAGACCUGCGCCCACUGCCUCUUGGAGCAAGGGAGAAGAAUGCAUUGACCACAAUCCCAAAUAUGAAUUCCACCAUUCAGACACAAGCACAGUCCUUGUUAUGCGUGAGGUGACAAGGCUUGAUACUGGAAAAUAUACAGUAAAGAUAGAGAAUGGUGUGGGUGAGCCCAAGACAGUGACUCUGUCUGUCAAAGUCCAAGACACCCCAGCUCAGUGCAGGAACCUGGUCCUGAAGGAGGUGACCCGUGGAAAGGUGACUCUCUGCUGGGAGGCCCCACUUCUUGAUGGCGGUGCAGAGAUUACUAACUAUGUUGUGGAGAAGAGAGACUCAUCCAAGAGAUCAUACUCUGCGGUGACAAACAAAUGCACAGACACAACAUACACCAUUGAAGAUCUUUCUGAAAAGACAUCCUUCUUCUUCCGUGUCUUAGCAGAGAAUGAGAAUGGUAUCGGUGAUCCAUGUGAAACACAUGAACCUGUUAAGGCUACAGAAACUCCAGGCCCAGUCAAGGAGGUUUCAAUGAAAGAUUCAUCAAAGACCUCCAUCACUCUCCAGUGGCUUAAGCCAGAUUACGAUGGUGGUAGUAUAAUCUCUGACUACAUUAUUGAGAAGAAGGUCGAGAAAGAAGAUUGGUCAUUAGGAGGAACAAGCAGACAGUGUGAGUGUGAGGUAAAGAAACUGAAGGAGCACUCGAACAUGUUCUUUAGAGUUGCUGCCAGGAAUGAGAAAGGACAUGGAGAUUUUGUUGAAAUUGGACCUAUCAAGGUCAUUGACUACAUUAUUACACCAGAGGCAGACCUUACAGAAUAUCCACAUGGUAGCGUCAGCAUUCGCCUGGGUCACAAUGUGCACAUUGAACUGCCAUACAAAGGCAAACCCAGACCUUCUAUUCUUUGGAUGAAGGACAACCUGCCGCUUAAAGAGAGUGAUCAAGUACGCUUCAAGACAACAGAAAACAAAGCCACCCUAAUGAUUAAGAAUGUGAAAAAGGAGAAUGAGGGCAAAUACACCUUAACCCUUGACAACAAAGUGAACAGGAAAUCCUUCCACAUCCAUGUCAUCACACUGGGACCACCAUCAAAGCCUGUUGGACCUAUCCGACUGGAUGAAGUGAGAGCAGAGAGCAUUAUGAUCUCAUGGGAUGAACCAAAUGACUAUGGUGGUGGAGACAUAACUUGCUACACCGUGGAGAAACGUGAUACCUCCCAAAAUGACUGGAAGAUGGCCUCCUCCAGUGUACAGGAUACUCAAUUCAAAGUAACCAACCUUAUCAAAGGUGUCCAAUACCAGUUCAGAGUGUGUGCUGAAAACAGGUACGGUGUCAGCGAGCCUCUGCUUUCGCAAAUGGUUAUUGCCAAGCACCAAUUCAGGCCACCAGGCCCACCAGGCAAGCCGGUUGUAUACAAUGUUACCAACGAUGGUAUGACCAUUCAAUGGGAGAAACCUAUCUAUGAUGGUGGCACCCCUAUUCAGGGCUAUCAUGUGGAGAAGAAGGAGAAGAAUAGCAUUAUGUGGCAAAAGGUGAACACUAUGUUGAUCAAAGAAACAGAUUACAGGAUUUUGGAGCUCAUUGAAGGCCUUGAGUACUCCUUUAGAGUCUAUGCACAGAAUGAUGCUGGGUUCAGCCGAAUGAGUGAUGAGAGCAAACCAAUCAUGGCCGUCAGUCCAGUUGAUCCUCCUGGCCAGCCUGAUUACACUGAUGUGACUAGUGACUCAGUGUCACUGAAAUGGGAUGCACCCAAACGUGAUGGCGGUAGCAAGAUUGUUGGAUACAAUAUCGAGAAACGCCAAGGACAUGGACGCUGGUUCAAGGCCAACUUGACUGAUGUGCAUGACUGUCAGUAUACUGUCACUGGAUUGGCAACAAAUGAACGCUAUGAGUUUAGGGUCAUUGCUAGAAAUGCCAUGGGUGUUGUGAGUCCUCCAUCCAACUCUUCUGGCAUGAUUGCUGUCAGAAGUGAAAAUGCUUCUCCAAACAUUGAGUUUGGCCCAGAGUACUUUGAAGGUUUGACAGUCAAGGCAGGAGACAGCAUCAGACUAAAGGUGACCAUCACUGGACGCCCAGUUCCCAAAGUUGUCUGGUUCCGAGAAGGUGUGGAGAUUACAAAAAAGAUGAUGGACAUUAUUACAGUUCCUGGAUCCAGCACCCUCUUUGUCAGGGAUGCUGAUCGUUCACACUGUGGGCUCUACACUGUGGAAGCUACCAAUGGGUCUGGAACCAAAAAGGAAAACAUCCUUGUUCAAGUCCAAGAUACACCUGGCGAGCCUGUUGGACCGAUCACUUUCAGUAACAUCUCAGAGGGCAAGUGCAGUCUGUCUUGGAACCCACCAGAGAAAGAUGGUUGUUCUGAGAUUUCACAUUACAUCAUUGAGAAGCGUGAGACAGCCAAGAUUUCGUGGGCAUUGGUGUCUGAUGAAUGUAAGGAGUGCACCUUCCACGCAACCAAGCUCAUUAAGACUAAUGAGUAUCAAUUCAGGGUCUCUGCUGCUAACAAGUUUGGAGUUGGCAGACCUCUGGAAUCCAGUCCCAUCAUUGCACAGAUGCAAUACACCACUCCUGAUGCUCCAGGCACUCCUGAUGCAACUGAAGUUACAGGAGAGAGCAUCACCUUGUCCUGGACUCCUCCAAAAUCUGAUGGAGGAAGCCCUAUUCAUUAUUACAUCCUGGAAAAACGAGAAAAGAAGACUGUCCGGUUCUACAAGGUGAUCACCAAGAAGCCUAUUACUGACUGUGCACAUAGGGUUAUCAACCUGACAGAGGAUAUGGAAUACGAGUUCCGUGUUAUGGCUGUAAAUGAUGCUGGUGUUGGAACUCCUAGCAACAUCUCUUUACCCAUCAAAGCCGCUGAGCCAAAAGAUAUUCCUUGCGCUCCAUCAGUGGUCUGUGUUUCGGAAUCCACCAGUACCUCCAUCAGUUUGGAAUGGACCAAGCCUGCUGACGAUGGAGGCAUGGAGAUUCUUGGCUACAUAAUUGAAAUGGUGAAGGGAGAAGGGGUGGAAUGGAAGAGAGUAAAUGAGGAGCUUGUAACUGAAACAAAUUAUGUGGUGACAGGUCUGCAGACAGGGGCUGAGUACAAGUUCCGUGUUGCAGCUGUCAAUCAUGUGGGUAGAGGUGAACACAAGGAAAUUCCAGAGCCUGCUCAGGCAGUAGAUAGGCUAACAGCGCCACAGGUAGAUAUUGAUGCUGCCUUUAAGCAGACACACAUUGUCAAAGCGGGAGGUUCAGUGUGCUUGGGCAUCCACUUCAGAGGAAAGCCUAUUCCUGCUGCCACUUGGGUGAAGGAGGAAGGAGAGCUCAGUGUCAUGUCAGAGGUAACAACUACUGAUGGUUACAGUUCUCUGAGCAUUGAAAACUGCUCUAGAAAUGAUACUGGCAAAUAUACUGUAAACCUAGAAAAUUCCAGUGGCAGCAAGGCUACUACAUUUGUUGUAAAAGUCAUGGACACUCCUGGACCUCCAGAGGCUGUUGCCUUCAUAGAGGUGACCAGAGGCUCAGUCACACUUAUCUGGAAACCUCCUCUUAAUGAUGGCGGAGCCAGAAUCCAUCACUAUAUUGUUGAGAGGCGUGAGGCUAGCCGCCGCACUUGGCAGCAGUCCGGUAGCAAAUGCACACAGCACUACCUAAAGAUACAGGACCUGCUGGAAGGAGUGCCAUACUUCUUCAGAGUCUCAGCUGAGAACCAGCACGGUGUGGGUGAGGCAUUUGAGCUGACUGAGCCUGUCAUUGCCACUGCAGCACCAUCAGCUACAAAGAGACUGGAUAUCCUCGACACCACAGAUAACUCUGUGUCACUAGGCUGGCUGAAACCAGAGCAUGAUGGCGGUAGUCGCAUUCAGUGUUACGUCAUUGAAGCUAGGCCAAAAGGUGCAGACAAAUGGGUAGUUGUUGGCAACACCAAAAAUCUGACCUAUGUUGUUGAAAAGCUCAACAAGGGUGAUGAAUAUGACUUCUGUGUGAAGGCUAAGAAUGAAGCUGGUUAUAGCAAGCCCAAGGAAACUCUGGCUCCUGUGCUGGUCAAAGAGCCUCACAUUGAACCUGCUGCUGACCUCAGUGAAAUCACCAACCAGCUUAUCACAUGCAGGUCUGGAAGCACUUUCACCAUCGAUGUUCCAAUCAGUGGCAGACCUGCUCCUAAGGUCACCUGGAAGUUGGAGGAAAUGAGACUGAAAAACACAGACAGAGUCUCAAUCAAAGUUACUAAGGACAGAACCAAUAUCUCAGUUAAGGAGGCCAUGAGAGGAGAUGGUGGGAAAUACCAUCUGACUCUGGAGAAUGUGGCAGGAACCAGAACGUUUACUAUUGAAGUUAAUGUCACAGGCAGACCCAGUCCUCCAAGUGGACCAAUAGAAAUCUCAUCAAUUACUUCUGAGUCCUGUGUUGUUAACUGGCAUCCACCAGAAGAUGAUGGUGGCACUGACAUCACCAACUACAUCGUAGAGAAGCGUGAAUCUGGCUCAACAGCCUGGCAGCUCAUCAACUCCAGCGUGAAGCGCACCUCUCUCCACGUCAGUAACCUGACCAAAUACAUGCAGUACACAUUCAGGGUCUCUGCAGAAAACAGAUUUGGUGUCAGCAAGUCCACUGAGUCUGAGACUAUUGUCGCUGAGCAUCCUUACACACCUGCAGGUCCACCGACAAAGCCUGUAAUCUUUAAUGUCACUGCUAAUAAAAUGACACUGCAAUGGGAGGAGCCCUACCAUGAUGGUGGAAGCAAGGUGACUGGUUACUGGAUUGAGAAGAAGGAAAGGAACAAUAUCCUGUGGGUGAGGGAGAACAAGAUCCCUUGCUUUGAGUGCUCUUACAAGGUGGAAGGUCUGGUGGAAGGCCUGGAAUAUCAGUUCAGGGUUUAUGCCAUGAACAGUGCUGGACUGAGCAAAGCUAGUGAGGCCUCAAAAGGAGCAGUUGCUCAAAACCCUGUUGAUCCACCGGGUAAGCCUGAAGUCACCAACGUAACAAGGACCACAGUAUCCCUGAAGUGGUCGUCUCCACUGUAUGACGGUGGCAGUCCAAUUGUGGGCUACAUCAUUGAACGCAAGCCAUACACGUUGACUGGCGAGGGCCGCUGGCUGAAGUGUAACUACACCAACGUGACUGACAACUUCUAUACUGUUACUGCGCUGGGAGAGGGAGAGCCCUACGAGUUCAGGGUUAUUGCCAAGAAUACCAACCAGGUCUUCAGCAGACCGUCUGAGUCCACCGGCUCUGUGCAGUGCAAAACUGACUUUGAGCCUCCAAAGGCCCAGCUUGACAGCAAGCUGCUCUCUGAAACUGUGAUGGUCCGGGCUGGUUCAGACCUGGUUCUGGAUGCUGCAGUGGGUGGAAGACCUGAUCCUAAGGCGUCUUGGUCCAAGGGGAACAGAGAGCUGGACUUGUGUGAAAAGUACCACUUGCAGUAUACCCCGACUAGAGCCAUGGCCAUCAUCAAAUUCUGUGACAGAGAUGACACUGGAAAAUACAUCCUCACAGUCAGGAACGUAAGUGGAACCAAGACUGCAGAGGUCAAUGUCAAAGUGCUUGACACACCUGGAGUUUGUGAGGGCAGCAUUGAGAUCAGUAAGAUAACGGAGGAAUCCUGCACUCUGAGCUGGAAGCCUCCUCUUGAAGAUGGUGGUGAUGACCUCUCUCACUACAUUGUGGAGAGGCGUGACACAAACAGACUUAACUGGGUAAUAAUGCAUGCCGAAUGCAAGGAACUGACCUGCAACAUCACCGGGCUGAUGAAAAACACAGAGUACCUGUUCAGAGUGCGGGGAGUCAACAAGUACGGGCCUGGAGUCUAUCUCCAGUCAGAGCCCAUGGUCGCCAGAAACACCUUUACUGUGCCAUCUCCUCCUGGUGCUCCAGAGAUCCUGGCAUCAGGAAAGGACUUUGCCACCAUUGAGUGGCUGAAGCCAGAGAGCGAUGGAGGUAGCCCAUUAAUCCAUUACCUAGUUGAGAGACGUGAGAGAAAGAGUGCUCGCUGGGUGAAGGUGAACAGGGAUGGUGCUCACUUAGACACCACGCUGAAGGUGUCCGGUUUGACUGAAGGCAACAUCUACCAGUUCAGAGUGACGGCCAUCAACAAGGCUGGAGAAAGUGAGCCCAGCGAGGUUUCUCUAUAUGUUGUCUGCAGAGUGCCAACAUGUACCCCUGCUCCUCCUUCUAUUCCUCGUAUCACUGACACACACGCUGACAGCAUCAGCCUGGCCUGGUCCCGACCCGUAGAGGAUGGAGGAGCUGAUGUGAUUGGCUAUAUUCUUGAGAUGAAGGAAGUGGGAGCAGAAGAAUGGAAGAAGGCCCAUGAAAAGACCCUGCGUACCACAGAGUAUGUAGUAACUGGACUUUCGGCAGGCAAGAAGUACUGCUUCAGAGUGGCCGGCAUUAACAUUAAUGGUACAGGAGACUUCAGUGACCCAUGUGCUGAGACCGAGCCAGUGGAGAGAAUUGAAACUCCUGACUUUGAGCUCCACGAUGACCUUAAGAAGACUAUCUGCUUGCGGGCCAGUGGCUCCCUUCGCUUAUUUGUUCGUGUCACUGGUCGUCCUGCUCCUACAAUAACGUGGAGCAAGCCUGGUGUUGACCUCCACAACAGAGGCUUCAUUGAGGUCACCAACACUUCCACCACUCUCAUUAUUGACAAAGUCAACCGCUACGAUGCUGGCAGGUACACUCUGGUGGCGGAGAACUCUGCCGGGAAACAGGAAGUCAGCAUUUUGGUCAAGGUUUAUGAUACUCCUGGACCAACUGGGCCAAUCAAAAUGAAGGAACUGACCAAGGAGUCUGCAACCAUCUCUUGGGAUGCUCCAACUGUGGAUGGCGGUGCUCCUGUCAACAACUACAUCAUUGAGAGGCGUGAAGCGUCCAUGAGAGCCUACAAGACAGUCACAGCCAAGUGCAGUAAAACAUCUUACAAGAUCGAUGGCCUGAUGGAGGGCAUGCUGUAUUAUUUCCGUGUUCUCCCUGAGAACAUCUAUGGUAUUGGAGAGCCCUGUGAGACACCAGAUGUCAUCCUGGUUUGCGAGGUGCCUCUGCCACCACAAAAAUUGGAAGUGAUCGAUGUCACCAAGAGCACUGUCAGCCUGGGCUGGGAGAAACCGGAACAUGAUGGUGGCAGCAGACUGAUAGGCUAUGUCGUUGAAGCCUGCAAGUUUGGUACCGACAAAUGGAUGAAGGUGGCUACAUUGAAGCUCACUGACUUUGAGCACACCAUUGAGAAGCUGAAUGAGAAGGAGCAGUAUUUGUUCAGAAUCAGAGCCAUCAACAGCCGAGGAGCCAGUGAACCCAAAGAACUUGUUGCAGCUGUAACUGUACAGGAACAGAGAGUAAUGCCAGCAGUGGACUUCUCUGGUAUUCCUCAGAAGGUUGUCAAUGUGCUGGCUGGCAAGACCCUGGAUCUGGACCUGCCUGUCAUCGGCAGACCUCCUCCUGUUUGCUCCUGGUACUUUGGUGACAACAGGAUAAAAAUCACAGACCGUGUCAAGAUCAAGAGUACUGGCAAGUUCACCAAACUGACGAUGUCUGACACCACCAUCGAUGACACUGGUGACUACACCCUGGAGGUGAAGAAUGCUGUCGGUGUCAUCACUGAGGUCAUCAAAGUCGUCGUUCUCUCUAAACCUGAUGAGCCAAAGGGACCCAUCAGGUUUGACGAGAUUGAUGCCACCACCGUCACUUGCAGUUGGGAUCCUCCAAUCAGAGAUGGUGGAGCUCCCAUCAGUGGCUAUGUGGUGGAGCAGCGUGAUGCCCACAGACCUGGUUGGGUGCCUGUCUCUGACUCUGUCAGCCGACCAUUGUUUAAAUUUGAUAACCUGAUCGAGGGAGAUGAGUAUGUCUUCCGUGCAGCUGCUGUGAAUCGUUACGGCACUGGAGAAUUCCUGCAGUCUGAGAUUGUCACCUGCAGAAGCAUGAAGAAUGUUCCUGGACCACCUGGCCGUCCAGUUGUUUUCGAUGUUUCUCGUGAUGGUAUGACUGUGGCUUGGGAGCCGCCAGAUGAGGAUGGCGGCCUUGAAGUUUCUGGUUACAUCAUUGAACGGAAAGAAGUCAGGGCUGAUAGAUGGGUGCGUGCCAACAAGAACCCUGUAACCAUGACUAGAUACCGGUCUACUGAGCUGAUCGAGGGUCUUGAGUACGAACACAGAAUCACUGCCAUCAAUGCCAGAGGACUUAGCAAGCCAAGUCUGCCAUCUAAACCAGCAGUGGCAACAGAUCCCAUUGAUCCACCUGGCUGUCCUCAGAAUCCAAGGAUCACUGAUACCACAAAGUCCUCUGUGUCACUGGCUUGGAGUCCUCCUGAUGAUGAGGGAGACGCUAGGGUAGAUGGUUACCUGAUUGAGAUGCAGAAGGUGGGCACUGUGGCCUGGAUCAAAUGCAACACCACACCAUCUCUCAUUUGUGAGUACACACUGACCAACAUGCCACAAGGAGAGCAGUUCAAAUUCCGUGUGAUGGCCUGCAAUGCUGGUGGCAGUGGAGAGCCCGCUGAAGUGCCUGGAACAGUUACUGUGACUGAGAUGCUUGAAUCUCCUGAAUAUGACCUGGAGCUGAAAUACAAAGAUCUGUACGUGGUCCGCUACGGAGGAGUGCUUAGAUUAUCUGUACCCGUUAAAGGUAAACCUCAGCCAACCUGCAAGUGGUCAAAGGAUGGCGGUUUAGUGUCUGCCAGGGCUAUGAUUGCCUCCACUGAAGAUGCCAGUGAGCUUGUAAUCAAGGGAGCUGAGAGGAGUGACUCUGGUGUCUAUGAUCUCCUGCUGGAGAAUAAGGUUGGCAAGAAGAAAGUCCAAAUCAAGGUGAAGGUCAUUGGCAGACCAAGUGCUCCAGAGGGACCAAUAGUCUUUGAGGAGAUUCAGGCCAACUCUGUCAGGCUGUCCUGGAAGGCACCUACUGAUGACGGUGGCUCAGAAAUCCUUGGUUAUAUUGUGGAAAGACGUGAGGCAACCAGAAAUGCCUGGUAUACUGUAGACUGUAGAGUGACUGAAACUCAGCUGCUUGUUAAGGGCCUGAAGGAGGGAACAGAGUAUCACUUCAAGGUCACAGCUGAAAACUCAUUUGGUAUCAGUGCAUCCCUGAAGUCUGAACAGCCACUGGUACCCAAGACUCCUCUCUGUUCCCCUGAGCCUUCAACUACCCCACCAGAGAUUAUGGAUGUCACCAAGAGCUCAGUGGCACUUGCAUGGUCCAGACCAAAGGAUGAUGGAGGAUCUGCUAUCACUGGUUACUUUGUUGAGUACAAGGUGGUGUCUGCUGAAACAUGGUCCCGUCAUGAGGCCAAGAUAACCUCCACCAUGUUUACUCUACCUGGACUCACCCCAGAUACGGACUACCAGUUCCGCAUUGUUGCUGUCAAUGACAUAGGCGAGAGUGAGGCAGGUCCUGUGUCGGACCCAGUCACAUGCAAAGAUCCAUUCGACAAGCCCAGUCAACCAGGUGAAAUUGACACUGUGAACGUGAGUAACAACUUCAUCACAAUCCGCUGGCAAGCUCCAGAGUGUGAUGGUGGAAAGGAGGUGCUGGGCUAUUGGGUGGAAUACAGGAAGUCCACAGAGAGCACCUGGAAAAAGUGUAACAAGGAGAGACUUAAGGAAAAGGAGUUCACGACACCUGGACUGGCUGAGGCCACAGAAUAUGAAUUCAGGGUGUUUGCUGAGAAUGAGACGGGAAUGAGCAGGCCUCGUAGGACUGCCACAUGUAUCAAAACCAAGCUGACUUCUGAAACUAAACCAAGCCUGAGAAAAGAAAUGGAUGAAGUAACUGCCAAACUUGGCCAGCCUGCAGUUAUGAAGUGCCAGAUUAUUGGAAGACCUGUUCCUGAAAUAAAGUGGUAUCAUGCAGGCAAGGAAAUUAUCGAGUCUCGCAAGUACGAGAUGAGCUCUGACGGCCGCAACCACUCCCUGUCAAUUAUGACUGACCAGCAGGAAGAUGAAGGCGAAUACACCUGCAAGGCCAUCAAUGACGCUGGAGAAGCAGAGACCACAGGCAUGUUGGUUUUGGAGGCGGCGCCAUCAUUCCAUCCUGACUACCCACUGAAGGAAAUCUAUUUUGCUGGCCUUGGAACUACUCUGCGUAUCCAUGCUGUUUACAUUGGCCGUCCUGAGCCAAAGAUCAUGUGGCUGCAAGGGGCAAAGACUCUGGAAAACACAGAGGACAUAAGCAUUGAGACCACUGAGCACUACACACAUCUGGUCAUCAAGAACGUGCAGCGCAGAGUCCAUGGAGGCAAAUACAGAAUAAGACUGCACAACCACUUUGGCCGAGCUGACACCGCAUUCACUGUUGAAAUCUACGACAAACCUGAUAUACCUCAGGGUCCCAUUGUUCUGGAUGCCCUGCUGAAGAACUCAGUGAUCAUCAGCUGGAAGCCUCCCAAAGAUGACGGUGGCUGCAUGAUUACGAACUAUAUUGUGGAGAAGCGUGAGGACAGGGAGGGCUCAGAGUGGGAACUGGUGUCGUCAUCCAUCAAUGGCACAUCCUGCCGUGUGCCCAACCUCAUCGAGAGCGCUGGAUACUUCUUCCGGGUCUAUGCCCAGAAUCGCUAUGGCAACAGCGAGCCACUGGAGCUAACUUCCCCGAUCCUCAUCAAGAGUCAGCUGGAGAGACCAUCGCCACCUCUAUCACCAGUUGUUUCUGGAAUUACUAAGGAUUCCUGUGUGGUUUCCUGGAAACCUCCUCUCAGUGAUGGUGGAUCCAAGAUCAAGAGCUACUGCCUGGAGAAGAAGAACAAAAAGGACAAGCGGGAAUGGACUGAAUGGACUCCAGUGACCACAGAUGAAAUCAAGCAAACAGUCUUUUCUGUGAAGCGCCUGACCGAGGGUGUCGAGCACAUCUUCCGUGUCAAAUGCGAGAAUCUUGGAGGGCAAAGUGACUAUAGCGAGGAGACCACUCCCAUCAUUCCAGCCGCAGCUGUCGAGAUCCGUGCUCCUGCCUUCAAGGAGGAGCUGAGGAACAUGAGUGUCAAGUACAAGAGCAAUGCUGCCCUUGUCUGUAAGAUUACAGGACAGCCCAAGCCUGUAAUUAAAUGGUUCAGACGAGGAAAAGAGGUCCAUUCUGAUGGAAAGAAGAUCAAGAUCCAGGAGUUUAAGGGAGGUUACCACCAGCUGGUCAUCACAGAGGCUGACGAGGAAGACUCCACUGUUUACCAGAUUAGGGCCACCAACCAGGGAGGCUCCAUCUGUGCCACUGUCUCUCUGGAUGUUGAAAUUCCUGCCAAGAUCAACCUGCCAAAGAACCUGAAGGACAAGGAAGCCAUCCCUGCCCUGCGUGGAGAGGUGGUUAAUAUCAAGAUUCCUUUCAGUGGAAAACCAGAUCCUGUCAUCACAUGGCAAAAAGGACAAGAUCUAAUUGACAGCAAUGGACACUACCAGGUCAUUGUCACCAGAUCAUUCACUUCUUUGGUGUUUCCCAAUGGAGUGGAGAAGAAGGACGCUGGUUUUUACAUCGUCUGUGCCAAGAACAGAUUUGGCAUUGACCAGCAAACAGUUGAGCUGGAUGUAGCUGAUGUGCCUGAUCCUCCACGUGGUGUCAAAGCCAGUGAUGUCUCGAGAGACUCUGUGACACUGAACUGGGUGGCACCAGCAAAUGAUGGUGGCAGUAAGGUCAUCAGCUAUAUCAUUGAGAAGUGCCCCACCACGGCUGAGAGGUGGCAGCGUGUUGCCCAGUCCCGUGACACCCAUUACACAGUUACCAAUCUGUUUGGCGGAACGAGCUAUCAGUUCAGAAUUAUUGCUGAAAACAAGUUUGGACAGAGUGCCCCAUCUGAGUCAAGCGGACCUGUCAUGACGAAAGAGGACAAAUCCCGAGUUCUGCUCUAUGACAGGGAGGUGGAUGAUACAGGAUAUGUGCCCAGGAGCAAGGCUCCACACUCUGAUGCCAAGAAUCUGCACAACAAAUUUGCCAUUGCAGAGGAAUUGGGCAGAGGGCAGUUCGGCAUUGUCCACCGCUGUGUUGAAAUUAGCUCUGAAAAGACUUACAUGGCUAAAUUUGUCAAAGUGAGAGGUGCUGAUCAGACAUUAGUAAAGAAAGAAAUUGCAACACUGAAUUUGGCCAGACAUGCCAAUUACCUUCUCCUCCACGAGUCCUUCGACAGCCCGGAGGAGCUGGUGAUGAUCUAUGAUUUCAUCUCAGGUGUUGACAUAUUUGAGCGCCUCAGUAUAGCAGAGUUUGAGCUUAAUGAGCGUGAAAUUGUUAACUACAUCAGGCAAGUCUGCUCAGCUCUUGAGUUCCUUCACACUCAGAGUUAUGGACACUUUGAUAUCAGACCUGAGAAUAUUAUAUACACUACUAGAACCAGCUCGAAUGUGAAGAUUAUUGAGCUGGGACAGUCCAGACACCUGACUCCUGGAGACCAAAUCAAGAUUCAAUAUACCACAGCAGAGUAUGCUGCCCCUGAGAUCCACCAGUGUGACAUGGUUAGCACAGUCACUGACAUGUGGUCGGUUGGUGUUCUCGCCUAUGUGCUUCUCAGUGGCCUUAAUCCAUUCACAGCUGAAACCAACCAACAGACGAUCGACAACAUUUCCAGUGCAGCCUACAGCUAUGAUGAUGAAUCCUUCAAGCAAGUCAGUGUCGAAGCGUUAGACUUCACAGACCGCUUAAUGACAAAGGAGCGUAAGCAUCGGAUGACUGCAGCUGAGGCACUGGCACAUCCUUGGCUCACCAAGCCUGCAGAGGAGAUCAGUGCCAGAGCAAUCCCAACUGGCAGGCACAAGAGAUACUACCAGACAAUGGUGAGGAAAGAGUGGAACACUGUUGUCUCUGGUGCCCGUGUGGCUAGCGGGGGUUCCAUUAGGUCUCAGCGUGGCGUCUUUGUUGCUAAGGUGAAAAUUGCACCAUUUGAACACGGUCCUCUUGCAGGGCAGAUUGGCCACGCAGUGGUGAAUGAGGGUGACAACGUGAAGUUCAUUUGCAACAUUGACAACUAUGAUAGCACUACUGAAGUAACAUGGUACUGUGGUGUCAGGCAACUUGAAGCUAGUGACAAGUAUGAAAUUGAAUAUGAAGACGGUCUGGCAGUAAUCACCAUCAAUAAGGUCACAAGAGCAGAUGAUGGCACGUACAGAUGCAAGGUUGUAAAUGAGUAUGGUGAGGACAGUGCCUACGCUGAGCUGUUUAUCAGCAGUGUUAGGUCUUACCGCGAUUUCUUCACUGCCCGUGUGGUUAAGAGAACAAAGCGCAGAGUAGACACUGCCAGAAUGCUUCAGAAGCCACCAGAGUUUACACUUCCUCUGGUCAACCAUACAGCUUAUAUUGGUGAGGAUGUGCGCUUUGGUGUUACCAUUACUGUGCACCCUGAACCUCGUGUCAUCUGGCACAAAUCUGGACAAAAGCUUAUCCCUGGACAUGAUGACAGGAAAUACACUUUCAUCAGUGACAAGGGCUUGUACCAGCUGAUUAUCCACAAUGUGGAGACUGAAGAUGAUGCAGAGUACAGUGUUGUGGCCCGUAACAGGUAUGGGGAUGACAGCUGCAAGGCUCGUCUCACUGUUGUUCCUCGACCUAAACCAGCAGAUCUCACCCUGAGGCCCAUGUUUAAACGUGUGCUUGCAAAUAUCGAUUGUAAGGAGGGCCAGGACAUACGUUUUGAGAUCAGAGUAUCUGGUCGUCCAUCACUGAAAUGGGAGAAGGAUGGCACGCCUUUAGCCUUUGGACCAUCCAUCGAGGUUGUCCAUGAGGGCCUGGAUUACUACAUUCUUCAUGUGAAGGACACUCUUCCUGAGGAUUCUGGUGUGUACAGAGUUACUGCUACCAACUCUGCUGGAUCCGCCAGUUGCCAGGCCACACUGAAAGUGGAGCGCACCACUCAUGUAAAGAAGGAAUAUGAGCCCAGUGAAAAGGAGAAGCAAAAGAUUGCCGGAAAGGAAGAAUUAGACAAAAAAGUUCGGCUCUCUCAGAUUUUGGCUGGCACUGUUGUCACCCCUCUACCACCUGCAGCAGUAGAAGCUGUCAGGGAAGCCGCCACCAUGUUUAAACCUGCUGUUACAACUAAGAAGGGUGAGAAGACUGAAGCUGAGAUACAGAAAGAACAAGAGGAGAGGAAGAAGAGAGCAGAUGAGAAGAGACUGCGUAUGCCCUAUGUUGUCCCCACACCUCGUAUCGUUAACCCAGCUGUUCUUGAAGAAGAUGUCGAAAUAAAACACUUCAAACCACUUUCUGACAUGAAAUGGUAUAAGAAACUGCGGGAUCAGUAUGAAUUCCCUGAGCCAAUGGAGAAAAUCCCACAGAAAAGGAUGAAGCGUAUCCGUCUGUCCCGGUGGGAGCAGUUCUAUGAGGUACCAAUCAGGAUUAAGGACCAAUAUAAGCCAAAGUGGCGCAUUUCAUCUAUGACUCAGGAUGACUUGGAGACUGUGAGGCCAGCAAGGCAUCGCACUCCUUCUCCUGAGAUGGAGACCUACCGCAGAAUCAGGAGGAGGUCUCUAGGUGACCUGUCAGAUGAGGAGCUGCUGCUUCCUGUGAAUGAGUAUCUGUCCAUGAAGAGAACUGAGGAGGAGAGGCUUCGUCUGGAGGAAGAACUGGAGCUUGGCUACUCCGCUUCUCCACCUAGCCUUAGUCCAGUUCGCUUUGAGUUGUCUGCCCUGCGUCCCUCAUCUCCUAGAAGGGUCUACGGUGAAGAGGAAGAGGAAGAAGAAGUUCACAGAUAUGAUUCCUACAGAAUUCCAUCCAAAUAUGAGGCUGGCCCAAGUUUUGUUGAUCUCCGCCAACGUCAUGACAAAACAACUUAUAAACCUCCAAGACAAAAGCAGAGGGUGUAUGAAGAAAGAGAGGACCAGGAGCUGCUGCGGCCACACAUGACUGCUCAGAGAAUCACCUCAUACAAGAGUGAACUCAAACGAAUGGAGUUUGAGGAGAAGACACGAAUCUCAAAAAAGGAAAGCACUGUUGCUGUUUCAAGAAUCUCUGAAGUCGCAGAAUCUGAGCACCUGACAGCUUUUACCUCAGAAUAUAUCCCUAAACCAAUCAAAAAGCUCCCAGAGCCCGUGAGGAAAAGAUCCCCUACCCCAGAAAAGGCUGUGAAGACAGAUGUGACACUCCCUAAGGUUGACUUCAUGUCCAGGUAUGAGGAGAGAAAGCAGGUUCUGAGAUCAGAGAGAAGAUCUGUAGAGAGAAAGGUUGAGGUGGUGACACAAGCACCCUUCAGCCUUGACCAUCCCCCACGCAUUACUGUCAGGAUGCGAUCUCAUCGUGUACCCUAUUGGUCCAACACAAGAUUUACCCUGAAUAUCCAGGCCAAACCUGAACCUGAGGUCACGUGGUUCCACAAUGGAAAAGAAAUCCAUGAGAGCAGCAAAUAUACCAUGACCAACAUCAGUGGAGUCCUGACACUCCAGAUCAUCAACUGUAUGACUGAAGACUCUGGCACUUACCGUGUGGUUUGCAAGAAUGCCAAAGGAGAGACUUCUGACUAUGCCACACUAGAUGUAGCAGAUGAAUACGCUGCCUUCUCUUCACUUCGCAAAGAUGAGGAGCCUCCAUCUGCCCAUCUGCCAGAGAUGACCAAAACAGAGGUAUAUCACGUCUCAUCCUCCAAAACAUUAGUAACGGAAGCUGUAACUGAGACUGUGAAGGAAACCACUACUGUUGUUGAGAAGCCAAAGGAGAAGCCCAGUGUCCCUGCCAAAAUUCUGACUAAGCCACAGUCCCUCACUUUAGAGGAGGGACACACUGCCAGAUUUGAAUGUGAUGUGGAUGGUGAACCAGCACCUUCUAUAAGCUGGCUGCGUGAAGGAGCAGUUGUUGCUCCCUCUGCCCGACACCACAUUGUGUCUACUCAGUACAACUCCUCCUUUGAGAUCUCCUCUGUUGAGAUGUCAGAUGAAGGCAGCUACACUCUCUUAGUCGAAAACGCUGGAGGCAAACAAGAAGCCCAUUUCACCCUGACCAUCCGGAAGUCUGAGUCAAAGGAGAAAGUGGUUGCCCCUCCCAGAGUCACUUCUCCAGAAGCUAAAUCCCCUCUUGCAAAGUCCCCUGAACCGGUCAAAUCUCCCCAGAGGGUGAAAUCCCCUGAGCCAGUCAAGUCACCACAGAGAGUGAAGUCUCCAGUCUCACCAAAAUCCCCAACACCGAAAUCUCCAACACCAAAGUCCCCAACCCCAAAAUCUCCUACUCCCAAAUCCCCAGUCACAUCUCAGAAGGAACAAGCGAUUUCUCCAAUCAAGCCAAAGAGAGUGAUGUCACCGCCUCUUGGAAAGAAGCCGUCCUUCUCUGCUGGGCUGAGUGACAUCACAGCGUACUCUGAUUCUGUUGUGAAGCUGUCAGUAAAGUUGACAGGAGAGCCCACACCUACAAUCUCGUGGAUGAAGGCUGGAAAGGUUUUGUCUCAAGGUGGAAAGUAUGAAUUAUUUGAGGAUUCUGGCUCAGCUCAUCUCGAGAUCUAUGAAUUGGAGGCCUCUGAUAGUGGGGUGUACAAGUGCACUGCUACAAACAGCGCUGGAGCAGUUUCAACUAUGUGUACUGUCAGUGUACAAGGCUCAAAGAGCUCCAAAACAAAAGCUGAAAUCUCUGGGGAAGUUGUAAAAAGAGAAAUGAUCCAUGAAGAAAUCUCGUCUUCUGUAAAGGAGGUGAAGACCUCCCACAGCCAGAUGUCGAUCACAGAGGGCCAGUCUCUAACACUGAGGGCGAGCGUCCCUGGUGCCUCUGACGUCAGAUGGAUCCUAAACGGGGUUGAACUGACCAACUCGGAGCAGUACAGAUAUGGAGUAUCUGGAAGUGACCACACCCUAACCAUCAGGACGGUGACCGAGCAUGAGCAGGGGAUCCUCACGUGUGAGGCGCAAACACAGCGAGGACUGGUCCGGUGUCAGUUUAACACCACGGUCACCACCAAGCGAUCAGACGCGCCUCAUUUUCUGGUGCAGCCCAGGUCCCAGAAUGUUAAUGAAGGACAAAAUGUGAAAUUCACGUGUGAAAUUGCAGGAGAGCCUUCUCCUGAAGUGGAGUGGUUGAAAGACAACAUGAUUAUAUUUGUCACAUCAAACUUGAAACUGAGCCGCUCUAAGAAUGUGUAUACUCUGGAGAUACGUGAAGCCACAGUUGCAGACAGUGGGAAAUACACAGUAAAGGCCAAAAAUCAGUUUGGACAGUGCUCUGCAACUGCGUCCCUCAACGUCCUCACUCUUGUUGAAGAACCGACAAAAAUUAUAAUCGCAGAACAAAGAGCUUCUACUGACACUGCAGCGAGCAUGCAGAAAAGAUUCAUGGCCUCCUCAGUUCACAUGGAAGCAGCUUCCAUGCAGGCCAGCAGUGUCAGCAGCAGCUCCCGCUCUGCUGCUGCCGGGUUUUCAUUUGAGAGCAUGUCUGCGACUAGCAUGUCAGCCUCGAUGGCCGAGUCGGUGGUUUCCAUGAGCUCCAGGAGCACGAUGAUGGAAAUGUCUGCUCAUACGCAUGCCGAGUCCUCGUCCUCACUGAAGGCCCUCACCACGGGGAUUAAAAGAGGCACUCCACCAAAGGUCGAAGCUCUUCCAGAGGAUGUGUGCGCAGAGCCGGGGAAGUCUCUAACCGUAGUGGGGAUGUUCUCCGGAGACCCCGCACCCUCUGUCCAGUGGGUCCGCUCAGGUCGGACGCUCCCCAACGGGGAUGAGCGAUACCACGUGGAGAAUACCACCGACCUCUCCACCCUCGUGAUCUCUGCAGUGAAGGAGGCUGAUGCCGGAGCGUACACCCUCAGACUGUCCAACGAGCUCGGCUCCGACUCUGCAACCGUCAACAUUCGCAUUCGGUCCAUGUAAAAAGGAAGACAAAGUCAAUUCACGUCCCCCGUUUCCCUCAUCCAGAACCUCUUUAUUUAGUGACGCAGCACCAAUAAUCUUACUUGAUAAAGAUCUGGAUUUCUGUUCUUGUAAAUAUGAACUAUUUUUGACAUUAAUUUAUGCCAAACUAGACUAAAGUCUAAAGUUGUUA